AUGUCUGGAAUAAUGACUAUGCUGCAGCAGUUUGCCAAUGGCCUGCGCAGUCGCAAUGAAGAAACUCGCACAAAGGCAGCCAAAGAUCUGCAGCAUUACGUCACCACAGAGCUGCGAGAGGUGAGUCUGGUUUUCACAUACCAUGGAACUGUUCCUGUAAUGACUAAAACAGAUGACCCUUGCCAGCCUGUCUCCAUCCACCAAAUAUAAAGCUUGGGUGGGAAAACAUUUUGUCCUCACACAGUAUUCCAAAUAAAGCAGUACGUAAAGAGAAACUGUAUGGUUUUUUUUUUCAGGAAGUCUAUGAAAAUAGUGUCCACUGCUGACUUGGUUAUUUUGGGUGUGGGGGGGAUGUCAUGGCAUUUUUUUUUAUAAUUAGUAAUACAGUAGUUAUAUGAAUAUAAUACUAGGAGUUCUGAGGAAUUAAGACACAAUGCUUGUUAUCGAGAGAUUAUUUAAAAAAAAAUCUCUGUGAAUGCUGCGAUUGAGUUAUGGGCUGGCUGAUGUCAAUUCCUAUGCACAGAAUUGCAGGAAGUGGUUAAGGCAGCGGUUCCCAAACUGUGGGCGCCACAACGUGCACACAGGGGUGCCGCAGAAUAUUUCUCCUGUACUAUGAUUAUAGCAUCGGGGAAACAUUACUGCUCAACAGGGACCCAAUCGAGUGCCACUGUCCUUUAAGACCGCAACCGGGCCCCUGUAAUGUCAGCCGACUGGAAGAAGUGACAGCCUGUCAGUUCCUCCCAGCAUCCUAGAGGGAGAGGAUGCAGCCGCAGUAUGAAGGGAGAGGAGCAUGAAGAGCUCCAGACCCAUUAUUCCUAACGCAGCAGGACUCUAAGCCACCCUCCUGGCACUUAAGGUAAGCUAACAGGUGGGUGGCUGGAGGCAUUAUAAAUAAAUAAAAAAAAAUCUUGUGUGUGUCAGGGUGUGCAUCUGUGCCUGUAUGCGCACACACACACACCUGUGUCAGGGUGUGUGUUUUCAUGUCAGUGUGUAUCUGUCAUGGUGUGGGCAUGUUCAGUGUGUGUGUGUGUGUGUGUUUGUAUGUAUCUAUAUGUGUCGGUGUCUAUAUGAAUUUGUGUGUAUGUGUCGGUGUAUUUAAUGUGCAUGAAUAUCUGUGUAAGUAUGUACGUGCAUACAUCCAAGCAGUCAAACACCAGAACAACAUACAAGCACACUCCUGCAAUCUAACACAAAUAUUACAUACAAACACAUCCCUGCAUUCAAACUAAAAAAAAAUAUACAAGCACACCCCUUCACUCAAACACAAAUACUUCACACAUAUACAUCCACAUUUAAAAGUGAACAUUACAUUCAGACACACUCCUGUAUUAAAACACAAUAAAUGUAUACAAGUACCCAUUCAAACUCCAAGACUGUUAACUACACUAUAGCGCCAAUAAAUGCGGCAGCUCUGUACAGGUAUACAACCUCGAAAUUUUGACUUGGGGUGCUUUGGAAAAAUACUGAAAUAUUAAGGGUGCCUUGAACCUAAAACGUUUGGGAACCACUGGGCUAAGAUGUAGAGAGGGGUGGUAAAGAGCAAACCGUUGUAAAUCACUUUAUCCGGUUACCAGGAAACAGUGCCAGGUUACUCCUGGCAUCAUAACCACUACAGCGGGUUUGGAGUAACCUUCUAAGCAUAAAAAGAGGCGUAGUGUAAGUUUAAGGGAUAAAGCUAUUUUAUAUCAAGUAUGGUUUGUUGUUCUGCUAAACAUUGUAUCACAUUAUGAAUGCUUCCAGAAAUCUCUUAAUGUUUAUAUUUACAUAAUAAAAAAAUCUGAGCAAUGCAUACACUAUACAUGCAAUUAAUGCAAGCUUAAUGGAUCACUAUAGGGUCAGGAACACAAACAGGUAUUCCUGACCCUAUAGUGUUAACACCACCAUCUAGCCCCCCUGGGCCCCUCAUGCCUCCAUAAAUUUAGCAAAAUCUUACUGUAUUCAAGCCUGAAGCUGUAACUCUGCAUGCUGUUUGCCUCAGAAAAAAAGCAGUCUGCUGACAUUAUCAGAAGUGGUGGUCUGAUCCAGUGCUUCACCAUAUGAUUGUCUGAGAAUGACAAAGAGGCAGAUCAGGGGCAGAGCCAGCACGAUUUAAACACAGCCCUGGCCAAUCAGCAUCUCCUCAUAGAGAUGAUUUGAAUCAAUGAAUCUCUAUGAGGAAAGUUCAGUGUCUGCAUGCAGAGGGAGAAGAUACUGAAUGCUUGGAUGCAUUUUAGGCAGCCAUGAGCCAGGAAGGAUCUCUAACAGCCAUCUGAGGAGUGGCCAGUGAAAUUAUCACUAGGCUGUAAUCUAAACACUGCAUUUUCUCUGAAAAGACAGUGUUUACAGCAAAAAGCCUGAAGGGAAUGAUUCUACUCACCAGAACAAAUUCAAUAAGCUGUAGUUGUUCUGGUGACUAUAGUGUCCCUUUAAUACAGAUCAGCAGGUAGCUAUAAAGAGAGGGUUAAAAAAAAAAAAAAAAAGGCUCCUUGAUUUCAACACAAAUAUAAAGAUAGGCAGCAAGAAAGUCUUACACUAUAUUAUGACCUUCAGGUUAAAUUAUGCACAUUCUCUCCGUAUAGAAUGUAGAUGUUUGUUGUUACUCACUCUUCUUAAAACCCAUGAGAGCAGACAUAGUCUCUAGUAGUGGAAUGAUUUCCAUCAAUCUAAUUCACAGUGACUGGUGCUUCAUUCUGUACCUGCUAUUGCUCAGACAGACACUCUCCUGCAUUGCACUUCUCAGUACCCCACACCCCCCAUCUUCAGAAAAGAUGUAAUGAAUACCGUAUCACAAACAAUGUACUCUGUUAAAUAUCAUGCUAGCCAGCAAGGAGAGAAUCUACAGAGAGAUGCUUCGGCAUUAUUUUUGUUUGUUUUGUUAACCUGUAAUAUACUUAGUUUCUUACUCUUUUAGUUAGAUAGAUAUGUGUUUAACAAAGUAAACAUUAAAAAAAAAAAAAAAAAAAAUUACCAUCACUUCAAAAAGAAUUUUCAGAUAUUUAAAGGACCACUAUAGUGCCAGGAAAACAUACUCGUUUUCCUGGCACUAUAGUGCCCUGAGGGUGCCCCCACCCUCAGGGACCCCCUCCCGCCCGGCUCUGGAAGGGGGAAAGGGGUUUAAACUUACCUUUUUCCAGCUGGGGAGAGCUCCUCCUCUCUCCUCCCUCUCCGCCUCCUCCCUCACGCGAAUGCGCGACCAGCGAGAGCGCAGCGCCAGCAUCAUUAGAAAGCAUUAUGGCGUUUAUAGUUCUCAAAUUUCUAGUAAAUUACAGCGCCUCGCCUGGCUGUCAAUGAGACAGCCACUAGAGGAUUAGGGGGAAGGCUUAACCCAUUCAUAAUUAUAGCGGUUUCUCUGAAACUGCUAUAAUUAUGAAAAAAUGGGUUAAGCCUAGAAGGACCUGGCACCCAGACCACUUCAUUAAGCUGAAGUGGUCUGGGUGCCUAGAGUGGUCCUUUAAAGGUAUCUGAUAAAUAAUGGCAUCUAUUUUGUUCUUACAGACACACGCCAACAUUUUUUUUUAGGUUGAUAGAACUCUGCAUUUUCCCAGGUCUUUUAAUACAAAUUAUACACUGUACCAGGAUUCUUCCCUCAAUUCAGUCACACACUCAUUGGUGUUUACUGAGACAAGUUACACAUGCAAAGCACCAUCAAUACAAACACAACCUUUUCUAUUUAAACUCUUCCUGAAAAGGACUGUCCUGAUAACAAGGGGUUUUCAGGGAUUAACAUUCUCAGUCUGAUAAUAAUGCCAAACAAGUGUGAUUUUUAUCGUAAGCUUGCUUAUCAAUAAGUUAAAUAUACUAAAUUUAAAGGAACACUGUUAAAGUACAUUUUCACUCCGCUAAGGUAGUAUAUGUAUUUAUCUACUCCUCUACUUUACUUGCUCUCUGAAACCAUGGCAGCUAUAGAGCAUUUUCACAUUGCAUUAUUGAAGCAGGUAGGUAUUGUUUUCAUUUUUGUUAUGACUUUGUACCGUGUUUUUGUAACUGACGUUUAUACGUAAUCACAGAGGCUACUUCAUUGAAUCUCUGGGUGGAAAGUAAGAUGGCUGCUUACUUUAGUUAAGUCUGUUAACUGUUGCCAGUAACUUUGGGACGUGUGUAUAGCACAGACAAUGGUGGAAGUUAGUUAUGUCCUCUUCUGACAUUAAGUUAAAUUGCUUUUACCUGAAACCCUUUUUUUUUUUUUUUUUAAGGUGAGCCAAGAUGAUGCCACACAGUUCUUCGAUGAACUUAACCAUUUCAUCUUCGAGUUUGUUUCUAGCUCAGAUGUAAGUGAGAGGAAAGGAGGAAUUCUUGCUAUUGGUAAGUGGUUUCUUUUUUUAAUUUCUCACAGCAUUAUUUCAUUAGCAAGGCGCUGUUACAGGUUUUCCCUUUGGAGGUUUGUUUGAAACAAUCCAGGCUCUUGCUCAUCACGACCCGCAUCACACAGGCAGUGCCUUUGUAAAUAAACAUGGUGUUUAUGUGUUUGCUUAAUUACAAUCUUUCCUGUAACUCCUGCGCUAGAUUGUGCUGCUUUCUGUAUUCACCUUGACUAAACCAACUGCACUAUAUACAUUGUCUUCGUUUCUUUUUACUUCAUUUAUUUUCUUUUCAUUAUGUCUUUUAUAAUACAUUAAUGUAAAUAAAGAUACAUUAUCUUAAAGGACCACUAUAAUGCCCUGAGGGUGCCCUCACCCGCACGCACAUUCAGCCCGUCAAUAGGAAAGCAUUCUCAAUGCUUUCCUAUGGACGCUGGCGUCUUCUCACUGUGAAAAUCACAGUGAAAAGUGCGGAAGCGCCUCUAGCAGCCGUCAGUGAGACAGCCACUAGAGGCUGGAUUAACCCAUAUGUAAACAUAGCAGUUUCUCUUUACAGCAGGCAGGAUUAAUCCUAGAUGGACCUGGCACACAGACCACUUCAUUGACCUGAAGUGUUCUGGGUGCCUAUAGUGGUCCUUUAAGUACAGUGAAUGAAUUCUGUCCUAUCAAAUUAUUUAUUUAAAGGGGUACCAUAAGCACAAUCAAUGUGCACUGUAGUGUUUAUGGCACUAGGAUCGUUAAUCUUUGAAGUUAAGUUGCUUUUUGCAUUGUGGUACUAAGUUAAACCAGUCUCAAUAGAUUGUCAGAAAAAACAGCAUGUAAUUUUCACAGCUCACUAGAGAUCAGAACAUUUACAUGGCCCUAUAUAUUGUUAGUAAUAAUUACUGAUUAUCAUCUGUCUGCAUUCUGACAAGUCUUUUUUUACCCUUUGCAGUCAGUCUGAUGGGAGUCGAAGGUGGAAAUGCCACACGGAUCAGCAGGUUUGCAAACUACUUGCGCAACCUGCUACCAUCCAGUGACACUGCCGUCAUGGAGAUGGCCUCCAAAGCUAUGGGACGCCUUGCUAUGGCGGGAGACACUUUUACUGCAGAAUACGUGGAGUUUGAGAUGAAGCGAGCCUUGGAGUGGCUGGGACCCGAACGUAAUGAAGGUCGCAGGCAUGCCGCGGUAAGAACAAAAAGAGUUACUUGUGCUCUGGCCCAAAUCCCUAUGUACGUUUAUACAAAAUGGAGGCUCUUUAGUUUUAUUCCAAUGGCCAUUUGAAUGUAAGCUCACCUGCCACGUCAAUGCCACGGUAAGAAGCUAUUUUGGGUGGGGAAAAAGUUAAAUGUUAAGGUAGCUUUACAAUUCCCACUCUGACCCCAUACAAAUAUAAUUCCAAUGCUAUGGUCACAUAUUAAACCUUAAACUGAUGCAUGCUGUUCCUUGUUUAGGUUUUGGUGCUACGAGAAUUGGCUGUCAGUGCACCCACAUUCUUCUUCCAGCAAGUACAACCAUUUUUUGAUAGCAUUUUCUAUGCCGUGUGGGAUCCGAAGCAGGCAAUUCGUGAGGGUGCUGUAGCAGCUCUGAGAGCCUGCUUGAUCUUAACGACGCAACGUGAACCAAAGGAGCUACAGAAACCCAUGUGGUAUCGGGUAUGCACAUUUAUUCUUAUUGUAUAUGGUGAUAAGUUUGUAUAAAUUUUCUCUACAAUGUAACAGGGUGCUCUGUUGUAAAUAACUAGAUAUGUUGCUUUUCAUUGGUUUGAUCUUUCUUUUCUAAACUUUUAUUUUUAGCAAACAUUUGAUGAAGCUGAGAAAGGUUUUGAUGAAAAUUUUUUAAAGGAAAAGGGUAUGAAUCGUGAUGAUCGGAUCCAUGGAGCACUCCUAGUUAUCAAUGAGUUACUGAGGAUUAGCAGCAUGGAAGGAGAAGUAAGCAUCAGACUGGGGUGAUUGUAGGGCUAAAACACCCUGAAACUUCUGCCUAACUUAAAAUGACCCUCUACAGCUAUAUGUAGUUGUUCUGGUGUGUAUAAUUAUCCCUGCAGGCAUUUUAAUGUUUACACUGCCUUUUCAGGUAAGAGGCAGUGUUUACAUUACUGCCCAAGGACAACUUUAGUGCCGUCUGGCACGCAGGUGCAAUAGCCUCCCACUGUUUUCCUAUGGGAAAGCACUGCACUGGCUGAGAUUGUCAGUUUUGGAGCCAGAAGCGACGAACCCGCACUUCAGUGGGAUAAAGGUGAGUAAUUUCACCUUUUAAUUUGCGCACAGCCUGGCACGUAAAUAGUGUUGACACAGCUAUAGUGACAGGAGUACAUGUUUGUAUUUCUUUCACUAUAGUGUUGUUAUUAUUGCCAAUUAUGUAGCGCCAACAGAUUCCGUAGCGCUUUACAAAAUUAUGAGAGGGGGGAUUUAACUAUAAAUAAGACAAUUACAAGAAAACUUACAGGAAUGAUAGGUCGAAGAGGACCCUGCUCAAACCAGCUUACAGUGUUCCUUUAGUGUUGCUUUUUGGAAUAUAUAGGACCAUUCUGUUGUCGCAGUUUUUAGGGGCUGUUUAUUAAGUCCAGAUUGUAAAAUUCCUCCUUUUGUUUGUAUGCCUUUUUCUAGACAAAUCUUUAAGCUCCAUCACUAGUCUGACAUUUCGAAGGAAUUUCCAAUCCUAAUGAACACUGUAGCUUAAAUUUACAUGAACCAACCUAUUCAUCCACUAUUUAGUGAUAGUAAGUGUUUAUGCAAUCCACAUUUUAUUGGAUAAUGUGAAGCACUCAUACUUGGGUUGUUUUGUUGCCAUCUACCUGUGUGAAUACAGAUAGUCCUACCAUCUAAAAUGGGAUUAGCAUUCGGUAAUUGGCUCGUGAUUAACUGCCAUGUGGCGUAAUAAUGAAGAGUGCAUUGUCACGGUGUCGUGUAAAACAAGAGGGUCUUAUUUUACUUUUCUUAUUGCUAGAUGAGAUGUUUAUUUGUAUAUUGAUGAACGUGUGUUGUGUUGCUGUGAUUUUGACAUUUUGCAUAUGCUCUCAGUAUUUCUCAUUAUUGUAAGUGCAGCUCAAACCAGAAUUUACAUCUUUAUCGCCUCUCUUCUAUUUCUCCAUGUCUAGCGUCUGAGGGAAGAGAUGGAAGAGAUUACACAGCAGCAGCUUGUACAUGAUAAACACUGCAAGGACCUCAUGUCAUAUGGGCUAAAGCCACGCCAUAUCACCCCCUUUGCUAGCUUUCAGUCUGUACAACCACAGCCUUCCAAUGCCUUGCUUAGUCUCCUUGGCUAUACUGGGCAGCAAGGGAUUCUGGGAUAUGGCACAGCCCCAAUGCCAGAUAAGAAUACCUUGGUAGAAAGUCGGACCUGCCGAGAACUUAUGGAUGAGAAAUUUGAUCAGGUACUAUGGUCACUUAUUACUUCUGGGUUUUUAAAACAUGGUAACGUACUAAUUUGACUCUCCCGACACAAGUUGGCUGAAUAAUUCAUUCUGACUUCUCUUUUUCUUAUAGAUUUGCCGUUGGGUGUUAAAAUGUCGAAACAGCAAAAAUCCACUUAUCCAGAUGACAACGCUUCAUGUUAUUCCUCGAUUGGCAGCAUUCAGACCAUCGUCGUUCACUGGUAUGAGUAGGACAAGUAGAGAGUAGGAAAUGUACUUGUAUUUCUUGCAAGUGCCUUAUUAGUCCCAUACAUCUUUUGUAUUGUCCAUAGCGGAGAACAAUCUUCCAGAUUCCAUGAACCACUUGUUGAGUUGCGUGCGCAAGGAGAAGGAGCGGACCGUGGCUUUCCAGUCUCUCGGCCUCAUCUCCGUUGCAGUGCGCAGUGAAAUUCGUCCAUAUUUACCUAAAAUCCUGGAACACGUGAAAGCGGCUCUCCCUCCCAAGGAUUUUGCUCACAAGUGAGUGGAUUUUUUAUUAUUAUUAUUAUUAUUAUUACUACUACUACUACUACUACUGGUGUUUAUAAAGCGCCAACAGAUUCCGCAGAGCUGUACAAUUAGUGGAGAACAUACAAUAUAUAUACAGACAAAUACAAAAGGUAGAGAGGGCCCUGCCCGUAAGCUGAGAUCUAGCCAUUUAAGAUCUUUUAUACAAAGUGCAUAGCUAGAUAGCCCAUGAGCUUACAAUCUAAAGGAUACCGUGGGGAUUUGAGACAAGAGGUAGCAGGGGAAAUUUGGAAGUGAUGGCCAAAUAAGUAAACAGGGAGUUGCAGCUAUUAGUAGAGUGAAGAGGUAAAUGAGAGAGAAUUUUAAACAGCUGGAGGAGGAGUCUAUAAAUUUAGGGGGAACCUGGGUGGGUAGAAUUGUAGAGGCUUGCAGUAAAGAUGUAAUGGAAAAUGGGCCUAGGGAGGGAGCAGAGAUAAACAGUUAUAUCAAGGUAUUUACAGCCAGGAGUGGCAAGCAUGGGGGGGAGGAGUAGGAGGGAACAAGAAACACUUGUAAUUUACAAUUUAGAAUUUUGUCAAUCAAAUCCUAACUAACAUUUAGUUUACAAUGUUGUCAAGAAUUCAUGGUUCAAUGGUAAAUCAAAGUAAAUAAAAGCCAAUUAUGCUUAUAUUCUGAUAUUGCAAAAGACUCCAGUUUAAUAGUUGUACUGAGUAGUAGCAGUAAAGAGGUACUUGUACAAUCCCUACAGUUUCUUUGUGUGGCAGAUAAAUCUUCUUUUCAAAUUAAUCACCAAAUCACAGUGAAAAUUCACAAUGAUCUGUGAUCAGUCCUGUUUUUCCCACUUAACGUUUGUAAUGAAAUGAAUUGAUGUAUGUUUCCUCUGCACAGGAGGCAAAAGGCUAUACAAGUGGAUGCCACUGUUUUUACCUGUAUCAGCAUGUUAGCGAGAGCCAUGGGCGCCACCUUACAUCAGGAAGUAAAGGAACUGCUGGAACCCAUGCUGUCUGUGGGCCUGAGGUGAGUUUCUGCACUUAUAUUGAAAGACCAGGGUUUAUAAAUCCAUUCAUAAUAAUCUUGUGUAUAGAGCAACGACAUAUUCCGCUGCACCUUACAAUGGAUAAAUUAAACAGUGUCCUAAAAAUACGUAACUGUAACAAAGCAUAUUAAACAUUCAAAAAUGUUUGAAAUGUAACCAUCUUGGGUCAGUUGUUUAAAAAUUGUCCAUUCAGUGGGGCUGACAGAACAAUAAUCUUUUUUUCCAAGUUGCCAUCUCUUUACUGCAUACUACACAGAUAUGGCAUGGUGACCAUUAGUAAGUGAUUUCAUUUUUUACAUUUAUUAAGACUUUUUUUUAAUAAGGCUUUUGCCUCGUUUUCCUAAUCCAGUUUACACAUUUUAAAAUGAUAGUGAAUAGCAAAAUACAUUCACAACCCCCACGUGUCAAAACAUGUCAGCUUUCCCAAGUUUUGCAAGAAACACCAGCAAACUAGAAAGUAAAUCACACACAAAACUAAACACACACUGUUAAAGGAGCAUUUUUACUAUAUUAAUCCUCAAAAUAUUUUCAGAUGGCCGUUUUUAGAUGUAGGUGUAAAUUUAUUUAUCAGUAUAAAAAAGGAAACUAAACUAUAAUCUAUAACAACUAACACAAACAAUAGCUACGUUUAUGUGCUGGAGUUAAACUACCAUUUUCUUAGACAUUGUUCCUUUUCAAAUCAUCACUAAAUAUUGACUUUGUUUCACAUUAGCCCUGCUUUAACUGCUGUGCUGUAUGACCUCAGUCGCCACAUCACGCAGCUGAAGAAAGAUAUCCAGGAUGGACUGCUGAAGAUGUUGUCUAUGGUUCUCAUGCACAAACCUCUGAGACACCCAGGGAUGCCCAAAGGUCUUGCACAGCAGCUAUCCUCUCCCAGCCUCACAAAUAUCCCCGAAGUCAGUGACGUAGGCAGCAUCACAUUGGCACUGCGCACUUUAGGCACCUUUGAGUUUGAAGGUAAUAAGUGAUAUUAGCACAUUUGCAUUUACAAAAUCAUUACUUUGUACCAGGCAAAUAAUUCCCAUUGCACCUCCCCAUCUAUCUCUUUUUUUUAUUUUUUAUUUUUCUAUUUUUUACAUCUGAAACUUCUUUUAAAAGGAUUCUGUGUGUUCCCAUUAAAUAAUGAAUUGCAUUAUAAGAUGGUUAAACCUUGCGCAACUGGCUUAAAGAGGCCCUGCCUUUACUCUGGCUUUUCCUGAAGGUAAAUCGAACCGGGUUAUUCCCUAAUGUCAGAAUUGCUGGGAGUUCAAAGUAAAUUAAAAAUUCCUAAAGAGUCCUAAACUUUGGAAUUCAGUUUGAAUUCCUGACAAUUCUCACUUUAGUGAAUAGUCCUGUUAAUAAAAUAAGUAAUGCUGACUGUGUUGAAAUAUCAAUGACACCAUAGUCAAAAAGUGUUAGAACAUGUCUAAAGGCAGCACUUUAAUUUAUGUCAUCAUGUGGGAUAAACGCUUACUCUCAGGAUGGAUUAUGGGAACCAGGGAACCAACAUAUUUUGCUCCUAUCCUACUCCUUGAAGUAAGUUUGCCGGGAAAACGGUUAGAAAAGUCCUAAUCGUUCAUCCUUUGGUUUAAUACUUAGCAGUGCUAGUCAUGCAGGAUCACAUAACCCUGAACUCUGAGAUAAAACCGGUUGCACUAAUUGAAAGUAAAAACCUUAGACCUUGGUUGAGUUAAGAAACACUUUUUUUAAUAGAGCUUGAAGCAGUGUCCGUUACAGAAUUGACUUGGCAUGAACACUUUAUUAGAUAAAUGGAGUGAACACAGCUGCAGCUCCUUUUUUUUUUUUCUUCUUUCUUUCAGGCCACUCUUUGACUCAGUUUGUGCGUCACUGCGCUGACCAUUUCUUGAACAGCGAACACAAGGAGAUUCGUAUGGAAGCUGCCCGUACUUGUUCUCGGCUACUUACUCCCUCCAUACAGCUUCUCAGUGGACAUGGGCAUGUAAGCCAGACAGCUGUGCAAGUAGUGGCCGAUGUUCUGAGCAAACUUCUGGUUGUAGGGAUUACAGAUCCAGGUAAGAUUAUAUAUCUACUGUACACCACUAAAGGGGUCCAUGUGUGUAAAGCAUUCCAAAUACCCUUCUGAGUUUAUUCAGCAGUCUAGCAUACCUACGGCUGGCUCGUUGAAACACCUCGUAAGUUUGGGAAAUCUCAUCAGCACUGUGUUGAUGGCAGUUUUCCGACAUGAGCAAAUUUGAAAAACUAUUUAUGUAUUGAAAUUAUGGUGGGGUAGCAAUGAAUUUUCUUCUUAGAUGAAGCAACAGGGUGUCCUUGUUUACUGUUAGUAGAAUACAGCUAAUCUUGCCAAUUUUCAUAAUGUGACUUUACUCAAAGCUAAUGGUUCGAUCCCAUUAUGUUGAUUGUAGGGUUGUGAAAACAUUUAGAUGACAUGUUCUCUUGGUGAUGCUUCCUCUUACAACUCUUUUUUCAGACCCCGAUAUUCGGUACUGUGUACUGGCAUCUCUGGAUGAACGCUUUGAUACCCAUCUGGCACAGGCAGAGAAUUUGCAAGCUUUGUUUGUGGCUUUGAAUGAUGAGGUGUUUGAGAUACGUGAGUUGGCAAUCUGUACCAUUGGGCGCCUCAGCAGCAUGAAUCCAGCCUUUGUCAUGCCUUUUCUGCGAAAAAUGCUUAUUCAGGUAUGUGAAUUGAUUUCAGGAGUCUCUGCUAAUCACUACUUUGCUGUCUACAAAUUCUAAUGGUUAUCACUCUAUUUAGAUUCUGACAGAGCUGGAGAACAGUGGAGUCGGCAGGAACAAGGAACAAAGUGCUCGCAUGUUAGGGCAUCUGGUAUCCAAUGCCCCGAGACUCAUCCGACCAUACAUGGAGCCAAUUCUUAAGGUAGCUGCAGAUUUAUCUAGAGAAAAACCCUGUAGGUGUCAGAUUACGCUGUUGUAAGUUAUUAAUCAAAUCUUGGAAAGUUAAAUUCCUCUUUCAGUGUUUAGAGCAGAGGUACAGAGAAACAUAUUUACUAUUCUAUAAAGGCACAGCAUGCUUGAACAGUACAUAAUGUUGGAAAUGAAUCGAUCUAAUACAGACUGUAACCCUAGAAUAGGAUGAUGAGAUGGUGCGUACUGUGAAAUGCUUGCUAUUAAGUAGGCAUGGGCUGCUAGCUCGCUCAGUACACGCAGAGAGAAAUGUAUCUGGAGAAGAAUAUAAACAUGGACGAAGAUAAAAUAUUCUGUUUGCACUGGUUCGGUGUAGACCAUCUGUUAAACUGCAGAAAUGAGCUGUUGCAAGACUCCAGUUCGGUUUGCGGUUCCACAGUGAGUGGGUCCAAAAACCCUGAGGGCCCAUUCUUUAAUACAUCCUUGACAGUAGAAAUUCUUGUUUUGCAGUCAUUUCAGAAUAUAGAUUUAUCAGCAGGUUAUUUAUAUCAUUAUAAUAAAUUGGGCUAUUGAAUCCUUUAGCACAGCUGCUGGUGUAUUUGUAUUGGUAAUUGCAGUGAAUUGAAUACAUAGAUCAGCAGCUCUGACAUGCGAAAUGCGCUGAUGAGUCUGACGUCUAGAGCAUUGGUUUCACAACAGCACAUUUAUUUGUAAUUACCAGGCUCUCAUCCAAAAGCUGCGAGAGCCAGAUCCCAACCCCGGAGUUGUGACAAAUGUCUUGGCGACUGUUGGAGAACUGGCACAGGUAAGCGUUUGAAAACUGGUUUAAGAAAUUAUUUGUAAACAUCUGUAUUCAUUGGCUUUAUUUUUACGAACAAUGUGUUUGAUCCCUUCAGGUCAGUGGCCUCGAGAUGAGAAAAUGGAUGGACGAGCUGUUCCCAAUAAUUAUGGAAAUGUUACAAGAUUCCUCCCUGCUUGCCAAGAGACAGGUCAGUGCCGGGAUACGGCAUAACAGGGGAGGUCUAUGAAAAGCAUUGCUAAUAGAAAGGUGGAGCAGUCCGGUGGAAAUCAAAGGCAUUUUCUUGCUGAUUCCAUUCGCUUCCACGAUGACCCAUUUUUAAAAGCAACCCAGUUAUAAAUCCUUCAGAAGUUCCUUGUCCAUAAAAUGUAAUAAGACCACAGUAACACCAGCUGUAACUUAAACUUAAUUAAAAUAUGUUUCACUUCAUGUAUAUUUCUAUACAUUGGGCUUUAGAAUGUAUAGAUUAACCACUUGAUUAUGAAGGCAGAAUCUGCUUUAAUUUAUUUCUGCCACCAUUUCUGAGGUCUGCAAGGGAGAAAUGUUGAAAUUAUAUACUCAACCAGGACUCCUGUCCCUAGGAAUUCUGCACCCAACAGAGUGGAUUUAAUGUAUUUGUGGUGGGAUUAAUUUAUUGUAGAUGAAAGGGAGACUUUUGUUCCAGGAGAGUUCUGUAAUGUCCGUGUUCAUGGCUUCCUUGACAGCAAAGGAAGUCGUGGACGUUCCCUUUUGUCUGCAAGGAUUCCCAAGGUGUGUUUCAUGUGAUUGCUGUAAUGGCAGCAUAUUGCAGAACUCUAGGGAUAUAAAUAAAAUAAUCGCGUUAUGUGCUUGGGCUUCUCAGUGCGACCUCAUGUUGCUGUCAUUUACCAGAUUACACUGCUAACCAUGUCUGCAUUCCACGUUAAGCACUGUAGUCACCCAGACCACUUCAGCUCAUUUAAGUGUUAUGGGUGUAGUGUCCCAGUCCGACUUCGCGCUGCAAUGUAAAUGAUUGCAGCUUUUGAGAUACUGCAAUAAUUACAUUGCAGGACUACGACUGGUUCUAGUGGAUGUCAAUCAGACAGCCAUUAGAGGCGCUUCCUGGUUGCUAAUGGACCUUUUUGUUGCCUAACUGGCACUGGACGUCCUCACCCUCUGCAUGAGGACAAUUAGCGUCCGUAAAAUCCCCAUAGGAAAGCAUUAAAGCAAAGCUUUCUUAUGGGGAGGGCCUAAUGCAUAUUGGUUUUCCAUCUCCCGGGGCGUGUGGAGUGCUGACCCACCACCGAGGGACAUUGGUGCUGGAAUCGGGUAAGUGACAAUCAGGUUUUUAACCCUUUUAGCUGCUGAAGGGGGGACCUGAGGUGGGGGGAGGCAGGGGUGCUAUAGUGUUGGGAAUACCGAUUUGCAUUCCUAUCACUACAGAAUCCCUUUAAGGAUGUGUCUCGGCUAAUAGAGGGUAAAGGUUUACACUUUUUACUGAAGAAACCCAUGUUUUCUCAACUGUUUCCAUGGCAUGGGCAGCCAACUGAGAAAAUUGUUAUUUGGGGGUAGAGAUGCAGAGAUGGUGCAGGAUUAUUUAGAAGGUUUUGCUAUUUAAAAGUAAUUCACAUAAUGAUUUUUGUUUUAGUUCUGUUUCUAUGUAGAAGCUUAUUAGAUACAUUACAAAAAAUGUCCACUUACUACCUAACUACCUUACUACUUUUUUUGUGUAGGUGGCCUUGUGGACUCUUGGACAGCUUGUUGCAAGUACAGGUUAUGUAGUAGAACCGUACAGGAAGUAUCCUUCCUUGCUGGAGGUGCUGCUUAACUUUCUGAAGACAGAACAAAACCAGGGAAUACGUCGCGAGGUAAGAUACGCGUGAUACGUAUCAUUUAUUCAUCCUGUACAAACUAGGUUACAGGAUUAUGUAGCGUUGGUGAUAAAACAGUAUCCAGAUACGUUGCCAGUUAAUAUUAUUUAUGUUCAUAUCUUCUCUGUCAGGCCAUCCGGGUGCUAGGACUCCUUGGAGCUUUGGAUCCAUAUAAGCACAAGGUGAACAUUGGAAUGAUUGACCAAUCUAGAGAUGCUUCUGCCCUCAGCAUGUCUGAAUCAAAGGCUAACCAGGACUCCGGUAAGUUUCCUGGGGGAAGGUGAUGUAUGAGAUAAGGUUCCCGUGUUGUUUUAUUGAACCAAUCCAUAUUGGCUUUCUUCAUUCCUGCAGCGGACUAUAGUACAAGCGAGAUGCUGGUUAAUAUGGGAAACAUGCCCAAUGAUGAGUUUUUCCCAGCUGUGGCUGUGGUUGCUCUGAUGAGGAUACUGAGAGACCAGUCAUUAAGCCAUCUUCACACCAUGGUGGUCCAAGCCACCACCUUUACCUUCAAGUCCAUGGGCCUUAAAUGUGUGCAGUUUCUGCAACAAGUUAUGCCUAUUUUCCUGAAUGCUAUCCGCCUUUGUGACAACACCAUCCGAGAGGUAUACAAGUUCUUAAAAUUGUAUUUAGAGGAGGAUCUACCCUGUUCUACCAGUCAGUCUUUCUAACCCAAUAUAAACACUAGGCAAGGGCAGAGAAAGGGACCAUUGUCCAUGUUUUAUUUCUAAGGUCAAAGCAGUUAGUGGAGGCAGUGAAUUCCCCUCAGUAUUCAGAACAAAAAUAUUUGAGGCUCUACACAAUUAUAUUUAUACUUCUUCAUUAACUGCUGUACUACUGUUAUACUUUAAAGAUUGUGUCAUCUCAUUGCAUGUUACACCCCUGAUGUUAUAAUACAAUGAUGCUUUGUUCUUGACAUGCCUACAAAAUUAAAUUAAAAUAAUAAAAAAAAAAAAAACAAGAAAUGAAGGGAUCAGAGGAAGGAGAUUCAUCCUUUAUAACCAAGCUUGAGCUUGGAAGAGAAUUAUUGUUUAAACAAGAGGUUCAUUUUUCAAUAUUAGAGAUUGAAAGGGUUCUAGCACAGACAUUUAAAGUUUAGUGACGGUCAUAUUAUCAAGGCUUUAAAUUAACUCUUUAGUGGUCUGUAUUUAUUGUUUGUUUUUGUUUUUCCCUCUCUCCAUAGUCACACCAGCCGUCUCCUCAAGUAAGUAAUGGAGAAGAUGCAUUCCAUGUAGGUGACGGUUGGGUUUCCUGCAUUAGUGGAUUUAUUUAGUAUAUAAGACAGGACAUUACGGUUCAUCCAUUUUCUGAAAAACCGAUGAAGCUUGUUAAGCCGUUUUCACAAACUGGUAACACAACCUGUGGGCCUUUUGCAUGGUCUGUUAAGUAAUGUAAAGUGUGUUAAGUGAUUAUAUUUCAAAAAAAGCUUUUAAUAGUAGGGUAUAAACUCAUUUUAUAUAGCUAGUGUAUUUUUUUACAGCAUUAUUUUUAGCAUGGAUUAAAUGUUAUCCUAUGCAGUUACUCACCACUGCAAGCCCUAACAUUUCUGUCCUUUCCAAUAAAUUUCUAUGCAAAUACGCUUUCUAAAUCCUAUUACAUGACUGCCUAGAGAUCUCAUGAAAGGUCAAGGAAUUUAUUUUAUUAACGGUUUACUUAGUCAGGUUUAUGGUUCCCCAAUAUUUCAGAGCUAUCUUUGGGAGAUAUUUCAGGUCCGAAUGUUUUGCUAUUGAGAGUUCUUUGUUUGUCUGAUCUGUCUACUGUAAUAAGAAGCGGAAAAAAAACCCAGUAAUGAGCAUGGACUAUUUCAGAGCCCAUUCUUUGCUCUAUGUUGUACUAAUACAUUUACCUUUUUAUAUCCUUUUCCCUCCCCUGCUUCGACUUUGGCCCAGAAGAGGACAGGACUGAUGUCUCCUCAGGUAUGUGACUUUUCUCACAACUGUGCUUUAUGUGGUUAGACUUCAAACUAAUAAAACAGGGAAAUUUAGGAUGAGCAAUCCUGGGGUGUUGUAAAUGGACCAGUCACCAUGGAAACUAGUAGAAUUUUAAUAUUGUUCCACUUUUAGAACUGUAACCCAGAAUUACUCCUUGUACUGAAUCUGCAAUCACUUUAAUCACAUCUAAUGGUAACCUUGAGACCAGUGCUUUUUAACUUUAUUUGUAUUUAUUAUUGUCAGGGACCCCAAUUAUACAUGGUAUUAGUUUGAAGAACCAUUCUUAACUUCUUAUACUACAAGCCAGACCUUAAACGUUACUUGCAAACAAAGACUGGGCACAGGUCUAAAAUCCAGGCAGGUUUCAUGGCUGAGAAGCAGCAAUGUUUUUGCUUUUUAAAAAGCCUUGGUCAAGCUGAUAAAUGCUCUGUCAGGAGCUGAAACAUUGCUGCUAUUCAUCCAUUAAAUCUUCCUUGAUUUUAUACCUGUGCCCAGUCUUUUUCUUUAGAAUUACCUUUGGCGUCAAAGUUUGGUCACCUGCUGACUGGAGGCACGGUUACUGUUUUUAGUGAAAGCCUAUCUAGUUUCUCCUUUAAGUUACUUGCAAACCGUAGCAUAAACACCAAGGCUGACGUUCUACUCCCUAGAGCUAAAGGCAAGGGGGAAUUUUGAGCCCUGAAGAGAUAAGAAUUGUUUGACAAUGUUUUUUCAUUUCAGCUGUCAUACUCUAAAUGACCAGUCAUAGUAGAUGCAGGCUCUGUAUAACAAACAUUGCCUCUAUUCUAUCUUUUGAGGUAACAAAAAACCUGAAUAAAAACACCAGUUUGAAUCCGUCACAUAUAGUGAUAAGCAUCAAUUUAGAAGACUGCAUAGUCUGUGCUUUCUAACAUAGCCUCGCUAAAUACAGCUUCAAUUCUUCAUAAUAAUACCUUUGUAUUGUUGUAAAAAAAAAUAACAUGCAGUAAGCUGCCAACUUGGGUGGCGUUAACAGGGGUAGCAAAUAGAGAAAAGCAAGUGGAAGAAAGAAGAGGACAAUGAGAACCUAAUGUUAUUUUAAUAAAAAUAUUCAGUAUUCACUGCAUUUGCUUUGGUGUUUGCGUUUGUGGUAAGUGUCUUGGUGGUAAUUUUUCAGUCUGGCUUGUGAAAGAAUGUUGCUUGCAAUUAGUUUUUAAAUGCUCGAUUUACUGUUGUUGUUUUUGUUUUCUCGUGGGAGAUACUGUAUUGGCUUAUGAACCUACAUUUACACCAUACACAACAUAUCUCACAAACCUGUCUUGUGGCCCACAGUUCAUGUUUCAGCAGUUGGGGAUGCUGGUCUCAUUUGUACGCAGUCAUAUCCGCCCAUACAUGGAAGAAAUUUUUGCUCUUAUAAAAGUAAGUAGAAACAAUGGAUUACACUUAGCCUAAUUGGCUUCUUAGCCGCGUCUCGUUAAACAGUUGCACCCAAAAAAUAAAAAUAAGACAAUAUUUAGGUCAAGCUAUUUUUCACAAACCACGAGGUGAUCGGGUCUGCAUUUGGUAAGUAUUUGAAUGCAAUCUGUACAUUGUGAUAGUAAAAUUACAAGCAAAUAUAUGACUUAGAAAUGGUGCAUGCUAAGUGGACUAUGUUCCACAACUCUGCUUAGGGUUCAGUGUGUUCCAACAAUGCCAAGCAAAGCAUUUCACAGGGAGAUGGCGCUAUUUACACUAAAAGUCAGUUCCCAUUCCCAACAGCCACCAUUAUAGUAGUUUAUGUAUCUGUAUUGACAGCCAUGGAAUAGGGAAUUUCUCCAAAAAAUAGAAAAUGUAAAGUUGUAUAUUGUGGACAUAGUAAAAUAAAAACAGGAAAAAAAAAUUGCAUUGUAAAUCAGAUAAUGACUUUAAAGCCCAGCAUUUUCAUGUAUAUUACAUCUUACAUUUGGCCAUGCCUCCUGAAUUUGCUGGUUAAAGCAAGGUAGAUAAUCAGCAGCUGUCUAGCAGCAUUUCUUACCAGUAUUGCUUUCAUAAACAAUGAGUUAUUUGUGGUCUGCACUUUUAUAGUCCUGUCUGAAUUAUUACACCCUUAUAUGACAUCCUAGUGCUGCUUGCCAACAUUUUACCGUUUACAGGGUAGUAAGUCAACGUUGAUCAAAGUGUUGCAGCAAAUGGCAAACUUUUUGAACAAUUGGUGUUUUUUUUGGUUUUUUUUUGCUAAGAAUUUUCUUUAUGUCUGCUAUAGAGAUUUACACUAGUAAAUUUAAAGCAAAGAAGAAACAUUUUUACUUAAAAUAUAAAUCUUGUAGGUCUUACUAACAUAAAAUGAAUUCUCUGUAUUUUUGCUUGUAAUUUGCAUUAGCUGCACAUCGCCACCAUAAAAGAUACAUUGUUAAGAACCAUUCUACGCUCGAUACGGAUUUUCAUGCAAUCCAGGGGACAUAUGUAGUGUGUGUGUACAUCUCCCUCCAAAUUUAUUUCACAUUUCUUCAGUAAUUUACAAAACUGGGGAUACUAAUAGCUGCAUUGCUGAUACACAUUUUAUGGUGGCUUGCUUUUAUUAGCUGCUGUUUGCUUUCGCUAGGCGGGUCCAUUGCUCAACCCACCGAAUAGGUGUGGACAUUGACACAUAUUCAAUGUAAAUAGCUACCAGUACUUUUUUGCUGCGGCAUAUGCAGUGAAAUUCCUGUAGCCUGGAAUUGUGGAGAAUGUUUAUUGCACAUUAUAGCAAUUGCAGCCUUUCUCCAAACACCAUAUUUAUCCAGCUUUGGGCUAAAAUGUGCAGUUCCUUUUGUCAGUGCUCCACAGUUCCGCUUUGGUCAUCAAACCCCAAGAGCCUCACGUGCUGUGCUUGUUAAUAUGCAUGCCAUCUAGCAUCACUUCUCUAGAAAUAUCGGUGGAAACUAUUUUUCUUUAACUUCUUCUUGCUCUGUUUGGUUUCGCUUUCAUUACAUACAACAUAUAUUAUCCCCACACAAAUGAUCUGCUUGCUUUCUGAUGCUGCAGACAAUUUUAUUGUCACUCCAGGCUGGAUCUGCCCCACUUCAUUGCUAAUGCGCUUUAUAUAUAUAUAUAUAUACAGAUAAUGUAUAAAGAAAAAGGAAAAAAACCUCACUUCUGAAUAUCUUCAUUUUGCAGGUUUUCCCAGGGAUUGGGAAUGCCUCCUUUUCCGCUUACUGAGACGCGGAAAGGGUUGCAAUUAAUCAGCCAGUGUUCCGUCCUUUCAAAUGAAUGGGAAGAACAUUGUAUGUACAUAUGACAUCACACACAUGCAUGCCUUGGUGUCUGCAUGCAUGUGAUGUCAUCCGAAUACGUAAUCCGCUGAUCCUCAGACGAUCAUGGAAACACCUGAGCAUGCUUUGUGUACUGCUGAGAGUGCCUUUCAAGAUUUGAAUAAAAGCACUUUCAGCAGCCAUGCCUAUCUGAAUGCUACAGUGCUCUUCUCAUUUGAAACGGACGCUGGAGAAGAAGAUAUCUACAGGAACUGUUUAUUAGUGUUGGGGUUUUUUUUUUUUUUGUCUCUUUUUAUGCUGCGUCAGGUGAGUUAUCUUACCUGGAGUGUUAAAAUGCACAAUCUCUGUCCAGGUUCCGGGAGAGACCCUUUAACUUAAUGAAUCUCCUUAAUGAAUAUUUUGAGCAAAUAUUUAAAAUGCUCACAAAACUUAAAUAACAGCUUGUCCCCUACUCCCCCUCAAAGUGUGGGCCCCCUCUGGAGCCGGUAUUGAAAUAUUAGCUUUGUUGUAAAUGCAGUGCACUUAAAGGAACACAAACCUGUAUUUCUAACUCUAUAUUUAGAUUUCCCAUAAAUAUAAAUAAAGCUUUGAAACAAAAAAGGCUUUUAUUUGCCUCUUUCCACCGUCUCUGCAUCCACUUGAUCUGCCCCUUGCAACAUCACACUUCUAAAAGUCCAAUCCAGUGCACCUUAUAGAAGAGCAUUGGGGACGAAAAUCUCUAAGCUCCUGUUGGAGAUUAGCGGAACCACCUCUAGUGGCUAACCGGUAGACAGCCACUAGCGGCGUAUUGAACCCUGCAAUGUAAGCAUUGAAUAGCUACUAAAACUUAUAGGCAGAGCAGGUAGGGGCGCCACUUAUCAACAGUUUCACAUUCCUGUGAUUCCUGAACACAAUUCUGUACAUUGCAGCAAGUUGAGAAACAUUCAAUUGGAAGUAUUUGGGGGGUUCAUGGGGAAUAAGUCUUUUAGCUUUUUCCAGGUUUUUGCCUAACAUCACAUGCUGAGCAUUUACCUUCCGGUCCUAAAAUAAAAAUGUAAUUCCAAAUAAAAUCCAGUCCAAGAUAUAAAGGGAUUCUGCUAUCAUCCUGUCUCAUUAAGCUUUUGCUGCGUGACCUUUGCAGGGAAAACUGUAUUUUUCUGGUACUGUCAACCAACUCAUUUAUGUACUAUAGGUUGCGCUGUCUUGCUCCGAACAGGACUAUUGGACGAUGAAUAACCCAAUCCAGAGCACCAUCAUCCUCCUGAUUGAGCAGAUUGUCCUGGCGCUAGGAGGAGAGUUCAAGCUUUAUCUACCAGAGCUCAUCCCUCACAUGUUACGUGUCUUUAUGCAUGACAGUAGCCCAGGUCGUGCAGUCACCAUUAAGGUAAGCGGGAAUGUCCACACUUGUUUGUCCUGGUGUGUUACAAGAGCGUUGUCAUGGUGUUAAAUUUGUUUCAUAAUCUUCUUUAUAUUUAAACACAGUUUCAACUCAUGUUGAUGCUUGUAUCACCUUUGAUAUAUAACGAGUAUCUUUGAAUGGGUGGAGCGUAGAGAUUGUGGUCACUGAUUGGAAGAGUCAAAAGGUUACCACAAAUAGUCCAAAAUGGGACUAUUUUUACCAAGUUAUGCGUUCUCUUUGUGGUUCAUUUACACUUUUUAUAUUGAUGGAUGUGGGGAUAGAAUAAACAAAAAGUUUGUGUCGGGUUUUAAUAGGCCCAUGUGUGAUAAAUUGCUCUAUACUGCCUGUCUGCUCCUACCUGUGUGUUUGGCAGAGAGAGACAAAAAUCCUCUCAUCCUCCUCUCCACUCUCAUACCUCAGUUUGUAAGUCUUGUAGCCAUGGUCUGGUUUGUUUUUGUUUGUUUAACAGUGAAAUAUUCCCCCUCUCCUAUUACACACUUACUGAUGACAUCAGAGGAAGGUCUGUGAAGAAACACAUUAGGGCAUUAAUCACGUUACAACCCUAAGAUGUGCAAAAUGCUCAAAAACGUGCAACCGAAAAGAUUAGAAAUCCCUAUGUACACUCAUUACUUGGAUCAAUAAUGGAUGUAUUAUUUUCUUUCAGCUGCUGAAUGCAAUUCAGAUGUUUGGAGCAAACCUGGAUGAUUAUCUACAUCUCAUGCUACCACCAAUUGUAAAGCUUUUUGAUUCACAAGAUUCUCCCAUGCAGGCGAGAAAGUAAGUAACUGCCAUGUAAUAAUAAUAAUAUAUAUAUAAUGGUAAGGAAGUGAGAGUGUAAAUAAUCUGAUAUUAAAAGAUAUGAUGUCCCCAACUGAGUUAACCAUUUAUUUUGGACAAUUUGCUUUUUCAGAUGCUAAUAUAAAUAAUGGUUUAAGUGGCUCACUCACAUGUGCUUUCCCACAAUGCUGGUCACGCACGCAUGCAUGUACAAUUUAUUCUUUCCUGCCAAUAGUGACUCUUACAUUGUAUUGGUAAAAUGUCGUGCUCUGUUACGUUGCACAUUCUAACAAUGAAAUUAUAAGAAGACCUAAAUCAUCAUGUUGUCUUGAGUUUAAUUCUUGUCCACUAUUGAAACUGAAUUUGGCAGUUAUUUUGUUAUGCGGACUCCAGAUCAGAGGUGGCUGAGGCACACACUAGCACUCCACACCAAUAGACCUUUACAGUCACGCAUCCCAUACCGAAGACAUCCUGCGAUUUAAAACGUAAAGUACAUUUUAGAUAUGACUAGCACCUUAGAGUUUGAAUAUUGAGAGUUGCCUAUACAGUUGUAUACAUGUUUUAACUCAUUGUUAUAGAGUUUAGAUACCUGUAAAAGUACCAUAGUGUAGAAUCUAAGGGUCUGUUUAUCCUUAGAGCCGCAUUAGAGACUGUGGAUCGUUUGACAGAAUCGCUAGAUUUCACAGAUUAUGCGUCCCGUAUAAUCCAUCCUAUCGUUCGCACACUGGAUUCCAGCCCAGAGCUGAGGCAAACCGGAAUGGAUACCCUCUCCUCUCUGGUUUUCCAGCUAGGAAAGAAGGUACUGUUCCUUUGUCAGAGUAUAUUACUAUUUUAUUUACCGUUCUAUUUGAUUUUCGAUGUGUUUCUCCUUCCAUUUAGUGCUGUGCACCCAGUUCUUUAGCACAUUUAUUUUAUCGCAGGCUACAUAACGAAAAAUAGUUGGCAUCGUGUGCUGUGUACACUCUAUGAAAAGUUCUUAGAAAUGGGUAGAGCUUAAACUAUAUGUACACUAUAAAAUGACUGCAAGCAAAAAGAAGAAAUGAGAGGCGAGUGCUGUGCUAGAAUUUAAAAAUCUCACAUGGUGGAUUUCUGGAGCAUGAAUAGAUCUUGAAUAUUCUGUUCCCCAUUAUGUAGCAUGUGUGUGUCAGAUUUUUUUAUUUUUUUUUCCCUUAUUGUUUCCUACGUUUGAGCUGCCACAAACUGUUUAGUCAGUCAGUUAUUCAGACCUGCACCGUCAUAUUAUGGGAGCUUAACAUUUCAGUCCAAAAAACCCAGGUUGAGCUUCCCUCCUCACAUGCUACCAGUAGUAUUUUUGUAUGAUCAGUAAAUUUAAAAUGUUUAAUAAUAGUGAUGCAAUUGCAAGAUGUUCACAUGGUUUUAUUUAAUGUAAAUAAUAUAAUAUUUCUCUAAACCAUUUAAUGUUGAUAAGAAAAUUUUGGUGUAUUUUGUUUGGUUCAUCCAACAUAUACAAUAUGCUUUAUUGUUGCUAGUGCGUGCCUUUUUGUGACAGUAUUGGGGGUCAUUUGUGCUGCAGUUUUGUCCGAAUCCCAGAAUGGGUGCAUGGGAGACUACAGCAAGUCCAUGCUGGUUAGUCUAGGAAGGAGGCAUGGUUAUCUAGACCCCUGUGAAUCAUGUCGUCACACCCUGUAUAUGAAGGGUGUAUUUUCACCAAACUGGAUAAGGAGGAAGGAAGGCAGAUGUCUGUGUCAUGGGCUGUGCAAAACUUCUGCCUCCCAGCACCAGUUUACUAGAAUUGGACCUCUAGCAGCCAGACACAAAUUUUAUAAACAUCUUAAAAUUAAAAUCCCUACAGAUUAGUUUAAAUUUUGGACAUUUUUCACUAUUCACUUCCAGAGAUUUGUUUCCAUAAAACCUGGUUAUGUGAUUAAGGACAGAGAGUGAACUUGAAAAGAUUUAGAUUAUCUUUUUACUUAUUUAAGAUUCAUACAAUGUAGUGAUGGGGUCAUGUGCCAUUACUUUUUUACAUAGCAAAAAAACAUUUAUUUUCCCUUCAUAUAUUUAAUAAUUCCAAAUAUAUUUUAAUACAUUACUUAACUUUUCGACAAACACAAAUAAAAUAUUCAGAUUCUGUAUUGUUACCAUCCAUACGUUCCAGUUCUUCCUUCUGACAUUAGAUAAAAGCAUUACUUAACACACAAAGCAUUCCAAUUGCCCCUCUUCAAAAAAAUAUAUAUAUCCUGGAACAUGUUGCAGGAUGUUAUUAAGCAUUUUGAGAGACGAUAUAAGUCAGAUUAGAUUUGAAAAAUUAUAGGUUUAUAAAAAUCAGCUACCAUGGCUUCUCUUACCCUAAAUACGUUUAUGUAUACUUUUCCUUCCUAGAGAUGAUAGUAGACUGCUUUAUGAAUAAGCUUUUCGCAAUGUUUUCAUAGACCUAGAGUAGUUUACAUGGACUUACUGAUUCAUUGGGAUGCCCACGUUGUGAUUAGUUAUUUUUUGAGGAUGCCCACGUUGUGAUUAGUUAUUUUUUGAGGAUGCCCACAUUGUGAUUAGUUAUUUUUUGGGGAUGCCCACAUUGUGAUUAGUUAUUUUUUGGGGAUGCCCACAUUGUGAUUAGUUAUUUUUUAGGGAUGCCCACAUUGUGAUUAGUUAUAUUUUAGGGAUGCCCACGUAGUGAUUAGUUAUUUUUUAGGGAUGCCCACAUUGUGAUUCGUUAUUUUUUAGGGAUGCCCACAUUGUGAUUAGUUAUUUUUUGGGGAUGCCCACAUUGUGAUUAAUUAUUUUUUGGGGAUGCCCACGUUGUGAUUCGUUAUUUUUUGGGGAUGCCCACGUUGUGAUUCGUUAUUUUUUAGGGAUGCCCACAUUGUGAUUAGUUAUUUUUUGGGGAUGCCCACAUUGUGAUUAGUUAUUUUUUGGGGAUGCCCAUGUUGUGAUUCGUUAUUUUUGGGGAUGCCCACAUUGUGAUUAGUUAUUUUUUGGGGAUGCCCACGUUGUGAUUCGUUAUUUUUGGAGGAUGCCUUUCGUUGAUUUUUUUGGUGUGUAAAGGAGGCAUUCAUAGCGACAUAUUCAAGCUUUGAAUUUUGUGGAAAUUCUCCUUUCAAUAAGUAUGCUUGUCUUAUUGAAAUAAACCUUAAUCUAGAAAUUCAGACUUUUGGGAUGAAUGCAAAGGGAUUUGAGUUUAACAUUUGCUUCUGCAUUAGUACCUUUUUAAUUAAGGUUUGGUCAUUAGUGCUGCAGAUAUUAACUGCAUUUCUUAUGAUGCCCAGCCAUCCUAACGGCUGAGAUUUGUAAGCUUGGCAUGUCGAAGAUUUGUGGGUUGAUGCCACUACCCAAUCCUCUGCGUACCAAUAUUGGCCAUCGCUAGUUCAGUCUGCAGGAAAUAUGAAUCCGAAUUACUAAUUUAAUAGUUUCUUUUUUUACUAUUGUCAGAUUACUGCUAUUUAUGUUUUUGCUUGUAUUUACACAGAAGCUCAAAAUUUGUAGACUUUUUUUUUUUUUUAAUUUUUUUUGUUUGUUUUGUUUUUUUUAUUCCUCUAGUAUCAGAUAUUUAUUCCAAUGGUGAACAAAGUAUUGCUGAGACAUCGGAUAAUGCACCAGCGUUAUGAGAUCCUAACCUGCAGGAUACUUAAGGUGAGGGUAGGUUACAUUUUCUUUAACUUGAACAUUAAUAAAUUAGCAGCCACUAAGCACUCCUUAAAUAGAUUGAAAUGUGUAUCUUUCAAGACUACAAGAGGCACAAAAAAGUACAGCUGUGCAUUAAGCACCAAUAGUGAUGGGGUUGCAAUGAUAGGUUUGCUUCAGUAGAACAUGGUUACAGUAUAUCAUUUUACAGCUUCCAUCCAAGCCGUGCACACUAUGGUGUUUUAACUAGUUAAAGCAGAGACUCCUCUUACUACCCUCCCAUUGUAUGGGAAAAGUGUUUUUACUCCCCUUUUCUCCCACGUCAUGGUGGCUCCGUGCAGUCUUGAUGAUCUCAGCCAAUCCAAUGCUUUCCCAUAGGAAAGUAUUGGGAGACUAUUGCACAUGAGCAGCAAAAUGUUGCACUCCGCCACUCUGCAUCUCCUCAUAGAGAUGCAUUGAAUCAAAUGCAGAGUAUGGAGACGCUAUAUGGAAGUGCUUUACACUGGGCAGCACUGGACUAGGAAGUACCUCUGGUGGCUGUCUGAGUGACUACCACUAGAGUUGUUACUAGGCAGCAAUGUAAACACUGCCUUUUCUCUGAAAAGACAGUGUUUACAGUACUCAACUUGCAGGGACAGGCUAUAGACACUAGAACCACUACAUUAAGCUGUACUGGUUCUGGUAACUAUAGUGUUCCUUUAAGAUACCUUAACAAGUUUUUCUACCUUAUGUCAGGAUCUUACCUGAUGGGGAGUCCGGCUCGCAGAGUUAUACGCUCACCCUUGCAAAGUAGACACAGACCAGGGUGACCAGGUAAGAAGCCACCUGAUCUGUGAGUCUGUGCACGGGGGCUUUCCACGAAUAGUGCUCCAAGUAGCAGUACAGCAGGGAUUAGCAGAAGCGUAGUCAAGGAAAGCCAAAGUCAGGGGAAUCCAGAGAUCAGAGUAGUCCAGGAGGAAAGCCAAGGUCAGAAGCCGGAAUCAGACAGGAAAUACUGGAACGCAGAUAUAGCAAGACAGGAACCAAACAAGGGAACCAGAGUCAAUGAACUGACACUGCCCUCAUGGAGAGGCAGUGUCUUAUACCUGGCUAAUUGGUGAUCAGCCACAGGUGUGCUGAGAUCGUUGGAGCAGCCACAGAAUAACGUCCAGCCCCCAGUGCUGGGUACAAGGCAAGAUAGACUUCUGGAUAUCUCUCGAGCUGAGAUGGUGGCUCAGAGGCAAAAUAGCAGCCCCAGGACUGCAAAGUACCCUGGUUCAAGUCCGUCACCGGGCACUUCUGGGGCGACCUCGUCUGGCCAUCGGGAUGUCGCGGUGAGAACCGUGACACCUUAUCUCCAGUUCAUCUGCAACACACAGAUUUGACUGCACAACAUUCACCUUCUGCGAUGUACAAGAGCAUCACAAAGUAUAGUAGUGCUGUAGAGACUGUACAGUGAUAUAUUUUAUUCCUAACUUUCAGGGUUACACCCUUGCUGACGAUGAAGAAGAUCCCUUGAUUUAUCAGCACCGAUUGCUAAGAGGGAAUCUCGGUGAUAGUUUUGCUGGAGCAUUAGAUACUGGACCAAUGAAGAAGCUGCAUGUCAGCACUACCAACUUGCAAAAGGUAUGAAAGGCAGCUAUAUAUGUGGUCCACUGUCACAGAUACCUGUCCCUGAGUGUCAUGUGAAAGGACAGGUAUCUCAGCUGUGUGAGCAAUAUUUGGGAGGUGAGCUGAAUUCAGAGGCGGUCUCAAAUACAAAUUAUGAGGAUCACACAAAGAGUAGAUUGACAGGAAAAAGGGAGAAAUAUAUGAUUAGUAUAAUUUAUGUCAGUGUGUCAACUUUAAAAAUCUGUAUGCAAUGAGCUAACAGAAAUUUUAUUUAGAAUGAAAUUAGUGUUAGAAGUGUCCACUAGAGGGCAUACUUUGCUUAAAGUGACAUUCCAGGCACCAGAAGUGCAAAAACUACUUUUUGCAGGAUGUAUAGUUAUUAUUUAUAAAGUGCCAACAAGUUCCAUACAAUGGGUGGGCUAACAGACACGUAUUUAUAACCAGACGAGUUGGACACACAGGAACAAAGGGAUUGAGGGCCCUGCUCAGUGAGGUUACAUGCUAGAGGGAGUGGGGUAUAGUGACAGUAACAGAGGGAUUGAGGGCCCUGCUCAGUGAGUUUACAUGUUAGAGGGAGUGGGGUAUAGUGACACAGUAACAGAGGGAUUGAGGGCCUGCUCAGUGAGUUUACAUGUUAGAGGGAGUGGGGUAUGACACAUUAACAGAGGGAUUGAGGGCCUGCUCAGUGAGUUUACAUGUUAGAGGGAGUGGGGUAUAGUGACACAGUAACAGAGGGAUUGAGGGCCCGGCUCAGUGAGUUUACAUGUUAGAGGGAGUGGGUUAUAGUGACACAGUAACAGAGGGAUUGAGGGCCUGCUCAGUGGAGUUUACAUGUUAGAGGGAGUGGGUUAUAGUGACACAGUAACAGAGGGAUUGAGGGCCUGCUCAGUGAGUUUGCAUGUUAGAGGGAGUGGGGUAUAGUGACACAGUAACAAAGGGAUUGAGGUCCUGCUCAGUGAGUUUACAUGUUAGAAGGAGUGAGGUAUAGUGACUCAGUAACAGAGGGAUUGAGGGCCUGCUCAGUGAGUUUACAUGCUAGAGGGAGUGGGGUAUAGUGACACAGUAACAGAGGGAUUAGGGCCUGCUCAGUGAGUUUACAUGUUAGAGGGAGUGGGAUACAGUGACACAGUAACAGAGGGAUUGAGGGCCUGCUCAGUGAGUUUACAUGUUAGAGGGAGUGGGAUAUAGUGACAGUAACAGAGGGAUUGAGGCCCUGCUCAGUAGGAACACAUGCCUGCUAGAGGUGGGGUGUGACACAGUAACAGGAUGAGGCCUGCUCAGUGGUUUACAUGCUAGAGAGUGGGUAUAUUUACAGUAACAGAGGAUUGGGGGCCCUGCUCAGUGAGUUUACAUGUUAGAGGGAGUGGGGUAUAGUGACACAGUAACAGAGGGAUUGAGGGCCUGCUCAGUGGGUUUACAUGUUAGAGGGAGUGGGGUAUAGUGACACAGUAACAGAGGGAUUGAGGGCCCGCUCAGUGAGUUUACAUGUUAGAGGGAGUGGGGUAUGUAGUACACAGUAACAGAGGGAUUGAGGGACCUGCUCAGUGAGUUUACAUGUUAGAGGGAGUAGGGUAUAGUGACACAGUAACAGAGGGAUUGAGGCCCUGCUCAGUGAGUUUACAUGUUAGAGGGAGUGGGGUAUAGUGAGACAGUAACAGAGGGAUUGAGGGCCUGCUCAGUGAGUUUACAUGUUAGAGGGAGUGGGGUAUAGUGACACAGUAACAGAGGGAUUGAGGGUCCUGCUCAGUGAGUUUACAUGUUAGAGGGAGUGGGGUAUAGUGACACAGUAACAGAGGGAUUGAGGGCCUGCUCAGUGAGUUUACAUGUUAGAGGGAGUGGGGUAUAGUGACACAGUAACAGAGGGAUUGAGGGCCCUGCUCAGUGAGUUUACAUGUUAGAGGGUGGGUAGUGACACAGUAACAGAGGGAUUGAGGGUGACCAGUAAGUGAGUUUACAUGUUAGGAGUGGGGUAUAGACACGGCAACAGAGGGAUUGAGGGCCUGCUCAGUGAGUUUACAUGUUAGACAGGGAGUUGGGGGCCUGCUCAGUGAGUUUAUGUUAGAGGGAGUGGGGUAUAGUGACACAGUAACAGAGGGAUUGAGGCCCUGCUCAGUGAGUUUACAUGUUAAGAGGGAGUGGGGUAUAGUGACAGUAACAGAGGGAUUGAGGGCCUGCUCAGUGAGUUUACAUGUUAGAGGGAGCGGGGUAUAGUGACAGUAACAGAGGGAUUGAGGCCCUGCUCAGUGAGUUUACAUUUUAGAGGGAGUGGGGUAUAGUGACACAGUAACAGAGGGAUUGAGGGCCUGCUCAGUGAGUUUACAUGUUAGAGGGAGUGGGGUAUAGUGACACAGUAACAGAGGGAUUGAGGGCCCUGCUCAGUAAGUUUACAUGUUAGAGGGAGUGGGGUAUAGUGACACAGUAACAGAGGGAUUGAGGGCCCUGCUCAGUGAGUUUACAUGUUAGAGGGAGUGGGGUAUAGUGACACAGUAACAGAGGGAUUGAGGGCCUGCUCAGUGAGGUUACAUGUUAGAGGGAGUGGGGUAUAGUGACAGUAACAGAGGGAUUGAGGACCUGCUCAGUGAGUUUACAUGUUAGAGGGAGUGGGGUAUAGUGACACGUAAGGGUAGGGUAGAGAAGUAGGUUGCUAGGAUAGUAUUCAUUGAGGGCUUAUAGCUUUGUUUUGAUAGUUUCAGGAAAGGUAUCGGUGCGGAGAGGGAAAGCUGUUCAGUUAAUUGAAAUGCUUUCCUAAAGAAAUAAGCUUUCAAAGAUUUUUUUUGAAGGAGUGGAGAUUGGGUGAAAGUCUAACCAAGAGUAAGGGGCGUUUCCUAGGAACGGUGCAGCUCUAGAGAAGUCUUUAAGGUGAGCAUCAGAGUUAGGGGUACAAACAGAGGUUAGACAUAGGUCUCUGGCAGGGCGUAGGGUCCUAGAUGGGACAUAUCUGUGUAUUAGUGAGUAUAAGUAGGUAAAGGCAGCAUUGUGUAGAGAUUUGUAAGCAAGUAUCGGGAUCUUAAAUUAAGACCUGUAUCUUAUGGGAAGCCAAUAUAAGGUUGAAAACUCCUUGCAACCACCACAACUAGGACCUUACCCCCACUCUGUCUCCAGAUACCUAGCGGGAAACACACUGCUCAAAAUUUCCCCUAGACCUCUUUCCAGUAUUAUAUAAUAACACAUAUUCGUAUUUAAAAUGAGAAAUCGAGAGUGCAUCUGUGACAACGUACACCAUCAGCUUCAUUCUGUAAACUGAGUGAACCGGAAGUAGUGCCAGGAUAUUAACCAUUUCAUGGAUGACGAUGUGGGGUGCUGGAGAAAAAGUAGAUUCCAGGAUUUGCUGCAAAUAAUGAAAGCUUCAGGGAAUCGGUAUAUUAUGGUUUUAUUUUUCUAUCUGGAUUUCUUUUUAAUGGUUUAUAUCUAUAAUGCUUAAACAAUACAUGGCAAGUUCACUUUGAAGUGUCCAUUGAUCUAUGACUUGACCUUUAUGAAAAGAAUAACUGUGUGUAUAUGCAGCAGUAUAAAACAAAGGCAUCAAAUAUAAGGAAUAGACAAAAGGUGUGAGGAUUUCUUAGGUGGAAUUUGAGCAAGUUGCAGUUACUUCCUCUCCAGCACGGAUAAUACCUAGGCCAGCCAGGUGCAAAAACCCUAACGUGCAUAAAACCAGGUCUUUCUAACACAAUUCUUUUAACUGACAGGCUUGGGGAGCUGCUCGGCGAGUCUCCAAAGAUGAUUGGUUGGAAUGGCUGCGACGGCUGAGUGUAGAGCUCCUGAAAGACUCCUCAUCUCCUUCUCUACGUUCUUGCUGGUCUUUGGCCCAGGCGUAUAACCCGCUCGCCAGGUGUGUUGUGGCUUAUGCUUGGUUCUACAUGAACGGUUUUUUUUUUAAUUUCUUUUAUUACUACUAAUUUCCCAUCUUCUGCAGAGAUUUGUUUAAUGCAGCCUUUCUGUCCUGUUGGUCGGAGCUUAAUGAAGAUCAGCAAGAUGAGCUGAUCCGGAGUAUUGAGCUGGCUCUCACUGCCCAAGACAUUGCGGAAGUCACACAAACAUUGCUGAACCUGGCGGAAUUCAUGGAGCACAGUGACAAGGUGUGUACUCGUAGAUUAUACCCUGCUUGGCAUCUCAAUGGUUUCUUUUGGCUCACUCCUGAAUUGCUAAUUUUGUGAAGACCAUUUAAAAAUUAUCUAUUGCUCUUUGGAUUUAAAUAGAACACGAACUGCAAUAUUUCAAUGUACGUUAGUUUAUAUCAAUUGCACAUUAGGGAUAUGCAUGUUAAUGUGAUAACAUUUGCCUAUUUUGCCUUUUUAUGCGUUCUGGAAAUAUGAGGGUUAUAGCAUGGAGUUGGGAGGCCAAAGGUCACUGACCAUGAUUCCAGCUGUAGAUAAAUCUGUGUCCUGGAAUUGCCGUUUAUAUCCAGACAGUACUGAUCCUUUACACCUAAGGAGAGGAUUUGUCUGAUCCUGAGAUACUUUGGGGUGAUUUUCUCAGAUACUGAAAUAACAUGAUGUUUCUUCGACCAGUGCAUGUUUAUCUUGGUUAUCGAUAACGAUCUCUGCCAGCAGCAGUUUCUCAGUAUGUUGAUCUUCCUCAAGAUCAAUGGCCAUGCUUUGAUUGCUGUCAUGUACCCUGUCAUCGCACAUUGUAGGGCCAUAACGUUCAUUUUAUAUGAUUUGUGGCUCUUAUCUUUAUCAGGGUCCUUUGCCUCUUCGAGAUGACAAUGGGGUUGUGCUUCUUGGAGAAAGAGCAGCAAAGUGUCGAGCCUAUGCAAAGGCUCUUCAUUACAAGGAACUGGAAUUUCAGAAAGGUCCAACUCCAGCUAUUCUGGAAUCCCUCAUCAGGUAAGGCCAUUCGUGUUGUUAGGAUGUUUUUGGAGAGGGUGACUGUGCAUAUUUCUGUGGCCUCUUUUGGAGGUUUGAGGAGAAGUGAUAUAUUUGUAUCUCUGUCAGUGUGUGGUCUGCGACCUUUGACACCUCACAUUCCACACCACCUUACUUUUAGGCCUUGAAACUGUCAGCUGUCAUUUGCCUGAAUUACACGGUGCUUCAGGGCAGCCUGCUGUGGCCUAUGGAAAUAUUUUGUGCAAUUGAUUGUAAAUUUUCUAAGGCCAUAUAUACUUUAUUUUUUCCUUCUCCCCUCUCCCUUCUUAUUACAGCUUCCCUCCUGGUAUGCUUUGUUACUUUUUAAAUAACUCCUCCCUUCCCCUCCUGUGUCCCUCACCCUCAAUUGUCUCUGUGUCUCAAAGACACCCUCAGUUGUCCCCCUCUCCCUUGCACAGACCCAUAUCUCCCCCUAUUCGUUUUCUCCCCUAUUUGUUAUACUUUCUCCUUCUUUUCCUUUUUUUUUUUAAUGCUCCCUAUGUUGCUUUUUACCAUUUAUCGCUCUGUAUUUUAUUUUGUAUGAAUGUGUGCAGAUUGAAGGACUGAGAAUUGAGGAUACCUUGUUCAGUCUAUACAUUUACCCAGAAAAUACCCAUUAGUGACUUUAUGCACUAUUCAUAGAACUCCCGUUCACAUUAAACAAACAACUCCAUAAAUAUUUUACAAAAAAAAGUUUAUUUUUGGCCAUCAGGCCACAAUACGUUAUGUUCUUUCCAAUUAUUUUUUUGAAAGAAAUAAAAAUAGACUUUACAGUAUUCUAAAGCAAUCACAUCGCAAGGAAUGUUCUAUAUACACAUCUUUACAUGGGGUGGCAAGUUUAUAGAAUAACACCCUACUAGAUUGUGAUGGGACAUAGAUAUGCCUCCUAGUGGUUGUCAUGGGUAUCAUUUCACUUUUAUUCUUUAAAGGGACACUAUAGUCACCUGAACAACUUAAUGAAGCAGUUUUGGUGUAUAGAACAUGCCCCUGCAGCCUCACUGCUCAAUCAUCUGACAUUUAGGAGUUAAAUCCCUUUGUUUAUGAACCCUAGUCACACCUCCCUGCAUGUGACUUGCACAGCCUUCCAUAAACACUUCCUGUAAAGAGAGCCCUAUCUAGGCUUUCUUUAUUGCAAGUUCUGUUUAAUUAAGAUUUUCUUAUCCCCUGCUAUGUUAAUAGCUUGCUAGACCCUGCAAGAGCCUCCUGUAUGUGAUUAAAGUUCAAUUUAGAGAUUGAGAUACAAUUAUUUAAGGUAAAUUACAUCUGUUUGAAAGUGAAACCAGUUUUUUUUUCAUGCAGGCUCUGUCAAUCAUAGCCAGGGGAGGUGUGGCUAGGGCUGCAUAAAUAGAAACAAAGUGAUUUAACUCCUAAAUGACAGUGCAUUGAGCAGUGAAAUUGCAGGGGAAUGAUCUAUACACUAAAACUGCUUUAUUUAGCUAAAGUAAUUUAGGUGACUAUAGUGUUCCUUUCAAUAUCUCUUUUCCCCUGGGGCUGAGAUUCCCAGAGAUGGUCUUGGUUCAGUGUUUAAGAGCUGUGUACUGAGGGGUGAAAUAAACUCUUUGAAGGACAUUAAGCAUUUCUGUCACUGUCAUCAGGAGACCUAACUCAUCACACACACAUCUCUUUAUUGCAAGAGGAGCUUAUUUUGCAUCACUAGCUGCUGUCGCCAUAUCUCAGGAUGGUCGAUUCCUCAUCUCACCAUCCAUUUAGCUCAUUACAUACACAGUGCAGGUGAAUUCUACAAGAAAGAAAAGGAAUUAAAUGCGCCGGGGAAGGAAUAGGCGCUGCUUUGGUUGAGGUCAUUGGCUGCUUUACACAUAUAAUUGUCAUGGUUUAUCCCUCAGGGCUGGAAGUCUUGCGAGCGUAUCUUCAUUUCCACUCUCUUUAAAGAGUAGGAAGAUCCGUGCCACCCAUACCAGCUAAUCCCAUCCGGGUGCUUGCUGUGAUCUCCAUUGCGGUAGUAGAUGCCAUUAAGAUUAGAGUCAGUGCAGCAGUUAUACCAAUAUCCACCUGCCAAGAGACAUUGUUAUCUAUUAGUACUGAUUCCAUUUUUUUUUCAGUUGUAGAAUAAGAUAUUGUGCAGAGAAUCCCCCCAUAAUGCAUAAUUUGUCUAACCCAGGAAUUGAUAGAAUGUAUAAAGUGUAUCAUAUAGAGCAUUAUGCUAUGGCUAUCGUGAUACUUUAUAACUUAUCUAACACAGCAGUGGAUAAUAGUGUGGACAAAAAGUUAUGAGUGUAUCUGAGCAUUGUAUAGGGAAUGCCUCUCCCACGAUACAGUUUAACCUGUAGAUCAGAUAAAUCACGUUUUGUUUCCACUUUUAGCUUGUGAUGCUUUUUCAUAAUCUGUCACUUUUGGUUUUACCUUUACGCAGUCCUGCGCAGUCAUCCAGGCACUUGUCAUUAUCUUUGUCCUUGGUGCUGAAUGAGGUGUUGUUAUGGUAGCGAAGGGAGUCUCGGCCGGCAUUGCCGCUGUAAUUCCCCAAGAAGAGACGAUAGCUGUUUUGCGCGUUACUGAUUGAAAAUUGGUCGUAUUCUGCGUAUCGGACACGUCCUUCCCAGUCCUACAGAGAGACAAAAUGAUAGACACGGUUAUGGAUCUGUGAAAAACAAUGAUAUAUGCGGUUUUAUAUUUUAAGUGCUGAGAAUUUCAAUUGAAUUGAACAUUUUAGACCAAAGUAUGCAAGGUGAAAAUAUCGCUAAUACCUCUUAAUUUACUUCCCUCUUUACCUACCCUACUUAAAUUAAGAAUUAGAAGCACCAUUGAGGAAAUAGCUUAUUGUAUUCCGUGACCAGAAUGGAAAACUAGGCAGGGUUGUGAAUUCUCCUGCUUUGGCUAAAUUGGCUUAAAAUUAGCAUUGUUCUUGUCAGUUCUCCACAAUCUCUGGUUUAGUAAAUAAAUCAAACAGUGAACUAGAAACCAAAUUCCAAAAUAUAGGGUUUGACCAACAUUUUGUAUGAGUUGAAUUGGGGGGUUUCAAAUAAUUCUGCACCUAAAUUUUGGAAUUUAAUUUAAUUCACCACAGUUGACUGUAUGAUGAAUGAACGUAGCACAUACAUUUAUGUAAGACCUGCAGACAUUUAAAUAGUCUCCUUGUAAUAUAAUGGAGAUUAAGGUUUAUAUUGAGUGCAUCCUCACCUCUAACUCAACUCUCAGAAUAGUUGGCCUCCUUGUUAGGCGAAAGAUAUGCUCAUUUCCGAGCCAAAAGUCGCCACGGAUGUUGCCGAAUCCAUCACGAUACUGCUUCCAGUCACGGUUAAAGGAGGUCAGGCCGACCUUUCGUCUCUGUAUUAGUGUCCAGCCUCCACCUUGCGUCUCCAUGUCACAGAACACCUUCGUGGUCAACAAAAACAAUGUUAAAGGGCUGCCUUCGUCUGAGGAGUGAAGGAAGAUGUCUUAUUGCUCAUUAUAUCUUACCUCAAGCUCUGAACUUCCCAAGAAAUCAUCUGCUGGAAGUUUGUAGACACCAGAGAUCUUGUAAUUCUUCUGGAAAAGUGAAGAGCAGUCAUAUACUGCAUCUGUUAAAAGGACGGUUAUGUUAAGAUCAUGAGUAGAUGCCUAGCCCUAUUCUAUCUAGCUAACAACAUUACAGGCUGGUCUCCAUAUUUUGUGAAAAGACCAAGAAUCUCAUACAUUCUCUCUGCAAAUAUUUGCUUUCGGUACUAACUAUUAACCUAAUUUAUUGAAAUCAGAGCAGCAUGUUCAUCAUUUACUGAUCUGAGUUCCAUCUCUACCGGUAUCAUGCGUUUAUACACAUCUAUGAGUGAUAACCAAAAUGUUCUUGGAUUUCAUUGAUACAUUUUUAUUUUAUUUUAGCAAUUUUGUUUGUGUUUUCUAUAUUUCCUAAUUGCCCUAGGGGAUAGCCCAUCUGAGUUUUGGUUUAAAGUUUUCUGACACUAAUCCUGUGCGAGGGAGGGGGCUUCUUUAUUUCUUCAGUGUGUAAUUGUGACAUGUUUAGCCCUGGAAUUGUAUUAACCCAGCGCACGACAAGUCAGAGCUGGAAGAGACUUCUCUGACCGAUUGCUGAUUUUUAUGCUUUUGAAGUUGAGUGGCAUGCAAAAAAGAAAAUGAAUUUUAACUGUCUGUAUGCGUGUAUGUGUACAAAGUUAGUUGGUGCUCUCGGCUUGAUUUCUGUCUGUGAUGCUGUAACAGGGUGUCUCUUACCUGCCGAGGUUUGUGUUAAGGUCUGCGCCGCUUGUAGUUGCAUGAUGUCCAUUUGGUUGUUCAUCUCUGAGUACUUUCCUUCCACGUCUGUCACUCUCGUCUCCAUUUGCUUGUGGCUUCCUUCCAGCUUCAUCACCUGCAUGACCACGUUCACCCAGUCGUUCUCUUGCUUCUUGGUCAGCUCUGCCAGGAGGCUGGUGAGGUUGGCAAUCUGCACUUUCAAGUCUUUCACCUCUUCACAACAACCAGGUGCCUUCAACAGUCCGUUGGCACCAAUAAUCUUCUUCUUCGGAGCCUUCUGCGUCAGGGCAGGGCAAGCUCCAAGGCAGAAUAUAAAAAUACUGGUCAAUGCAAAAUAAUUAAAAUUCAUCUUGCUUAUCUAUAAGUGUGCGCUGGAAUACCGUUCCAGUGAAGGAUACUGAUAAGUCGUUUGACUUCUUAUCGAGGGGGGAAAAAAUAGUUUUCCUUCUGCUGCUGGAGUCUGAGGAAGGAGACUUUUUCUUCCUUACUUUCUCAGUUUGUCUUUAUUCUGUGAUCUGCACUAUAAGAUUUCACAGCAUCUUAAAUAUCCCAUCUCCUGGAGCCUUCCCUAUUGCCCUCCCAUCCAUUCCCCUCCUCCCCUUUACCAGGUGCCAGCCUGCUUGCUGGAAGCCUCCAGUUGAACCUAAGCUGGGGGGGUGCGGUUUGGCCCCGCAACAUGUCUCUGUCCCAGUAGCAUAAUCGUUCACCAGCAUACAUUCACCAUUAACCCUUUGCAAGGGGUUUGCAGGAAUGUGGAGCAGCUGUAGUGAAGACUUCGUAUGUGCUCAGAGCAAACUGGAAAGGGAGCAUAUUAUCUUUCAGGUGACAUAAUCCACAAACAGCCUGUCUGGUUUUCUGCUGAAGUCCCUUUAUGCUUCCGACAUCUGGAAGUCUUUUGACGUUUGUCUUUUCUCACCAGACAAAAACUUAGAGCCGUGAUUGGAGGCUAUUUUCCUUAGUAAAUGGUGUGGAAACAUACAAGCAUUCGUUAGGUUUGUAUAUCUCAUGCCUCAUAUAACACAUUUGUGAGUUUCACAUCUGAAGCUGCUGUGAUUUUAGGCCAUUGGAAUAUUUUGUGCCUAUCACAGAAAUUUUUUUUUAAAAAUCCAAAGGCGAGCCAGAGAAUGAGCCACUUAUUGACAUGUCUGUUCAUGGCAUCUGGCUUACACACAUACUACUGGUACUGGCAGUAAUACCACCACAGACUGACCGUGACACCACGCCUAGCAGGAACAUAAGUCCCUUGAGCCACUUCUUAUUCAGAAAGCCAAAAAAACAGUCCCCUCAUCCCAUAAGAAUGUGAGCAAACAGAAGGAAGAAAUUCUUGUACGCACAGUGCAGCAAGAAAGGAAAAAGCAAAAUUCAGUAGCCAAAGAUUUGCCUUAAAACAAAUUAUAUUUGUUUAAUAAUAUAAAGUGUGCUCUUUUUAUUGUUAAAAAGUAUUCAUUCUGUCUCUCGUGAGAUUGGAUGGCAUGUGAAUUAACUUUUUGAACACUGCCAUUGGAAACUGAAGUUUUGAGUGCUUCUUCUAAAUGCUGCUUAUAAAACAAUGUGGUUUCUGAAUCUGGGUACUUUAACCCCAUGUGUGACAUGUCAUGAUUCCAAGCAUUUCGGGAGGUUACAUAAGAGAGUAAUUAGGGCUAAAUGCUUCCAUUAUGUAACCACCUACUUUAGACACUUUCUAACUGCACACGCACAGUGUGAGGUGUUCUUCUGUUUAAAACGUUUAUUGGUUUUUAAUUCACUUUGGGACAUUCCAUUCUGUACUUUCAAAAAUAACCUCCCGUGUCAUAGAGGCCCACAUGCUUUAAAGAAAGAAAACUAGAAAUUCUAACCUGUGGCAUAAACUGUUGGAUACAAUUACAUUAUUUAGAACUCCUGUUUUUUUCAUGUCUAGCAUGAUAGAUUAUCUCUGGCUUGACAUCUAUUGGGGACUGCAUUUCCUAUGACUCUCAGCCACCUAAAUGGCUGUUUGGAAAUGCUCAAAAUACACACAGUCCUCAACAGCCACUUGUCAAAUGUUUGCUUGGCCCAAAUCCGCUAUCUUUCCCCAUCCAAACACCCCUUUUUUCCCCUCCUUCUUAAUUCUCCUGUUCAGUUUACCUUCUUGCCUUUAUUCCUUAACUUGGACAAUAUUGGGAAAUAAUAGCGGGUCAUAAGGAGUUUCUAGCUUAUGCAGUUAAGUACCUGGCAACGGUUCCGUUUGUUAGAAAAGAUGACUGAGGCUGCCCUAGAUAACAGCUGCUUCACAGCAUGAAAAAUGACUUUUAAUCAUACUAAUGCACAGAAUUAAGAGUACCAGAGAUUAUAACCGAUCCUGUUUUGCAAUUUGAAGAUGCAGUCAUUUUAAUAUCCAAACAAAUAUAUCCAGUAAUUGCUGUGUGUUGUGUUAGAGACACACUAUAUGCAUCUCAUUGAAGUGUUCUGGCUGCAGUGUCUUUGUCCCCUUAGCCCUGCAAUGUAAAACAUUGUCUUUCUACUUCCUGUAUUUACAUGGAGAUUAACACUUUACAUGCGGACGCCCAACAUUUUCAAAAUCCCCAUAGGAAACCAUUGGUUUACCACAAAACAGAUGAGACAAACAGUUGUUGAAUAUACUUCUGCUUGGCGAUUUAGAAUUCCAUCUUUGGCGCCCCCAAAAAAGAGAUGACUUGAUGGUAAAAUGACAGGAUGAAAUAAAUCAUAUCAAUAAAUAAUAAAGAAAUAAAUAUAGUAAAAUCUUAGUUGUAUUCAAGCCUGAAGCUGUAACUCUGACUAAGAGGCAGAUCAGGGGCAGAGCCAGCACGAUUCAAACACAGCCCUGGCCAAUCAGCAUCUCCUCAUAGAGAUGAAUUGAAUCAAUGAAUCUCUGAGGAAAGUUCAAUGUCUGCAUGCAGAGGGAGGAGAUACUGAAUGUUUGGAUGCAUUUUAGGUAGCCAUGACCCAGGAAGGAUCUCGAACAGCCAUCUGAGGACUGGUCAGUGAAAUUAUCACUAGGCUGUAAUGUAAACACUGUAUUUUCUCUGAAAAGACAGUGUUUACAGCAAAAAGCCUGAAGGUAAUGAUUCUACUCACCAGAACAAAUUCAAUAAGCUGUAGUUGUUCUGGUGACUAUAGUGUCCCUUUAAAAUAUGGAAAGGCAGAGGUAACAAAAUAAGUCCAGUUCAAAGCUGUAAAUGUGUAAAAAUAUGAGCUAUGAAAAAAAGUAUGUAUACAAUAAAAUAGUUGUUGUAAGAGGUGUAAAAAUUUGAAGAGUUUACUGUGAAAAAAUGGGGUUGAACAAUAUGGUUGAGGGGACGCAAAUGUAGGAUAAAAAUAUAAAGGUAAAAUUAUAAAUAAUAACGAUAAAGAAUAGAAAAAAUGACAGAAAAAAAGCCCAAAAAGUGGCAAUAGGAGCCCGACCUCCAUAUACGGGGUGUAGAAAAAAAAAUGACACAAAGUUACAAUGGGAGUCCGACCUGAGUAUAUUUUUUUAUAUUAUUUUUAAUUUUACUUUUAUAUUUUUAUCCUACUUCUGCAAUUUUUUCAAUUUUACAUUUGCAUCAACCAUAUUGUUCAACACCAUUAUUUUUUCCAGUAAACUCUUCAAUUUUUGCACCUCUUACAACAACUAUUUUUAGUGUAUAUAUACUUUUUCAUUCCUUUUCUUUAUCUCCUAUUUUUGCACAUUUAGAGUUUUGAACUGGACUUAUUUUUUUUACCUCUCCCUUUCCAUAUUUUGGGAGCCCCAUAAGAGUGUGCACGCUCAGACCCUAUUCACAAUGGUACCAGCAAUAAUUUGUUUUUCUAAAUAUGUUUUAUUAAUUCCCUUCAAUAUUGUGUUUAUUUUAUGAUCCAAUAAGACUCAAUAAAUUCUUAAAUUAUCUAGUUCUUCUAUUUUUGUAUAUGUAUAUCACAUUUGCGCUUACUUUUUCAACUUGUUAUAUAUUUUAUAGAGGGAGAUAAGGAUACUGUGUAACACACAUACAUCUCACUCUAACUAUACUCAAAACACAUUAAUAGCGGUAAGUUCAAAACCCAAAAUAAACAUGAAAUUGCCAGUUAGAGCAUUAUAUUUGUUGCACAGUUUCCCAAUAUUCUUUGGAGUUCUACACUCCUCAAUUACUAUAUCAACUGAUCAAAUGUGGACGAAAUUUGAAAGGUAAAAUAUAAUUUUAUUAAAUCGGAAUUAGCAUAUUUAAAAGGGGAAACAUAUGAGCCUGUCUCUGUACUUAAAUAAUGUAUAUAUUUUGCAAUACUGUGAUAGGUCAAUUUUUUUCUCCUCUUUUACUUCGUCUGAGUAGGUUCUCCCCAGUUCGUUUGAAUGGACGAUAUUCAGACAAGCCGAACUGCUUGACACAAUUCGGUCAAUAAGAUAUAUAUUUAUUUUAAAUUUUCUUGGUCGAACCGAAUUGUAGGCCAUGCACACGUCUUGCCUCGUAGCAUUUAAUAAGUGUGGUCAUUGUUUUCGCAUUUUGUGCUUCAUUUGCUUUGGUUCCGUUUAUGUUAUAUCUAUUGUUGGACUACCACAUGCGUUUACAGCAGCUUUAGAUUUUUAUUUUAUUUUAUAUCUCUGCUAGCGCCGCUGUUUCACACUUGCUCGGUUAAUCUGUGGUUUGCGUGCAGGACUUUCUGUUCAUUACAUGCACAUGUUUACACACGUUACAUGGCAGAGUCCCUAAUAUUUCUAGACACUAAAUACCAAGGUUAAAAAAAUGUUUUCUCACGCUAGGUCAGGAUACCGACUUCAGACAUCUUAUUUUAGAUUCCAGGUACGCUAAUCACUUCACCCUGCCAAAUACCUUUUCAAAAAGUCGGUAUAUAUAAAAUAUGAGAUCAAAGGGAAGUGGGUCUGUCUUUUAAAGAGAUGUUAAAGUGGGAAUGCGAUAGUAAAAUGAGUCCCGCCAGAAAACAUGUGUAAGCAUCACGUUAAAAUACCAGAUCUGAGUCCAUAUGCAAAUUUACGCUUGGAAAUAUGCAGCAUAUGCCAUUGGUGUGUGAUGUUAUUAACCCUUAACUGUAAAGACACAAAGAUAUGUGAGUCAAACGUGAUAUAGGCAGUUACACCGUCAGUCUUAUUUCCACUCACCUUGUGUGCCCAAGAAUUGGGGUUGGUAAAGUAUCUAAGCACAAGAGCUCACAGUCAGAACAAUAUGAAGAAAAUGCUUUAUAUACUUUUCUUGUCUCCCCUUUAUACUUUUAUAAAAAAUAUUUUCUGCGGGUGAUUUAAAUGUUGCCAUCACCGCAGUCUGUUCUGUCAUUCAGAUCUGUCUGGUGUUUGUCUACUUGAGCCACAGAAGCGUUUCGGUGUAAUGGAGUACAUUGUCUGGCUGUUCUGGGUUAGCAAAAUCCACAGGUUCCCACACACUGGGAUUCUCCACCGGUUUUGUUUUAUGGCAACCAUUGUGUGUUGUAGUGAAAAACCGCAUUGCCAAAUUGUUCACUAUACCAAUAAUUAUAUGUAGACACAACUGACAUUUUCACUCUUGUUUGACCCUUUUAGUAGCAAUGAAUGGCUAUAGCUCUCAGCCAGUAAUGCUGCCUGGUGACCCUCUUAGUCUGUAACUAGUGACAAGGCAAUGCUAGAAAAUGAAACCUGUUAUAUUGUGGAUGAUGGCAGCUGCCAUCCUAGCCCCAACUGCAAGCUUGCAACACAAAUGAGUAGCCUUUGGCACUGUAGCUAGGGGCUAUUUUCUCUACGCAGGUGGGUAUCAUGUUCAGUAACAGCUGUAGUGUUAAAUGUUAGAUACCCCUGUUGUAGCCAUAGGUGAUGGAGCAUGUUACAUGUUUACAGAACUCCCUCCUCCCCCUCCCAAAAUAAUAGUCAAGGACUAGGUUUUAGUAGAGUUCUUGGUGGAAUUUCACCAGUGUCGCCCUUUCACCCUCUUGUUCUCAUGUGAAAUUAGUGAACUUACCAGUAAAGUCCAUUGUGUGAGUUUAUGUAACGUUGGCAUGUGGAGGAGAUUAAAAGUUGCUGGAAUGGUGUUGCGUUAGGGUGGGCUCAAGGGGAGGGAGCGAGGGUCUUUUCCUCCUUGUACUUUUAUUCUUUCAUGUUUCUUUGAGGUUCUCAUGGAGGUCUCCUAGGCCCGAUUUAGCGGCUAGUCACACAGACCUCCUAUUGUAUUCAGACCAGUGCUUUAUAACUUCAGCUGUCCAGAGGACAAAGCUGUGAAAGUUGACAAGAGGCAGUAGAGUGGCCAGCUUGCCAUAUACAGACAGCAUGUCUGGACUGCAGAUGUGCAAGAAGCUGUCAGCGAGACUCUCCAGAGAAGGAAAUCUACUGUUUGACUUUAGCCACACAACUCACGUACUAUCAGCAAACAUAACCCGUGACAUUGCUGCUUCUUUCACUCCGGUGUCACACUGCUUAUCCAAAUCAUGAUUGAUGGCAUCGGUUUGCUUUACGUGAGUGACUGCUUAGUGUAUAAGGAAGCCGCAUACAGUGUGAAUAGUUUACAUAGAGGUACAGCACUUAGUGUCCGUGAUUAUAAAAAUAGGCCCCGUGCCAAGCUGUACAAAUAAUUAAACUGUCUCUCUUCCAAAUCGCUGAGUGAGAGCUGACAUAACAACAUACAACCGUUAUCCUGAGGAAAAAAAUACCAUCUGGCUGGACCAAUCACUUGGUUCUCUAAGAUGUUCCUAACCAUUUCUGUUUCAAUUAAAUAAUCAUUUAUUAUGUGUAUAAUAUUGGUUUUAUUUCUUGAACUGAGUAAAUAGAAAACUCUUCACCAGCAGACGAUAUUUGUUUCCGAUAGUUAAAAAGUAAUCCGGUAUAUGGUAGAAUUAGGAUUCUUACUAAAGAAUUUACAGUAUUUCUGUGAUUUGGAAUAUGUCUAUAUUUUACUUUUACUGCCUGAGGAUGUCCGCACUUUAUAUUGCAUUGAAGCUGACAUCAAUUUAUCCUCAUCUGUUGGGGCUGGGAUCCAUUGAGUUUUUAUUUCAUUUCCCCCUUUCCAAAGACUUCUUUAUUCUUUUGAAAUAUAACCAACAAGCCGUGUAACAGCAGUUCCCAACAUGGGACUGAAGUCCGUUGUGGUGCUCUACGGCUGUGGUCUCUCCAGCCCCUGCAGUAAGCACUGUGCAGGAGCAAGCUGUCUCUGCAUUUCUGGUAGCAGAGGCAGUGUUCUGCUGCUUACAGUCCCCCAUUCAGUUUGCGCUGGCAUACAGGUAUAACCUCAAAUCCUGUCUAAGUAAUUUAGGGUCGUUCCUUACCCUUGACAUCAGGGCCGGUCACCCUUCCAUUACAGAAACAGAAGCAAUUUGCAGGGGGAUUGAACAUAACGAACACACAUUUAAAAAAAACCAUGGGGUGAAGGGAAAGCGAUGAGCAUAAUAGGGGGGCAUAGUGGGAAUGCUAUGGGUUAGAGGGAAGAAAGCAUGAUAGGUGUGAGGCUGGCAGACACUGAAUAGGUGGUGUUGAAGAAUGAGAGAACAUUAAUAGCAUUACAGUAGGCAAUGGGAGGGGAAGUGUAAAAGCAGCAGAACAAGAUGUAAAGCUCAAAGAACUGAUCUGACUAAUUAAAGGGGACCUGGAGUCUGAGAUUAAGUGAGAGGAAUAAUACUGAUCCCAAGGCACAAAGUUUACACAUUUAAAAAAAAAAAAAAGCUUUUUCAUGCAUUGAAAGUACAACAAAGAGAAAGUGCAUAACCAAUUCAUAGUACCAAUACCACAAUAAUAAUAAAGUGCUAAAUGCAAACACCCAUUAAAAAGGUAUACUGACUAAGAGCAGGAGAAAUGAAAAACUGCAUUGAACAAAAUAAAACCCGGUACCUGGCACAGAGUGUUAAAAUGUGGGGAAUGAGGCAGAGACCCGGGGCUCGGGGUACACAAAGGGAAUUAAUGCAAAGACUCAGCAGACGGAGGGUGCUUAUGAUGAAAAAAAAUUGGUACAGAAAAUAAGAGACCCUUAGGUAGCAUUAACACUCUUAUAUGACAGUUUUAUUUAUUUUAUAUAUAAACAAAUUUCAGACCCUUUAGAUGUAUGAAUAGCUGUAACGUUACACUGGAUCUGCUAAUGAAUGGAUACUAAACAUCUUGCAUCAAUAAAACACAUAACAGGCCAGUUAUGUUAGUUAUACACGCAUGUAACUGUCUCUUAGCGUGCUGUUUUAUUUAAAAAAUAAAACUUUUCUAUAAAAGAAUUACUGCAUUUGAAGAACUGAAUACAUUAUCUGAAGAUGGGGCGUUCAGAGCUGCAUAUUUGAGGGUUUCAUAUUUUAAAACAGAUUUUAUCUAAAAGCAGAGAACGAAGUGUGCUUUUAAUGUUACUCUAAUUGGAAAUGGCUGUGCUCAUGGGGUCUUCUUUUUCUUUUCAUAACCCCCAAACUUUACACUCAUCAGGAUGGUUUAUUUAAACUGAAAUCAAUUAGUCCCCCUGGAAUAUUCAUGAUACACUACAAAGGCAUAUUUGUGCUAAAUGUCUCGUGGAAGUUUUGCUCUUCAUCAGCAAAAAGAGAGAAUGAAAAAGCUGGUGAUUUCUCCGUUGUAACCCCUAAUUGCACAUGUUGGGCAAAUCACUGUGGAUUUUGAUCCUUACCCUGUUAUUAGGACCCACAAAAACAACUUUAGAUGUGUUUGGACAUUAUGGGACUUGUCUGUAAGUCCUGUUAUUUCCAUGAUGCUUAUUGAUGACAAUUAUUUGCAGAAUGAGAGAGGAGGAAAAUGAACCCAUUUGGAAAUAUUAAAUGAAUGGAACAAACAAGGAGUCCAAUUAUAGUCAGAGCCCAGAAAAUCUAUAGGUCAUCGUAAAGGAUUGUAUACUUUAUUGGUUUUGUUUUGUGUUUUAGCAUGCCAAAUGUAUGUGAAAACAGUAUCUUUGUAUGUGUGUAAAUUGGGCCCCUCUGAUAACAUAGACACAGGGUUGAGCUUUAUAUUUUUAUGUAUAAUUUCUUGUGUUUUUGACUUUUUCAGCAUUAACAAUAAGCUCCAGCAGCCUGAGGCAGCGGCUGGCGUCUUGGAGUUCGCCAUGAGGCAUUAUGGGGAACUGGUAUGUGUGUCAUGUCCUCCUGUUCACUGUUUUUUUUUUUUUUGUUUUGUUUUGGGUUUUUUAUGAGUCAAAAAAUUGAAAUACACAUUUCCCUACAGUGCACGUGUGGAUUGAAAACCCUUGUUAACCCUUUGUGAUUUUAGAUGUAAAGAACACAUUUAAUUGUUGUCACGAGACCGAACACAGGACUGUACUGGCACUGCGAUCUGUUUGAUAGAGAGAGGAAAUGUGCUGUGAUAUAAGCGUAGUGGGAACUCUGUACAACCUUCAGUAGGCCCCUUUACAAAGAGCCGCUAUGCAGGCAGCCGUAAUGAUUUCCUGCGGCUUCACUAUUACAUCACCCCCUGCGUAUACUCGUUGAGAGAAUAGCCUUGUGUGCUGCACCUCUGGGAAGGUUUGACCUCAUUGUACAGGGAAGCAGAGGGAUGGGGGCACUUCACACAAACAUCUCUUGGAAAGCCAAAUACUCCAUCACAUUUUUUAUGAUGCUUUGGGAUAUCCCCAGGGAUUUUUUUACAUUAGAAGCCAAGGAGCAGUGAUCCUGCUGACCCUUGCAUACUGAAUCGAGCAACAGUGUUUGAGUGAGAAUUACUUCAACUAAACAUAGUACAUCCAACUUGAAAGCAAACAAGAUCCCACUGUCCGGUUUGCAUGUCCAAAUUUAAAAUACGUGAAUUCUUUCUCAGAUUUCUUUUCUUUAACUUACACGCAUAAUGGGCAUGCCUUGGCAUAUUCAUCAUGAAGCUCCAAUAGGUCACAAUCAAUAUGUUACCAAGUGUGACAAAGAUGCAUGUAGCAGAGCCUCGUUCAUUUGUGUGUUUCCCCCAGCUUUUCAUAUGUAAUGCAUGUUUUCCCGUUCGGGAGCGUUCAUACGAACGGAACUCAAUCAUCUUCUGAAAUCGCAUUAGAAUGUUCCCACCAAUUAAUCAGAACGUUCCCACUUGCAACAUAAGUGUGAAACCGCAAGGGAAGUAAUUGAGUGAUUCCCCUGGGUGGCCGCCAUUUCGUAAAAGGAGACGCUUCCCUUGCAGGUUUCAGCACAGGAACCUCGUGAACGGAGACUAGUCGGGGAAUGUGCCACUGUGGGGGCUUUUGAGGUUUGUGGGGACACUUUUGGGGCACUAGCUCGUUUGGUGGGUUUUUCUGUGCCUGGGAGACAAAGGGGUGAAUUUUCCCGUGUUUUGGGUCCUAGGCACAAAGGCUCUUGGGAUGAAGAACCUUGCCUGGGGGGGAGGGCUUUCCAUACCUGGGAGACAAAGGGACAGCAACCACUUUUCACGCCUUUGGCUCCCUGGUGUGGGGGAUCCUGGGAUAUGACCCCUGUUUGUUUGGGAUGAAGACACGAUGGCAUACCAUUUUCAAAAGAAGACAACCCAAGGUAUUGCAAAUGGGGUAUGUUCAGUCUUUUUUUAGUAGCCACUUAGUCACAAACACUGGCCAAAGUUAGCAUUCAUAAUUAUUUUUUAUUUAUUUUUAUUUUUUGCAUUUUUAACACACAAACAAAUAUAAAUGCUAACUUUGGCCAGUGUUUGUGACUAAGUGGCUACUAAAAAAGACUGGACAUACUCCAUAUUGAAUACCCUGGAUUGUCUACUUUAAAAAAAAAAAAAUAUGUAUGUGAGGUGUGAUUCAGAGAUUUAUGAUCGAUAAGUGUUACAAUGUCACUAUUGAUACAUUUUAAAAAUAUAUAUUUUGAAACAGCAAUGUCCUACUUGUACUCAUAGCCCUAUGACUUGUGUGUAAAAAAAAAAAAGCAUGUAAACACUGGGUGUUUUUAAACUCAGGACAAAAUGUUGAAUCUUGAAUCUAUUUAGCAGUUUUUUUUCCAUUAGCUUUUGUAGGUAAGUAAAAAAAAAAAAAAAAAAAAAAUGUUUUUAUUUAUUUAUUAAUAUUUUAAUUUUUUAAAAAGUAAAUUAUGACAUGAUACAAAUAAUAGUAUGUAAAGAAAGCCCUUCUUGUCCUGAAAAACACAACAUAUAAAUUGUAUGGGAACAGUAAAUCAGUAAGAGGAAAAUUACAGCUAAACACUUAAUGUACAACAUGGCCAAAACAGCCCCGGUCCUCAACGUACAACAUGGCCAAAACAGCCCCGGUCCUCAACGUACAACAUGGCCAAAACAGCCCCGGUCCUCAACGUACAACAUGGCCAAAACAGCCCCGGUCCUCAACGUACAACAUGGCCAAAACAGCCCCGGUCCUCAACGUACAAUAUGGCCAAAACAGCCCCGGUCCUCAACGUACAACAUGGCCAAAACAGCCCCGGUCCUCAACGUACAACAUGGCCAAAACAGCCCCGGUCCUCACAACAUGGCCAAAACAGCCCCUGUCCUCAACGUACAAUAUGGCCAAAACAGCCCCGGUCCUCAACUUACAAUAUGGCCAAAACAGCCCCAACUGUAUUAAACCUCAACGUACAAUAUGGCCAAAACAGCCCCGGUCCUCAACGUACAGUAUGGCCAAAACAGCCCCGGUCCUCAACGUACAGUAUGGCCAAAACAGCCCCGGUCCUCAACGUACAACAUGGCCAAAACAGCCCCGGUCCUCAACGUACAACAUGGCCAAAACAGGGGUUAAAGCAGCUCUGUCACGUUCCCCCAAAUAUAAGUAUUUUCUACAGAUAAAGUCUUUUAAAGAUAUAAGACAAAGCAUGUAAUGUUGUAUUGAUUUAGCAUUGGUCAGGCUCUAUCGAAUACAGUGCCACAAUAACUACUUUUGCACAAUGAAGUGAAUAUGGUGCCUAGAGUCUGCUUUCAAGUAUUAAACCAUUUUCAAGCAGUUUAACAUUGCAGAUUGUCCUUAAGUGCCGGUCUAAGUUAAAGUAGUUAUGGUGCUCAGUCUUUCUUUAUGGGACAUCAGUUCUUAUGUUUCAGUACCUUCUCCAGGGCUGUCCUACUGGUGGCCCUAAAUGCUAUCAAAAUUAAUUUUGAAGCUAAAAAAAAGAUUGACUUACACAGGUAGAGGGACACUCGUUUAUUUUUUUUGGUGAGGGUGAUCUUGUUAUUUAUAUUCCUUCCCAACCACAGUACUCUGGGUUACAGGCAUUUUACAAAAGCAAAUGCCACAAAAGCAUUAGAAACCGUUGACCGAAGAAAAUUAAUGCAGACAUUUAUGUUCGUUUCAUGUUUUAUUACAACUGCCAAAACUACACAUUUAUUUAAAUCAUGUUACAACUUUUCUUCUGGCUGCAAUUUCAUGAAAGCCUUUUCCAGAACCAGAAGGAAGGAUUACUUUGAAAUCUUCAUGGCUAACCCCCUGAUCCCCAGAUUUCAGUAGCUUCAGUUAACAUUAGGGCACUGAGUGAUGGCUUGUGUUGAGUUGAGUUGCAAAGUGUGCGCCAUAUGUAAAGGAAUCAGAAAAUAAGGAUCCAAAGGAAUUUACAAAGGAACUGCAAAUGUUUGGGCAAAGUUGUCAAAUUAAAAGUAAAAUCAAGUCGAGUUACAGAGUUAGUCAUUUAUUUUCAGUUUUCCUAUUCUGGCUUAAAAUGUUGUUGCCAAUUCUUCACUAUCCCCUGUUUAUUGAAUAACCCCAAAUGGAAAUGGUCAAGUUGCACUUAUUGGCGCUCUGCUUCACGAAACCCCAGUGAUACUAAAUUAAUGGGUCAUUCUAUUUUUUUGUUUUUGAUUUAGAGCUUUAAGAAAACAGUCAUUAAUCUCAAAGGGUUCCAUCAGAUAGUUUUAUUAUUCCCAGAGACCUGUAAUUGGGGUAGAAAGGGGGGCACACAUGUGACUCGAAAAAUCUACGGAUUUUCUGUAUCUGAAGCCAGCAUAAGAUGUGUAUUAUUAGUCAGGUCCAUAAAUAUUGGGACAUCAACAUAAUUCUAAUCUUUUUGGCUCUAUACACCAACACAAUGGGUUUGAAAUGAAAUUUAACUGCAGACUUUCAGCUUUAAUUUGAGGGUAUUUACAUCCAAAUCAGGUGAACGGUGUAGGAAUUACAACAGUUUGUAUAUGUGCCUCCCACUUUUCAAGGGACUAAAAGUAAUGGGACAGAUUAACAGUCAUAAAUCAAAGUAAUGGGACAAUUGGCUGCUCAGCUGUUCCAUGGCCAGGUAUGUGUUAUUCCCUCAUUAUCCCAUUUACAAGGAGCAGAUAAAAGGUCCAGAGUUCAUUUCAAGUGUGCUAUUUGCAUUUGGAAUCUGUUGCUGUCAACUCUCAAUAUGAGAUCCAAAGAGCUGUCACUAUCAGUGAAGCAAGCCAUCAUUAGGCUGAAAAAACAAAACAAACCCAUCAGAGAAAUAGCAAAAACAUUAGGUGUGGCCAAAUCAACUGUUUGGAACAUCCUUAAAAAGAAAGAACGCACCGGUGAGCUCAGCAACACCAAAAGACCCGGAAGACCACGGAAAACAACUGUGGUGGAUGACCGAAGAAUUCUUUCCCUGGUGAAGAAAACACCCUUCACAACAGUUGGCCAGAUCAAGAACACUCUCCAGGAGGUAGGUGUAUGUGUGUCAAAGUCAACAAUCCAGAGAAGACUUCACCAGAGUGAAUACAGAUGGUUCAUCACAAGAUGUAAACCAUUGGUGAGCCUCAAAAACAGGAAGGCCAGAUUAGAGUUUGCCAAACAACAUCUAAAAAAGCCUUCACAGUUCUGAAACAACAUCCUAUGGACAGAUGAGACCAAGAUCAACUUGUACCAGAGUGAUGGGAAGAGAAGAGUAUGGAGAAGGAAAGGAACUGCUCAUGAUCCAAAGUAUACCACCUCAUCAGUGAAGCAUGGUGGUGGUAGUGUCAUGGCGUGGGCAUGUAUGGCUGCCAAUGAAACUGGUUCUCCUCAGCCAAAUGCUUCAGAACUCAUUGGACGGCGCUUCACAGUGCAGAUGGACAAUGACCCGAAGCAUACUGCAAAAGCAACCAAAGAGUUUUUUAAGGGAAAGAAGUGGAAUGUUAUGCAAUGGCCAAGUCAAUCACCUGACCUGAAUCUGAUUGAGCAUGCAUUUCACUUGAUGAAGACAAAACUGAAGGGAAAAUUCCCCAAGAACAAGCAGGAACUGAAGACCGUUGCAGUAGAGGCCUGGCAGAGCAUCACCAGGGAUGAAACCCAGCGUCUGGUGAUGUCUAUGCGUUCCAGAUUUCAGGCUGUAAUUGACUGCAAAGGAUUUGCAACCAUGUAUUAAAAAGUGAAAGUUUGAUUUAUGACUGUUAAUCUGUCCCAUUACUUUUGGUCCCUUAAAAAGUGGGAGGCACAUAUACAAACUAUUGUAAUUCCUACACCGUUCACCUGAUUUGGAUGUAAAUACCCUCAAAUUAAAGCUGAAAGUCUGCAGUUAAAGCACAUCUUGUUCAUUUCAUAUCAAACCCAUUGUGUUGGUGUAGAGAGCCAAAAAGAUUAGAAUUGUGUCGAUGUCCCAAUAUUUAUGGACCUGACUGUAUGUCUGAUAACUGCUUUCUACUCACUGCUGGUAAGUUAUAAAAAAUAAAUCCUAUGCAUGGUGGAAGUAGGGUUACCUGGCUUAGGCUCCAUAUAUGUGUGUUAUAUAGUAUUUUCUGUGUAGAUUUGGCAUACCUUGACUUUUUUUGUACUGUUGGCACCAUUUCACCCAGUUCUGCCCCUGGACUGGAUAGAAAAAGACCUAAAGUGACCUGCAUAUAUUUUCAUACUAUUGGUUACACCUUCAAGUUGUCAGCAUUAAAAUUGGAAUACCUUGUUAUGAUAGAUACAUAUGUCUACUGAAUUGUGAAUUGCAAUGACUUAUCUGAAAAGAAUAAGUAUUAUUUCAUUAACUUUGUAACUGUCUGUCUCGCAUGCACCUCCUGUCACUGUUGGUUACAAAGUGCCUUCUGUUCCUUCAUACAAUGUAGGAGAUCCAGGCCACGUGGUACGAGAAGCUUCAUGAAUGGGAGGAUGCUCUGAGUGCUUACGAGAAGAAACUAGAGGUUAACAAGGAUGAUGCCGAGUUGAUCCUGGGACGCAUGCGAUGCCUGGAAGCACUGGGAGAAUGGCAAGUACAUUCUGCCAUAGUUAAUCCAUUUCUAGAGUAACAUUGUCAUUGCGUAUGCGAUGGCCGUCACAUUACGGGUUCUUAGACACGCCCUUGCAUACAAACAUUUUUUUAGGCUGUUUUCUCAACAUUAUCAAGGUUUUUGUCCAAUGUUUAACUGUAAUCACCUUUUAAAAGAUUCCCUAAACCAAAUGAUACUUCACUUUUAAAUGCCCUGCAUUUUGUAUACAUCCUCAGGGUUUACAGCUUCCAGGAGUGAUCUCGGCCUAGGCACCUGUCAGCGAAUUGUAGUCUUUCUCUUAUUUUCAGUUUAAUCUAAAGUACAUUCUAUAAAGCUCUGCUCAGCAUGGAUUAAUGAGACACAUCACAACAGUUUCUUCAGAAAAUGUGAAUGAAUGAAACAUCUGCUCAGGUUGAAAGAAGCUGCAGGUGAAGGUGUUCCCUUAAUGCAGCUUACUAGUGGAAGUGGCUGACGCCAUAUAAACAGUGCUCUUCCAUCAAUCAGGCACACAAUUUCAAAGUUAAAUAAGUGUAUUUAUGGUCAAUCUCUAGGACCCAGAGGUUUAGACUCAGACCGGACAGUCCUGUUUUAUAUUCUUGUUAAUGUCACUGUCUCGAUUAACAAGAACAAUGUGCUAGAGGAGGCUGUCAAUUGUAGGAGCAGUUCAAGAAGCAAGACAGGCCUAAGUGCUUUUAGAUUUCACCAGGUAACAAAACAAUUAGCAGGCCAGGAGGUCAAGUGGUGCUUAUCUGCAGACCAUUUAUCAGAUUGUCAGCUCACGUGGCAUUUCAAAGACUCUUCACUAAACAAUGACAGGUGCUGCUCUGUGAACUGUUUAACAUUAAACUUGCUGACUACUCGCCCAGGGAGUUCUUUACCCAUCUGUCCCCAUCCGCCAGAGCUGAUGUUAACUGUUAGAUGCUUACUGAGUAAAACACAUGUCCUCCUCGAAUGAUUGGAACUAGUUGUAGAGGAUUCCACAUCUGACAUGGAUUUCUACAGAUACAGGAGCUGUAUGCGUAUAGCAAUAUGUUCUUGUGAUCAUGUAACUAGUUUUUUCGCAGGACUUUUGUACACAUGUUCACUCUGUUAAUUUGAAACAUUGCAGGCAAAGAGAAUUCUUUAGAAAACUUGAUCAUAAAUGUUCAUUUUUUUCUUAUUAAUUUACUUUUAUCUAAGACUUUUUUUAUAUUUUUCUACGUACCUAAAUCUGGAGAAAAUAUCUAUUGCACUUCACAGUGGUGGUGAUUUCAACACACCUUGAUGCCCACACACUUAAACUGCUUGAGAUGUUGCUUAUCUCGUUUCUGAAAGCAUCCUAAUAGCUAUUUUUCGGAGAUCAGUUGACUUGGCUAAUUAAAGCCCUGCCGGACAGGUUGUGGUAAUGGUUAUGGUGCAGGAGGCUAUAUAAGCAGUCCGAAAAUUACAAAGUGUGAUAGCACUCAAUCAUAUUAUAGGAGCAGUCCCUUUGUUUUUGGCAAAUGUCUUAUAUGCACAACCUCUGCAGGAGACAGUGAUGAUAAAACCCACGUCCUCAUUAUCUGUUCAAGACAUUCGUUUAGCAUUAACAUGCAUUUGCUCUUGGAGUAUAGCAAGAUUGCUAGACCUCUUGAAAACCAUUUGACUAAAUGGGCGCUCCCCCAAUAACCUCCUUGCACCAUAACAAUAACGUGUGGUUAUUUUUCUUGUGAAGUACUUUUAAAUGUGAGAAUUUGCCUACGGCUUCUCGGAAACAACUUUGUUUUCCCUCUGCAUUGAAGCAUUACUGUCUCUGUAAAAUUCAGUUGAAGCAGUUCUAUUGGAUACUGACUGUUUGAGUAUUCUGCCUGUUUUUAUCUGAUUUAGACAUUGUAAUUGUCUUUAGAAUUCAGUCAGAUGCAGUGGCCAGCAAUCUUUCCUCUGAGGCUGGUGUCUCAUUUCUUUGGAGAAUCUAAACUGUAUCCCAGAACUUAAAAUUCCGCAGGCAUCAUAACAUUUUUUUUUUUCCUCUCCCCAACGUGCUAGUUAUUUUUUUUUUGCUCCCACUUGCUGUUUAUGUUCUUUUUUAUCUUUUCAUAAUUGGACAUUUUUACAGCAUGAUUGACGUAGUACAAACCUUUUUAUUGAAAGCAACUUGACGGCUGAGUUAAUUCGCAAAAUAGUUCAAUUAUUCCAAUCCUCUGUUCUGGGGAAGUAAUGAAACCUCCUAGAAAUUUCACGCUCUUCCUUAACUUUACAGAAAGGAUAAGUUUAUGUACAUUUCUGCAUCCCUUUUAAACUUAUGUUCAGGGUUUUCAAGGAAAAACAAAAUAACCUUUAAAACUUGUGAUUUCCAUCUUCUGUUCCAUAUGUUUUGUAUUCGAUCUCAACUGACUUUUUAUAGCAAAAGCUUUCACUAUUUAAUUGUGGCAUUGAUGUAAAUGGGAUUAAAGCAUCAUUUGUCCAUUUUAUAUAUCUAUAUUAUUAAAAUGAAGUUAUAAAAUAUGAAUUUGUUGUCUUGUUGAAGAGUCCAGGUCCUGUUUGCAUGAUAGCUGUGUUCAGACAAUCUGCUGGAAUCCAGAGUCUUGACCAGUGGCUACUGCAGUUAAAAUAUCAGAUGACCUGGAGUCACUCUAUUGCAAUUUAUCAACAUUUAAGUUUGUGAUCCUCUCCAUGGCUCUUCUAUGUUAGGAAUUGUGGGGUGUUAUGAUGGCCAAAUAUGUCCAUGCCUCCAGCACACUUUUUGCUCAUUUUCCUUAACCUUUUUUACUUGGAUACAUGUUAUUUAUUUAAUUAUCUUUCACAUUUUUCUUGACAAGUACAAUAUAUUGUUAUAUUGAACUUUGGAUUACCCACAGCAACUGUCAUCAGUUUACUAAACAAAUGUCAAAUAGAUUCCGUUAUUAAAUCUGUUAGUUUGAAUUGGCUGCUAGUUGAAGUCAAAACUGCAAAAUGUGAAGUAUGUCUUUUGUGAGAAAUGGCACUCUUUUCAACAGCAAGCCUACUGGGGCAGCAUAUAUGCCCCAAAUCGAAUUGAAGAUGUAGUGAUUUUAUUGCUUAGACUAUCGCUUUAACUGCUGAAUCAUGAUGCCUUUAAUGAGAAUUCAAUGCAUUAAAAGAAUGGAAUGGCCUAUAAUAUUCCUAUGAAGGAAACUGACAAAGAGAAUGCACGCCAUAAGACCAGACAUGUCUGAAACUGCAAAAUCAUGGAUUGUUCUUUUACCCAUCACAUUCUUUUAUAUUUGUUUUAAUCUUCCUGUGGAUGUUUUUUGCACAAUUUGCUUUCAUGUCGUAGGUAGACCUUCAUCCAUCACUAAGAUGCUGUAUAUUAUUCCUGGCGUGUUAAGCUGUACAAAACAUUGUUAAAUGUGGGAAUAAAUGGAGUUAGAACCAAAUGCUACCUAUGAAAAGGAAAUAAAGUGUUGGGAGUCCGGUACUGUUAUAUAUUAGUGCUCCCACUGGAAGGCUAUUGAAAGUAUGUAACAAACAAAGAAAAGUUGUAUAAAUGGCGCUAUAAAUCAAAUAACGUAUAUCCCAGUGCGUCUCAAGCUACACAAGUGUUGUAUCACCCAAAACACUUAAAUCAAAUAUGGAGAAACAGAGAGAAGUUGGCACACAUAAUGGAUAUUUUUCUCCUUAAUAAUCUGAAAUAAAUAUAACAGAACCUUCAUAGGGCAACAAAUAAAAGAACAUUUUCAGAUAUAUGUAUAACAGGAAAAACUCACAAUUUGGAGAGCCAUAUAAGUCGGCUCUCUACUAAAAAGGCAGGUGAGUAAUCCCAAAACGACAAGUAGCCACAGUAAUGAUGGUCCCCCAGGGAAAGAGUUGCUUCGAAUCUACCUGGACAGAAUUUCAGGAACCCAAAGUAGCUCAAAAAGGCUGUCUUUAUUACAUAUAAAAUAAAUAAAGGUAUAGAAAACAGUAGCACAACGCGUUUCAACCAAUAUACUGGUCUUCCUCAGGUGCACCUGAGGAAGACCAGUAUAUUGGUCUUUAUUUAUUUUAUAUGUAAUAAAGACAGCCUUUUUGAGCUACUUUGGGUUCCUGAAAUUCUGUCCAGGUGGAUUCGAAGCAACUCUUUCCCUGGGGGACCAUCAUCACUGCGGCUACUUGUCGUUUUGGGAUUACUCACCUGCCUUUUUAGUAGAGAGCCGACUUAUAUGGCUCUCCAAAUUGUGAGUUUUUCCUGUUAUACAUAUAUCUGAAAAUGUUCUUUUAUUUGUUGCCCUAUGAAGGUUCUGUUAUAUUUAUUUCAGAUUAUUAAGGAGAAAAAUAUCCAUUGUGUGCGCCAACUUCUCUCUGUUUCUCCAUAUUCAAAGUAUGUACUACUUGUUUUAUAUCAUUUUCAUGUUUACUGCUUUCCCUUUAAGGAUAAUCCCGGUAUCUUCUGCCCUUGGUAAACUUCUUUACUGUUUCAACUGAAAGGUUACUCCAUGUAUAUUAUACUGUCCUUUCUCUAUCAUUAACUGUUACUACUUCUUCUCAAAAGUUAGUCAAAGUACUACACUGUCACAUUCAAUGCUUCCACUGGAAGAAUGUUGCAGGUAUCUACUACUACUCUCUCUGCUUCAUGUAGCGCACAAUACGGUGUAAGGACCUAUGCUGCAUUUCAUCUUAAAAUAUUCUCUGUAGGGAUAUAUUUAAUUAGCCAGAACCGGAGCCAAUGCUAUGUUGGCUACCUCGGUUUUGCACAACUGUGAUGUGCGGAUGAUGAAUACAAAGCCUUUCAGUUGGAGGUGCUGCACUGUGAACAUGCCUGCAAGGGAAUGAUAGCUGUGAAAAGACUUGCGUCCAUCAAGUUCAGCCUUCCUCGCGUAUAUUUUUGCUGUUGAUCCAAAAGAAGGCAAAAAACCCAGUCUGAAGCACUUCCAAUUUUACAGCAAACUAGGAAAAAAUUCCUUCUUGACCCCAAAAUAGCAGUCAGAUGUCUCCUUGGAUCAAGCAGCUAUUACCCCACUAAUUAGAAAUUAUAUCCCUGUAUGUUAUGUUUUUUCAAGUAUUUAUCCAAUUGCAGUUUAAACAUCUGUAUGGACUCUGAUAAAACCACCUCUUCAGGCAGGGAAUUCCAUAUCCUUACUGCUCUUACUGUGUAAAAAAAAACCUUUUCUUUGCCUUAGAUGAAAUCUCCUUUCUUCCAGCCUAAAUGUGUGACCUCGUGUCCUAUGUAUAGCCCUGUUUAUGAAUAGAUUUCCAGAUAAAGGUUUGUACUGGCCCCGAAUAUAUUUGUAUAAUGUUAUCAUAUCCCCUCUGAGGUGCCGUUUUUCCAAACUAAAGAGAUUUAAAUGUUUUAACCUUUCUUCGUAACUAAAAUGCUCCAUUCCAUUUACCAAUUUUGUAGCUCGUCUCUAUGUGUGGCCUCUGCUCAGAGCACUUCUUAUGCUCUCUCAAGGGUUAAAGGAGCAGCAUGGCACUUUCUACAGCAGUUGGUGGGGGGUUGAAAGGUGAGAUAUGUUGUCUCUAGUCUCACUAUUUGUGAACGAGCAACGCUGGUACAGUACACAUUCCUUUAGAUUAAACAGAUGUUCGUGCUGGGGAAAAAAGGGCAGAUUGUCAUUAACUGCAGGAAUAAGAUCUGUGGCUAAUUAUAGGCACAUUUUAGGAGUUAGAAGGAACUUUGCAGAUAUAGUAAAUACUUUUAUUUUAUUUAUAUAAACAUUUAGAACCUAGCGGUUUCCUAUAAAGUUGACCUUUUUUGCUUCCAUUGGCCCUGUCAGAGAAAGUUAAAAUGGAAUAUUCUAGGCUCCGUGCCCAUCUUAUACCAGUAAUAGGGUGCUUUAUAUUUGUGCUGCCUUGUCCUUUUAAAUGAUAUGUGCAUCUUAAAACAGGAGUUGCUGAAGCAAGUGACCAUAACUCCACUGAAUGUAACAGUUAUAACUAGCCAAAUCAUAAAUAUACUGAAUAAUACACUACAACUCCUAAUAAGCCUCCACUCGGCAAUCAUGUGAUAUUAAGAUGUCCUAUUGCAGUCCACGUGUUGUCUGUGUGUGGCCUUCGCAGACAUAACCGUGAAAACACACACUGCAAACAUGGCCUGUGUGUGUAUAUAGCCCGCCUGCUCCAGGAAUCUUGACAAUUAGUCACAUGGACACACAUAUCAGAUGACUUCAUAAAGUACUUGACUAUCAAAGGCAAGUAAUGUACAGUUUUCUGCAGCGAUUUUACUGCCUGUGAAUAUUUUGAUUAGUAAUUGAUAAGAUAUAUGGAUAAUUGUUGUUUUUAAUGUGGAUAUGUAUUUACAGAGAGGGUAGUAGAUAUCUAGAAUAUUAUCACGAUGCUAUAGAAAGCCUUCCCUUUAUGCAUUUUUAGCAAUUCUCACUUGCAGAGUCUUUUCUUCCAGCCUAAACAAGUUUUAGGAUAUUUUUGAUGGUAAAGUUUGCAACUAUGAUGAGCGAGGAAAUAUAAGUGUGAUUGGUAAUAGGAAAAUACUUGUCGGAAAACAGAAUCUGGAAUGUUGAUUUAAGAUCCAACGCAAAAACGCAUUGUUAAUGGCAUCGCCAUGGCAAUCUACCGUGCAGACUCUUAAGGCAGUCAAAUUGGAGCAUACAUUUUUCUGCAAAUUAUAAAAACAGCCAAGAAAAAUAUUUAGACAUUUGCGAAUAAAGAAUGUGAGUCUUUCUUUCCAUUUGGAAAACCAGAGUCUGAAAGAUUAGAGUUGGGAACUAUUGAUCUGUAGAUCAGGGUUUUUACAAUGAAUGGGGCGAGACUAGAAUUUUUAAAGUCUGCUUUUGUUUUGGAUUGUGAUGAAAAAAAUUAUUUAACCACGUCUUAAGUGUUAUAGAAAUCUUGUUGCUACUGAAUAUCCAAACCAGGUGUUGCUGUCUUAAAUUGCGUGUGAUAGGGAAAAGCUUUAGAAGAAAAUGCCUGAUUUGAAAGACAAUGACUUUGUAUAUUUAAAGAUAAAUAGAUGAGCUACUGUCUUUGUCCGAGAUCCAAGUUUUAAGUAAACAUACAGCUGGGUGCUUGGGAGACACUGUCAGUCAGAUGGCUCUCUUUAGACCCAAUUGUUUUCUUUGACUUUCUGUCAGGACACUAGUGAAUGUUUGCUGUACUUGUACUUUAAAUCUAGUUAUUGAUUAUUCAGAUGUAUUUUGUAUAAAUGGUUUUCAGGCAUUUCUAGGUCUUUGGUAUUGUUUAUAUAUCAUGUGUUGGUCAGUGAAAUCCCAGUCCUGCAGCUAACAGUUCAUUUGUGAUGUCAGCUUGUGUCCUGAAGAGCUUGCAAUCAAUAGGCAUUAUUCUCUAAUAUGUCUACUGUACUUGUGCGUUUUUUUUCCUGAUGCUGUUAUCAAAGCGUGGUGCAGACUGUGUUAAAUGUCUGAUGAUUUUUUUAAAUUAUUUUUAUGUAUCUAAUAAUCUGAUCUUCAGGGGACAGCUUCAUCAUCAGUGUUGUGAAAACUGGACCAAUGUGAACGAGGAUGCUCAAGCCAAAAUGGCGCGAAUGGCGGCUGCUGCUGCAUGGGGUUUAGGUAAGACUAUAAGGAGUCCUUCCUGGCACCUCAUUCAUAUCUUGGCAGUUCUUUCCAAAAAGUGUGUGAAGGAAAGCUUUAAGGAGGCAUUCAGUGUGAAUACAAUUUAAUUGGGUAAAAAUAGAUUCUUCCUAUGUCAUGCCUAAUGCCUGCAUUGUCUACGGAUGUCUCACUGCACUUCCUAAGGGAAAUAGAGAUCUAGUUUGCAUUAUUCGGUUGUGUAGUUUUUAAAACCAGUUUGGAAACAAACCUUUCUGUGUUAUUGAGGCCUAAAUGUUCAUAUCAAAAGAUAUAAUUUAGUGUGUAAACUCAUUUACUGUUAAUUGCAGAAAAUCUAAAAUUCUAUGACAGGUAAAAGCUCAGCAAGUGGUAAAUGUAGUCUGCAAACAUUUGCUGUUCUACUGUAGAAUAAAUGGCUUUGAGCUAGUGGCCUGGUAUGAGUUGGUAUGCAGCUAAAAUGACCCAUGAAUGCAACCCAAAAUGCAUGUGGUUUGGCUUCUGCGUAUGUGUUUCCUUUGCAGAACAACCCAGACUAUAAUAGAAGGUCCAAAUCCUAUCUCAUCUACAAGGUUUUAAUCUUGAUAACAAGUCUUUAAUGUGUACUUGACAUGUAUAUUAUUAUUAUCAUUAUUAUUAUGAUAGCGCCAUCAGAAUUCGUAGCGCUGUACAAUGGGUGGACUAACAGAUAUGUAAUUGUAACUGGACAUACAGGAACAGAGAGGUUUCAUUGGUUGCCCUUUUACAAUCCUAGCAAUGUUUUAACUGUCCAAUGAGUAACACAACCUUUUUAUUGGGCUAGGCUAUUCCAGGACAUUUUAAGUAACUUCAUGACCCACUGAGCUAUUUAUGGAACUUAAAAUGUAAGAUCAUAGCGACUUCUUUUCACAGACUGAUUUCUAAAUACUUGUUUUGUAUUUUGAAAUAUGUUUAAAUACAUAUUACUGUGUGUUCUAUUGCCAUAACAGAUGUGGGACACACAAAACGUGGAGCUCCUAGAAAAAUAUAAAUUUUAUGGAAUUUGGGAUGGUCCCUACCUAAAAAAAAGUGGAAUGCUCUUUUCUACCUCAAUAGGAGUUUAAUUGUAUCUUGUGUUUAUGCCAUCUGUCUUCAUCCACCAAGAGGCUUCAUCAAACAUUAUCAAAGUCUCCUGUGCAGGUUCAGGACAGUCAACACCAGAUCUGUGCACCUGUGGCUUAAUGUUCUUCCCUCCUGUCCUUUGUGUCCUUUAGAACAGUGGGACAGUAUGGAGGAGUAUACAUGCUUAAUCCCACGGGAUACACAUGAUGGAGCAUUUUACAGAGCAGUGCUCGCUCUCCACCAAGAUCUCUUCUCUUUGGCCCAACAGGUAACAUUUUCUUUCUACAGUUACAAAAAUGGAAUGCGAUCUUGCUAGAUGGUGUUUUUUUGGUUUUUUUCUACCCUCUGUGAACAUCUUAUUUACUUAUCUUAUUUUGUGUCUUAGUGCAUUGACAAAGCCAGGGACAUGCUUGAUGCUGAACUCACAGCAAUGGCUGGAGAAAGCUACAGCCGUGCCUAUGGGGUAAGGGUUUUUUUCUUCGACACUUUCCAGUUUGCCUGUUUGUACGGUACAGUUCUAUUGUGAUGUGUUUGUCAUUCAGUUCUGUUCGUUGUCUUUUUAGCAUCAGCAAAGCUAUUUGGUCAUUGACAUUUUGUAUUUUUUUUUUCUUGCUUUGUAGGCCAUGGUUACAUGUCAGAUGCUGUCUGAGCUGGAGGAAGUAAUCCAGUACAAACUGGUACCGGAGCGGCGAGAGGUUAUCCGCCAGACCUGGUGGGAUAGGCUCCAGGUGAGAAGUGGGGGUAGAAUGUAAAUGUCUGCCCCAGACUGUCACAUGUUUGGAAACACACAGCUAUCCAUGUAAGCUUUGGGUCCAGGGUGGGCCAGCCCAUCCUUUUAUUAAUAUUGCUGUUUACAACCGGUCUGCCUUUUUAAAGAACGUCCUUGGGAUAUUUCCACAAUCCCAGUCACAUUUCCAACAUACAGUGUAGUGUCUGGAUAGAGUUUAUUAGGUGUGGAAGAGGAGGGGGGGAGCAGGUAUUUCUCGCCUUCAGCAGCCAGAUUGUCUGUGCUAGGUUUGUACUUUUGGCUCAGUAGGCACACACUGGCAUGCAGUCACACCCAUGACACACGCAGGCAGACCGCGGCACAUGGUGACACACUCUGCUAUGGGAGAGUGCAGACCAAAGGAUGAGAUCCAGUCCAAAUGUCCACAGCUAAUGACAUCUGGGAAAUGCAGAGCCAUGUUUGUCUGUUCCUUAGGCCACUAUGUGCGUCUGGAAGGUGUUAUUUCUGUUUCCGAAUAAUGUGCCAGUAUAUUCCUCAGAACAGCACAAAACCAAAUAAAGAAAAUGUUUAGUAUAUAGUAUAUUUUUUACUAUAAGUCUAUGAUUUAAGGGACACUCCAGACAGCUAAACAACUUUUACUUGCUUAAAAGCUUUGUGUCAAGAGUGUGUCCUAUUUUUUUCAUUCUCAAAUUUUUUUUUUUUAUAAAUUAACCUGAUUACACCCCCAUUGCUUUUCAAGCAGAUAACAGGUCCUGUUACUUCCUGGUUCAGUUGGCUUAUUUGCACUGAACUCACUAGGCAGCAAUUGCCCAGAGCACAUACCUUACAAAGACUUUAUUUUUGGAGCUUUAUUGGGAAGUCUGUGAUUGGACAGCCACAGAAAGUCGGGGUGUGGUCAGAAGGGAUAGCUUGCAAAGGCAGCAGAUAAGACCUGCAGUUUUUCCAAGCUGUUUUUAGAUAUAACUCCAAUGAAAAUGUUUUUAUUUGGGGUAUAUCUACUAAACAGUGAUCUUUAUUUUUGGGGGGCAGUGGAGUGUCCCUCUAACCCGUUGAGAAUGAACAUCACUCAUCUCUAAUUAGCAAAGUGUCUCACCACAUCUUACUUACCCUAAUUUUCCCUUUCCUUACACAAUUUCACCAGUCCUUCCUUUAUAAUUGACCCGCUACCUCCUUAAUUUGUCCGUUCACUCUGCUUUUGCUGAUUCGUUGCAGAUUUCACAUUGCCCUCCUGUUAAUUGUGUUCUUGCAUAGCAAGACCACUUAAUGUUAUCUCACAUAUAUUAUUAUUCUUAUUAUAGCCAAAUUUACCACCCUAACUCCUCCCACAGUUUUUACACUACAUAGACAGUAAUAUACCGAAACGUGCGGAUUGUUCCCGAUCGGAUUGCUAUUACUUUGUGGAACGUUUCGCCAAAUGGUUCACGGAAUAUCAUCUUUCUUGUGGCGAAAUUGGUCCCAUAGGAAUGAAUGGCAAAAUGUUCAAAACUAGAGUGGGAGCUGGCAAAAGCUUAAAAAUCAGGACAUGAUUUCUAAACUGCCACCACUCCCUCAUUUUCAAGCCCACCUACACAAAUCUUAUAUCAAAACGUUCAGCUACCCCUGCUGCCACUAGAAAUGUCCACGGCUAACCCAUAGUCCUGAUCGUUUUCACAAUAUGACCAUUUGUUUGCAACUCACGCCGUCCAUUGACAUUCAUUGAAACUCCACUCUAGCCACCUCAAAUUUGAAGGGCAAUUUCUAAACUGCGACUGUGCCUUCAUUGUUAAUAUUUCAGAGACAUACUAUGCAUAAAUGUAGGUCUGGGUCUUGUGAUUCUCACAAUAUAAAGCUCUUCGCUGUAGGAUUUAUAGUUUUUAAAAAACGACCAUUUGAAAAUGGCAACAGCCAAAAUACUCUGACCUGUGCCGGGCUGGAGCAGCAAGUGAUGUCAUAAACGGGGCCUUUUGAACACCUGCUAAUGUUUUUAUAAAUGUAUGUUUUAAUGUAACUGUGAAGCACUUUGGGUAUCAACUCUGCAAUUAAAAGUGCUAUAUAAAUAAAUGAUAACAGUUACUCUGCCGACUCCAGUUGGAGACUACUGGUGGAGGCACGAACACUUUACACAAUUUCCCCAGAAAUUGUAGCUUUUCUAGUUUUACUACACAUCCUGCACUUUAAAUGCCAUCACUGUAAUCUCGUGUUCACUGUACUAUGUUGGUGAUCCUGUGUUAAAGAUUCUUGUAGGUUGUCUUUCAAUGGUUGAAUUUGGUUUAUUGAGUAGCUCGUACUUGGUGCUUAUUUACUUCUGUGUGCAUUUUUUUUUUCUUUUCUUCCCAUCAGGGUUGUCAGCGCAUUGUUGAAGACUGGCAGAAAAUCUUAAUGGUUCAGUCGCUUGUAGUCGGUCCCCAUGAGGACAUGAGAACUUGGCUGAAGUAUGCAAGUUUGUGUGGCAAGAGUGGCCGACUGGUAAGUACCACGUUUUCUCUUCUCGUAAAACAUGAUGAUUUUUUAUUUUUUCUUCAUAAAAUAAAGUUUAAAAAAAACACCCAUCCCUGCAGACCUAUCCACAUCCACCAUGCCCCUCACUUUAGUCUAAUUAAAUGCUUCUUCUAAAGAAGUACAGUUAAACCUAAAACACAUGCGCGACAGGGGGAGGGUGGGACAGUGUCUGCAUUAGGCAGUAUAUACAGCAUUGCUGGCAUGCUGCAUGUGGGGACUGGUGUAUUUUAUGGACAGGGGGAGGGUGGGACAGUGUGCAUUAGGCACUAUGUACAGCAUUGCUGGCAUGCUGCACGUGGGGACUGGUGUAUUUUAUGGGCAGGGGGAGGGUGGGACAGUGUUUGCAUUAGGCAGUAUAUCCAGCAUUGCUGGCAUGCUGCACGUGGGGACUGGUGUAUUUUAUGGGCAGAGGGAGGGUGGGACAGUGUCUGCAUUAGGCACUAUAUACAGCAUUGCUGGCAUGCUGCACGUGGGGACUGGUGUAUUUUAUGGGCAGUGGGAGGGUGGGACAGUGUCUGUCUGCAUUAGGCACAAUAUACAGCAUUGCUGGCAUUCUGAAUGUGGUGACUGGUGUAUUUUAUUGUCAGCGGUGGGUGGGACAGUGUCUGAAUUAGGCACUAUAUAUAUGCACAUAUACAUAUACAUACAUAUAUAUAUAUAUAUAUAUAUAUAUAUAUAUAUAUAUAUAUAUAUAUAUAUAUAUAUAUAUAUAUAUAUAUAUAUAUAGCAUUGCUGGCAUGCUGCACGUGGGGACUGGUGUAUUUUAUGGGCAGUGGGAGGGUGGGACAGUGUCUGUCUGCAUUAGGCACAAUAUACAGCAUUGCUGGCAUGCUGCACGUGGGGACUGGUGUAUUUUAUGCACUAAAUUCUCAUUAGUCAAACUGGAAUAGAGUUUUGUGCUGACUGGUUGGAGUUACAGCUCCAAAAGCUUCAUCAAAUAUCUCUGUGCAGUAUGUAAUCUCUUCAUUACAGAGUACUUUUUGAUUGAAAACAUAUUAUAAAUUUAUUUGAAGCAAGGUAUGCAUAGCUAGCGGAUAAACAUAUCAUUAAAGGGACACUGUAGGCACCCAGACCACUUCAGCUCAUUGAAGUGGUCUGGCUAUAGUGUCUCUAUUGUCCUUAAUGCUGCAAUGUUAGAAAAACUGUAAUGUUUUUUUCAUUGCAGCACUGUCUGCCCUCAAUGGCUGUCUCACAGACUGCCACUAGAGGGCUUCCUGAUUUGAAAUAGACCUUUGGUCCGGUAUCUGACACUGGACCUGCUCACGCUCUGCAUGAGGCCCUCCAGUGUCAGAUUUUUCCCCAAAGGAAAGUGUGGCGGACCGCCUGGCACCCCGGCUGGGUGUCUCCGCCAAUUAAUGCUUCCUAGUAACACAGAGUACUUUUAAGCACUCCACUAAACACCAUAACCACUGUAAACCCCACAGCCAGGGUUACAGCUUGGUUGGGGUCUCGCCCUCCUCCACCCACCCUGGACCGAAGGCCAGGAUCCAGCUUCCAAUGGGUAGACCUCUCCUAGUGUAAAGCAGGCUGCUCUUACAAGAGCUAGUGUUGUAAUCCAAGGGAGUAUAGUGAUUAUAGUAAUCCCCAGAGUAAAUAAAGCGGUCCCCUCCACUUGAGAUGAGGCUCUAUGUUGAGGGUGGAGAGGCAGUCACAACUGGAUUUAUAUGCAUGUCCCCAUGCAAGUGGUUUCUAUUAUGUAUUCCAGGGGCAUUCCCCACUGGAAGUGAGAGGGGACUAUGACAAAGUACACACUUUACUUACAUUGGCUCUCAGGUUCAGGACACUUCCACACAAAACAGGGUAAUCCCUCCCCUGUGCCUGAGAGAUAGUGUAGUCAGGAACUGUACUAAACUCCAUUAUCUCCAGGUACAGAAAACAUACAUUUUAACAACCUCACAAAAGUACCCUCAAAACACAUGGAAACGACACAAAAGUCACAUCCCCUGAUAGCCCCAUCUGGGAGACCUACAUAUCAAAAAAUCAUCCAGAUCGGUUCGGGAUUUCCAUGGAGGUCAUAAUUUGACCGACUGCACACGAGGCUCCUGCCCAAAAGAGUUCCAGGAAAUCAGGCUGUGCAGUCGGUCUCUUUCGGGAGUUCACAAUAAUACAAUAUAUAUAUGAAUGAAACUGUUUGUACGUGCUCUUAAUCUGUGUCCCUCGUUCGGGAGCUUGUUCCUACCGAACGCCGCUCUUCUCAUGUGAAUCCAGCCGAAAGUACAAAGAAAUGGAAGUCCCAGCGGUGUUGGCGCCGUCGAGUGUCAGAUUAUAGUUCCAUGCAGUCGACGACCAAACACCACUGUACGUGUUCGCGGCUAAAGAUGGACGCUGCCACGUAUUCGCACAUACGAAUGACUACCACCCAGCUGACCGCUUAAAAUGUUGCGAUUAACGUGUUGAUAGGGCUCAAAAGAGUCAACAAGCAGCAUACGACUGUUCGGUAGUUCAUUCAGUAUACGAACCUAAUAAGCAUGAUCUGUUCAGUGAACCCAUAUACAGAACCAGCUAAAUCAAAAGGCACGAACAGAGCCUUUUUAAAGUACAUUGGCCAAGGUCCAUCACAGUGGCCAUAGUCCUGAGGCAAGAGGCUGGCCAGCAGGCCCCUCCAAGAGUACAUGGCAGAGGCAUUUCUGCAACAGAAAGCAUUGAUUCAGUGCUUUCCUAUGGGGGGGUCUAAAACGGCAUUUGCCAUGCAUACACAUUAGAGCCUGCUUGUUGCGGGACCCAGCGCCGAGGGACAUCAGUGCUCGGAUCCGUAAGUAAAGGGUUUUUAACCCUUUAUUCACUGGGGAGGGGAGCACGCAAGGGAGGGGGGAGGCAGGGGCAGCGAUAGCGGCUAGUGGUAUCUCUUUAAACAGCAGUCUGUAUAUAGAUUGCUUUGCAGACAAACUUAACAAUUUUAAUUAUGUAAGUUUAUACAAUAUUUAUUUUAACUUAUUUAUAACCUUUUAUAAACAAUAUUUGGGAAUUGAAAAGUUCUAAACAAUAUACAGUGUCCUUUAUCUUGGAAUAUUUCACACUGGUUCUGAAAUGUUAGUAUAAAUGCAAAAAAUAUUUUUCUCACCUACAGUAGUUGUGACAAAUAUAUAAAUUUAAAAAAUGGUCAAAAGCCUCGCUUAUCAGUAUAUGCAAGGACCCUGAAGGCAUUACUAGCUGUACAGCUUACUACAAAUGGCAACAGAAUUCAAAAAGGUCUCCAUCUGAACAUAAUGCCCACAUACAGUAAAUACAGCUAUAGGACCACUAUAGGCACCCAGACCACUUCAGCUCAAUGAAGUGGUCUAAGUGCCAGGUCCCUCUAGUGUUAACCCUGCAGCUGUUAAAACUGCUAUGUUUACAAUAGAGUUAAUCCAGCCUCUAGUGGCUGCUGUCUCAUUGACAGCCGCUAGAGGCGCUUCCGCGCUUCUCACUGUGAAAAUCACAGUGAGAAGACUCUGGACGUCCAUAGAAAGCAUUGAGAAAUGCUUUCCUAUGGACUGAUUGAAUGUGCGCUGACGUCUGAAGAGGGAGGAAAGUUCCCCGGCGAUGAGGUAGCCCGGCGCUGGAGAAAGGUAAGAGUUUAACCCCUUCCUCCCCCCUUCAGCCCGGCGAUAGUGGGACUCUGAUGGUGGGGGGACCUAAAGACCCUAUAGUGCCAGGAAAACGAGUUUGUUUUCCUGGCACUAUAGUGGUCCUUUAAAUCAUGUAUUCCUAAAAUAAAGGUAUUUGAAACUGUUUUAACAAUUUUUUUUAUCAAUCUGUGGACUGCUAAUGUAAUGGUAGAGUCCAAUCACUCCUCCCCAUCUGCCUGGCUGUAGGAAUGCUAUCACCCAGUGAAACUUCCUGUACAGUUUGGAAGGAGGGGGUGAGCUGACAUUUUUGUAACUUUACAUUCAUUAUAUCAGUGAGUAGUGGCUUCUGGCAGAGAAAUGCAUUCCUCUACAGGCUGGUAAUCAUAGCUAGAGUAUACAUGAGGGUGAUUGAGGCUUUAUAGACUAGAUUUCAUACUACAAAACAGAUUUAAAAAAAAAGUUAUACUCAAUUCUGGUAUUGGAGUUAAAGCUAAAAUACUACAUAUAAAGAAUCCAUGAUGCAACCCUUUUUUUAACUUUUGGUCAACUGAUCUUUUUGGGAAAUGGCUCGCUUUUAUUUUUAUUUUUUUUAAAUGUAUGUAUUUGUAUUCUUUUUAGAACACUGGAAAGAAAAAAGGUGCCUUUUUAAAUUCCGUUUAGUUCAGUGAUUACCAUUUAUGUCAUGUUUCCAGCACGAUGUAGCUGUACAUUCUGUUGGCAUUGUCUUGUCUCAUUGUUUUCCAGGCUUUAUCCCAUAAGACGCUAGUGAUGCUUCUUGGAGUAGAUCCUGCUCUUGAGAGUGACAUGCCAAUCCCUGUGUCGCAUCCACAGGUCACAUAUGCAUACAUGAAGUAUAUGUGGAAGAGCACCCGAAAGGUACUUGACAAUGCUUUCAUAACCUUCCGCAUGUGUAGAGUGAAAGCCGCACCAGCUCCCCAAAUCCCUGCUUGCUUUCUGGGAAUAAAGCCACAAUGUAGCCGGUCAAAUGUUCAGACGCUGGAAUGGGAAUAGCAGAUAUAUGUGCUGCAAUUAGAUUAUAGCAGGAGAAAGAAAUCCAUGUGGCCUCUUUCUAAUCAAAAUUCUUCUUUUGGAUUUCUUUGUAAUUAAUAGAAAUCAUCUGACAUUUAUUUUACAUCAAUCCAUUUAAAAUGCGAAUCCAUCCAGAAUUCUAUAUUUUCUAUUGGUAAUUUAAUGUUAAAUUUUCUAUAUCUUGGGAAAAUGAAAAUGACUGUUUUUCUAGUGUCAAAAUGGCCAUCUUGUAAUUGCUUCACAGCCUUUAAGUGUUUACAGAAGGAUUAGAAAUAAGCUGCAGGCACAAAAUGCUGCCAGCAGUGUCUCAGAACCUUGGAUGUCCAAAGUUGAGCCGUCUAGCUCGCAGCAUUCCACAGAGCAGGGAACAGAAAGUGAUGUGUAUGAUCCCUAUCUUUUCAGAAUUAAUCUGAAGGUUAGUAAAAAAAAAAAAGGUGUCUGCAUUUGUUAAAUUGCUGUGUAAAUGAAACAUCUGAUGACAGAGUCAAAAUGUUUAAAACAAUCCUGAGACCUGCCAGGAAGCCUUUAGUAUAUCGGGGCCAGAUCUCCGUGUGAUAUUCAGAUAUACUUUCCAUCAACUGCUACGUUUAUUCAUUCAAUUCAUCAAUUCAGAAUACAAAAUAAAAGGCUUCCAAAAACUUGUAUCCAGUCAGUCACAUGACAGGAGAGAUUCAGAUGGAUAUAAAGGUUAAAAAAUAACUCCACUUCUGCAGUACGAUUUCCCUCCAGUGUCGGUUUUUGAUGUCACUGGAUUAAGAUAAUAAUAUUUUUGUUUAUAAGCAGGAUAUAAGACUAAACCUUUACCCACUUGUUAGGUUACAGGUGAGUCCUAGAGACCCAUUCCAUGCACAAUGUGGCAUUAAUCUCAGAUUCUCGCCUUUGUAUUGCGCUUAUUGCUUUUCAAAAAUCUGGCUUGUUAAAGUUGACUGUCGCUUAUUAGAAAUUAGAAAAAAAAAACAGAUUGCCAAUGUUGUUUCUCUGUAACUUGCAUAAUGUUUCCCAGCAUGCUCCUUUCCUUAUUGGCUGCUUGCAUUCAUGAGCUGUUUGUAAAAGGUUUCUUUCAAAUGGUGCACAAAUAAGGUGGGGUGUAUUUGCCUACAGUGUAGUGUGCACACUACACUCUUUUGUUAAUGUUUGUGAUUUGGGGUUUAUUGCUUUUGUUUUCGUUCUGUCUAUGCAGUGACCAGUUUCUGGUCCCCUUCCUUGUCAUUUUAAUUUCUUCUUUGUCCAUUUGAAUUUCUCUUUAUGAUCUCUCCAACAUGCCCCUCGUGCAACGCAGAUUGAGGCUUUCCAGAAUAUGCAAAAGUUUGUGAAUAAGGUGCAAGUGCAAGCACAACAUGUCGCAGACGACACUCCACAGAAACAAGAACUACAGAAACUCAUGGCUCGGUAAGCCGCCCCCUGACGUUUGGUCUGUUAUGGCUUGAAAUGACAGUUACCCCAGUAUUGGUCUUAAACAGGUCCGAUCCGUUUAUGUGUAAUUCUUAUUUUUAUUAUAGUGUUAUACUUUGGAAUGUGGCUCUUGUUGUUCCUGAAGAUUUUUUUUUUUUUUUAUAUAUAUAAAUCUAGAAGUUAUGUGCAUGCAAAAAUAAAAUCCUGUCUGUUAAAGUGUUCUCCGUACAAUGUUGAUGUACUUUUUCUAGCCCCUUCAUUGAAAGGAGUUGGGCAACUCCCAUAAUAUUGCGGCAGACCUGACACUUUGUUGUAAAGGGGUUACGUGCGGCUUUAUUAUGUAUUCAUUUGAAGGUGACAGUUUAGAAACAACACUAUUAUUUUGUUCCCUAAAAUGUUACUUUUUUUUUUAAUUUCUUGUAUUUCCAUUAAUUAUUUUGAAAGAACCCCAAAUGCAUAUUUCUAUUAUAGUCCUGCUAAUCCCAUCUUUUUCCAUAGGUGCUUUUUGAAACUGGGUGAAUGGCAAGUAAACCUUCAAGGAGUUAAUGAAUGUACAAUCCCGGAUGUGCUGGAGUAUUACAAUGCAGCCACUGAACAUGAUUCCAACUGGUACAAGGUGAAUUUUACUGUGUGACUGCUGGGGGGAUGGGUGGGCCCUUUUCCUCAGCCAUUAGUUUGCGUGACUGAACAUAAUUUGUGCUUCAAUCAAAAUACACUCUGAAAUGAAAAUGAUCUAAUCACUUUUCAAAUUCAAAAGCACUGAUGCAGUUAAGAAAGGAAUCUUUGUUUAAAAAAGAAAAAGAAACCCACUGUAUGUAGCUGACCAAUGCAAGAAAAUGAAAUCACUUAUGAUUCUAUUUAUUUUGAUUUAUUUUAUCACUGUUUCUUUAGUUCAUAUAACAACAAUUGGCUUCUUUGAAUCUUGCUUUCUGAUGUAGUGAAUAAUUCUCACAAACUAAUGGCUAGUCAUCUCUCAUAGCGUAAAUCACCAAAACCAACCAAACAGUCCGCACUCAUAAGGAUCUCAGAAUUAUCGACCAAGCAGAUCAUGGAAAGUGCUAUUUUUUUUUUUUUUUUUUUUUUAUUGUAGAAGAAUCGUGUGGAUCUCAUAAGUGACGGGCAAUCCAAAAUCUUGAAGCACAUGUCAAUAUAUGCAGAUUCUAUCUCCCUCAAGGGAGUCAGAGGUUAAAAAAAUGCCUAAAUACAAAAAAGGAAAAACCUGCACCUGCCAGAAAAGGGGGUUAACAAAAAUAUGAAAAAACUUACUGUAACUCUGGACACAUUUUGCAUCUGUCCUGCCUCAUUUUGUCAAUGUUCAUUCAGCUAGAAAUUAUUCUCAUUUGCAAGUGCAUUAGUUAUUAGAAAUUUGGUUAUUUUAGAAAGAGUUGCUAAUUCUUGCUCUGUUGCAGGCUUGGCAUGCUUUGGCAGUGAUGAACUUUGAGGCAGUUCUACAUUUUAAGCAGCAGAAAGAAAUCCGAGAUGAGAAAAAGGUGCGACAUCACAGCUCUGCCAGCGCCAAUACAGAUGGGAGCGAGAGUGAGAGUGAAGGAGACAGUAACGCGAGCAGCCCAGUGCCAUCUCCUGUUCAGAAGAAAACGGAGGUAUGGAACUCGCGAGUAAGAUGUCAACGGUUGGCAUGAUUCUAGUUCCAGCAUGUUUAACAAUCUUUAUUCAGCAAGAAUAUAUCAUUGUGCGUGCAUCUGCAAUUUACAGCAGCAAACACAGAAGCAGCAUGUAUUGCCAUGAUUAGUUUUUUCAGAAAAAGUUUGUUUUAGCAAUUGACUCCCCCUUGCAUCAGUACAUUACGAUCCCACAAAGGUGCAGAUUGCUUUACAAAUUGCUUAUCCUGAGUUUUGCUGGGUAAUGCUAAAAUGGUGGUUGGUCCUUCAUAUUGAUAAAAUGAGCAAUUCCAUGGCCGCUGCCCCAUGUUAAAUAUUUCUUAUAAUAAUUUCUUCUGUAACCCUAUUUCUUUUUAAGCAUGUUCCCACAUGUCGUGAAAUAGUUUCAAAUUUUCAGUUUGCAUUGAAUUGUAAAUUCCCAACUUAUUAUUCCCAACUUUAUUGUUUUAAAGACACUAAAAGUUUUUACUUUUAUGUUCUGUUGAUAUAAGAGUACAUUUACAAAAGUUGAAAUAUAAACGGUACCAGGCAAAAAAUAGAGAUCUCUCUGAAAGCUAGGUUUAUUUGGCAUCCGCCCAUGUUUCACAUUGUAUAACUUUUCUUUAAAAGAUUUGAUGUGGAGACAUGUUAGCAUGUUCAAAACAUAAUGGAAUAGCCUGCCUACCGCCAUCAGACUCUCCGCUAGUCUUGCAUCUUUUAAUAAGUGCCUUUAAACCCAUCUCUUUAGGAAAGCUUAUGGCCUCCCAGUGUAACCUCUACCUUACAUACUUGUCUCUUGCUCUCUCCUCCAGCUCUGCUUCACUCCCACCUUACUUGUUUGCUUUUUCCUGUCCUAAUGUGUUUUAUGCCCCACCUCCUAUAGACUGUAAGCAGGGUCCUCUUCAACCUAUUGUUCCUGUAAGUUUUCUUGUAAUUGUCCUAUUUAUAGUUAAAUCCCCCUUCUCAUAAUAUUGUAAAGCGCUGCUCACUGCAAUAACCUGACCAUCCCAUCUUAACUCACUGUCAUAAUCUGGCAGUGACAGCCUAAUUCACUGUAAUAACCUAACCGGGCCAGUCUAACUCAUUGUAAUAACCUGACCAGCCUAACUCGCUGGGAUAACCUGACCAGCCUAACUCGCUGGGAUAACCUGACCAGCCUAACUCGCUGGGAUAACCUGACCAGCCUAGCUCGCUGGGAUAACCUGACCAGCCUAGCUCGCUGGGAUAACCUGACCAGCCUAGCUCGCUGGGAUAACCUGACCAGCCUAGCUCGCUGGGAUAACCUGACCAGCCUAGCUCGCUGUGUGUAAUGGGUUGAUCUAAAUCGGUAUAAUGACCUACUUAAUACAAUAACCUUGCUGGCACACUUCUAACUCGUAAUCCAAACAUCAACUAAAGAAGCCAUAAAUUAAAAUGGUGCACAGUGCCACUGAGUAAUAAAUGCCACAUAUACAUAUUUCAGUGCAUGUGUGCAGUUUUUUUUAAUGUUUUGGGUAGCUAGCCACCAUGCUGUGAAGACGGGAUGGUUUAACCCCAUGCUUUGAUAGGCAUUCUAUGGCAAACUCACCAGAAAUACAGCUGACUAGUUGCAAUUAUGAUGGAGCUACUUUCCUCCAAUCCAUGCUUUAAUAGCCAAACUGGGCAAGCUAGCCAUAAAAUUCCUAACAAGCCAAAGUACUGACAGAAUGGCCAAUACCAGAACUAUUACAUACUUGCGUAAAACAGAACUCACACUCUGUUACUAGCAAAAAGGCGACUUAGAGCUGAAAAUUGUCAAUAUUUUUAAAUAACUUUCAAAUUUUAGACCACUUAUUCACUUGCAUAAAAUAAAAAUGUUGAGAAAGUGAUCCCAUUGUACAGCUGUAUGGAAUUUUGUUGGUGCUAUAUAAAUAAUAAAAAAAAGAUAAUAUGAAUUUGGAUGUCCCUUGUUAAUUUGUGUAAAUUUAGUAACUUUUUUUUUUUUUUUUUUAAACAGGACAACCUUCUGCAAUACACGGUUCCAGCCGUGCAAGGCUUCUUCCGUUCCAUCUCGCUAUCUCGAGGAAAUAACCUGCAGGACACACUUAGGUAAACCUUUCUCUGUGUACGAUAUGCAGCUUAUACUUGUAGAGCUGGGAGUCAGAUGGUGUGCUUGGCCACAUCAGGCACUGUGUUGCCGCCACAAUUUCCUCUUGGGUAGCAUUUUGUUUUCCCAUGGAGCUUCAGGAGCGACAGAUAAGGACACAACCAUUUCCUGGAUAAAGUAGAGGAUAUGAGAGAUGUUUAGGGCCAAGUAAAAAUUACUCCUCGAGCUGUGUGAUCCCUGUCCUGUGUAAUAUUUAGAUUUUUCUUUUUUUCAAAGCAAUAAAUCUUAACAUCAUAAAUCAUGUUGGGUUAUACAUAUGUAGAAAGCACAACAUGAAAAAUUUCCCUUGUUUCCUUGUUUUGUUUGUAAAAUGUACUGUCUUGUGUUAAAAAACUUUUAUUUUUUUAUUAAUUUUUUUUUAAAUGUGCACGUUUCAUAAAGAAUAUAAUUUGGAAAAUAUAUAUUUAGGCAGAUUAUGCAUAAAAAAAUUAAUCUGAAAACACAGGCCUAAUUUGUGAGCAUAACAAACUUGGAAAAAGUGUGUGAAAGUGAGUUAUAUAUCUGUGAACUAUAAAAUUUAAAUAGCUGUUCAUCACUAUGAAGUAAAUACGAAAUUUAAAUUGCAAAUCGAAACUUCUGCAAAUUAAACCAUAGCUGUGAUUAUUUAUAUAUACAUACAUACACACACAGACACACUCUCUCUCUCUCUCUCUCACACUCACUCUCACAGUCUAAUAUAUUCGACACUUCACAAUCUGUAUCUGACAGCUCCUGUCUUUACUUUGUUUAAAUUUAGCUGGGAAGCACCCGGGAACAGUUUACUUUAUUAUUUGUGUUGGGGUUGAGUGCCAGAACCUGGAAAUUUCUAUAUAUUAUAUUGUAUUAUUACUAGAUUGUUUAUAAAUAGCCAUAACUUCUACAGCGCUAUACCCUGUUUGAAAUGCUACAGUGAGUGAGCUGAAAUUAAUGGUUUGUCACUGUUUGGCUAUAGUUAAUUAGAAGUCCUGAUGUUCUAAUUUUAUUUUUUAUUUUUAAUUUUCUAUAGAGUACUCACUCUUUGGUUUGACUAUGGUCACUGGCCGGAUGUCAAUGACGCUCUGGUUGAAGGAAUCAAGACCAUUCAGAUUGACACAUGGCUACAGGUAUUGUGAGGCCUAUAGCUUCAGGAUCGCUAAAGAAUUGAAUAUAAAACCACAGUGAUAUUGUAACUAGUAUUUUGUUGCAAGUGUUUCUAUUACAGAUAAGGGUUUCCAUAAUAGUAGCACUGUCUAAUACCUCGGUAAAUGGAAUGGAGACCAGGUUGUAGCCUUAGUUUUACGCGUAUGUGGGGUAAAAUGUGGAUGGCAAACUUUUUCACCCAAAUAUUUGGAAACAUCAUUACCCAUGGUACUCAGACAGCCUUCCUUGUGUAGAACAUUAAAGGACCACUCUAGGCACCCAGACCACUUCAGCUUAAUGAAGUGGUCUGGGUGCCUGGUCCAGCUAGGGUUAACCCAUUUUUUCAUAAACAUAGCAGUUUCAGAGAAACAUUCAGAGAAACUGCUAUGUUUAUGAAUGGGUUAAGCCUUCCCCCUAAUCCUCUAGUGGCUGUCUCAUUGACAGCCACUAGAGGCGCUUGCGUGCUUCUCACUGUGAUUUUCACAGUGAGAGCAUGCCAGCGUUCAUAGGAAAGUAUUAUGAAUGCUUGCGCAUUCAGCCGACGGGGAGGAACGGAGGAGGAUCGGAGGCAGAGAGCUCCCUGUCCAGCGCUGGAAAAUGGUAAGUUUUACCCCUUUUCCCCUUUCCAGAGCCGGGCGGGAGGGGGACCCUGAGGGUGGGGGCACCCUCAGGGCACUAUAGUGCCAGGAAAACGAGUAUGUUUUCCUGGCACUAUAGUGGUCCUUUAAUAAAAUGGUUAUUUUGUGGAUAAAAUCAUUAAAUAUCACUUUUGUAACUUAUGGACCUUUACAGAAGCUGUAAGAAAGUGUUCAUCACUUUGUGGUUAUGCAGUUUGCCCCUCUCACUCUCACCCCCAUGACAUCUUUCUGCUGCCAAACACGUGUUACUUGUAGGGUCAAAAUACCACAAGACUUACUUGUCCAUGUGUAUAGUAAGCAGUGACACUAAAUUCCUUCUUGUAAAACAGUGUUUCAUGUUUAAUUAACCUUGAAUAUUGAUAUAUCUUCUUGUAAGUGUGUGUAGUGUUUCUUUAAAUCAUAACUGUCUCUAUACUGUAUACCAUGACGGUUCCUCAAUUCUUCGUCCCGGCGAGUAUAAAAACAUAAUUACCUUUGCAGUGUUUUUGUGCCCUAAUAAACAUCAUCGUUCCAUGACACUCAUGUGUACUUGGGCAAUCAGCCAAAAAAUGCACAGCAAUUGCAUGCUCACUCGGGCAUUCCUUCUGAAAUGCUGUGUGCACCCAUGACACUGAAGGCAAAAUAAUUAGCGUGGUUUGUUCUGGGUGUGCUAUUCUUAAGUUGUAAUUUUGAAAAUAAAACUGGUUCAGAAUGUUUUAACCCCUCAAUAAAUGUUAUACUUUGUCAUCAUUACAAUCUGAUUCUAAAAGAUUUGAUGGGAACAUGGAAUAAAUAGUUGUAUUAAUACAGCCCUUCAGUCAUAUAAUGAGUCAUUUAAUGCAUUUUAGAACAAAGCUCUCAAAGAAUGAAUUGUUAUGAAAGCAUUCAUUGUCAAGAUUACAUUCAUUUUGCUGUUAAAUCUGAGCUGAUUGUUUUAUUUUUAUGCUUGCUUAGGUGAUCCCUCAGCUGAUCGCCAGAAUAGACACUCCGAGGCCUCUUGUUGGGCGUCUUAUCCACCAACUGCUAACAGACAUUGGCAGAUAUCACCCUCAGGUAACUUCCAUCCAUAAACAUGGUUAGCACAAUUUGCACAAAACGUAUUUUCUGCCUGUGGCUUGAUCCCUGUUUAUGAACUGGCAUUUGUAAAACUUGUGGUUUCUCAGCAAAGCCUCAAGCUCCUGCCAUGGUGUUCCAGCACCGCUUCCAUAACUCGCUUCAUGAUAGCCUUACUAGGGUCUGUAUGAAAUGCAAAUAUUUACAAAUCACACCAUGUUCUUUAAAUACUGGUUGUGGGUAUUUAGUCUCCUGAAUGCUCUAUACCUGGAAAUAAACUCACAGCUGUUAUAUUUUAGACGGCGCACUGCUUCGUUGCUGAAAUUUGCAACAUGCCCCAGACACCCCUACAGCGAUUGUAAUUUAAAGGAACACUAUAGUGUUUCAACUCACCGUUUCUGCCACGCCAUGCCUGUCUCGCCAGCUAGCUCCACCUCCUAUAGGAAAGUAUUGUGAGGCUAUUGCACCUGCGCAUAUAAUCAGCGUAUCUCUAUGGGGAAUGUUCAGCACCUCCAUGCACACUGUGCAGCAUUGGAUUAAGAAGCACCUCUAAUGGCCGUCUGAGUGACUGCCACUAGAGGUGUUACUAACUAGCAAUGAAAAGCAAGUGUUUACAUUAGAAAGCCUGCAGGGACAUUCUAUAGACACCAGAAUCACUACAUUAUGAUGUAGUUGUUCUGGGGACUAUAGUGUCCCUUUUAAAUACAAAAUUUAUGCUGCCCUUUAACAAUUUACUUUGUGACACCUCCAAGAAUUUCCAGAUGCUUGAUGAUAAAAAAUUUUAAAACUCUUUUAUUACCCUUAUUCUCUAUCCUGUUCUAUUGUGGCUCCUCAUUUUUUAUUUUAUUUUUUGUCUUUAUUUUUCUUUGUUGUAUUUGGGCACAUUUAUAACAAUUUUCUGACACCAUGUGUAGUACUUGGAAUUCUCAUAGCACUAACAAGCUAUCACUGUCUUCUCUAAGACUUCUCCCCUGUCAAAUACCUGCCAGCCUGCUCUGCCCUCUCAGUCAUUAUUCCAAUCUUCCAAACAACUUGUCUUUGUGAGUGGAAAAGGCCUCAGGGGAUGGAAAAAUACCUUUCACUGUCAAAUGGUGUCAGCCAGAGAAAUGUUCUAAUACCUCCCGACAUUUCGCAAUAGGGAGGGAGAGAUUCUGCAGGUGCCGAAUGGAUAGGACUAUACUCCUCAUCCUCUAGGAAGCAAAAAUGCUAUGGGGGUGUGGAUUUAACUGUUAGUGUGCCACCGUUGGCUCUGCAGGACAACAGUGACUAGUGAGCAAGAUUUGAUGUUAGCUAUUCCCAAUGCAUUGUGCUGUUUGUCCUUUACACAUUGUGUAUUUUACAGUAAUAGAGCAUGGAAACUGACUUGCAAUUGUUCCUAAAUACCAAAGUUGUUUUUCUUUCCUGUAUUGAUAACAUCUUAACAUGGCAAAACUGGGAUAAUAUGACCAUCUGGCAGUCUUGCCGCAGCUGAUCAAGCAGAGCUGUUUGGAAGCCACCACCAUGGUACAUGGUAGCCUCCACUCUAGUAGUGGGCAGUCAGUCUGCAAACAUUAAGAAUGUUUUGUGAUCUGCUCAAGUCACACAGCAAAGCCACCAACAGUUCAAUCUCUGGAAGCUUGAGGGCCUCUAUCACGUCCAUGUUUAUUUAAUAAAAUCUUCUUUCUUGUCCUGAGGAUGUGUAGAAACUACAGUCUAUAGGUAGAUAAAACGAAGGUAUUCAGACCCGAAGCACCAGAAAAUGUAGAGCGCUCAAGCACACAUUGGGCAGAGAAAUGGCGAUUAAAAAAGUGGCCUUUCCAAUGGGGGCUUUUUAUUUCCUUGCGGUGUGUGUGUGUGUGUGUGUGUGUGUGUAUGUAUAUAUAUAUAUAUAUAUAAUAUAUAUAUAUAUAUAUAUAUAUAUAUAUAUAUAUAUAUAUAUAUAUAUACAUAUAUACAUACUAAGACUGUACAAACUAUUAAACUAUUUGACAGAGCAUGAAACUGUUUUUUUUGUUUUGUUUUUUUUUCAGAAGUUUACCUGUGUGUCAUGGAUAAAUAGUAAUUGUAAUUGACAAAGUAUUGGAUAGCUAUUGAGAAUACAUACACACUAGCAUGCCACAAGGCAUUCUCUACCGCUCCAGUAACAGAUUCCCAUCAAUAACUCCAUCAUCCCUAAUAAUCAGUUGUGGAAAGUUGAGAUAGGCGCUAAAUAUAUGAAAAUGCAUUAGCAAGGAGAGCCCAGCUAGUGUUGUGGUGAGAGGUCCUCUAUAAGUGGAGUCAGAGGUGAAAAUAAGGGCAAGGAGCACGAUUCGUCUAAUUUCAGCAGAAUCUGUUGAAAUCUCCAAUUUGUUUUUGUCAGAAGGACGAAUAGAGCAAUGUGGUCAAGGUCAGGUUACGUGCGGUUAACCCAAGGAGUAGCCAGACUGGAAUCUCCUUUCAUUGGUCUUUGCGGAGGCACAUCACUGAUGGAAUUUACAAUGAAAUUGGAUCCCGUCCUUGACGGGCUGCAUAUGUUGCAGGAAUGAAGUGUUUAUUCCUAAAUGAAGCGCUGUGGCUAGAAAAGCCCAAAAUGAGAAUCUGUUUUACUUUAUGAAGACUUUCUAAAAAUUGUAUUGCUGUCAUUGGUCAUCAUGAUGGAAUUACCUGUAUUCCCCGUGACAUUGCAAAGACACUCUGCUUUAACACACACAACUUUUAUCCCAGUGCAUGGGUUAUAAUCUAAAUGGACUAGUACCAUGUAUUCGCAUAAAAGAUUGAUAUGCAAGUUAUGUGCACCAAUAAAGUUCUGUAAUUGUGUGCGCUCAGUGCUUGCGUGUGUGCGCUCAGUGCUUGCGUGUGUGCGCUCAGUGCUUGCGUGUGUGCGCUCAGUGCAUGUACUUCAUUCAUAAAGCGAUAUUGGCACCUACAUGUUUGUGGCAGUGAUAUGGCUGGUGUGCUGGAGAGCACUAUCUGUAGCAGGGAUUUUCUACACUAAAUGUCAAUCAGUUCUACACUUAUGUGCCAAAGUAUUGAAUAACAGGUGAGGAGGAGACCUAUUUUAAAUAGUUAUUUUUCUCUCUCAAUCUCUACAUUGGCUUGCAAUUCUGCAAACGCAAUGUGUGGAUGAAAAUUUUAUUUACUAUUAAAUAAAAGCAUGUGUGCCAUGACAGGUAGACUUUUUUAAUAACUCUAUAGUGGGAUUUGCUGCUGGCCACUUGAAAGGUUUAAAUUAGUAAAAUAAAUAAAUACAUUUAGAAAGUAAGGAGAACUGUUCAUUUUUUCCUCAUAGAUGUUUUUUGUUUUGUUUUGUUUUUUGGAAGAUUAAAAAAAAAAAAAAAAAAAUGACCAGAGUUCAAAUGUCAUUGUUCCCAUUGCUUUAUGUCUCUUUGGUAAUAGUAAGGAUAGAUUGCUUGAACCUUACCCUAAAGAAGAGAGAAAAACCACAACGGACGAGGUUUUAAAUAUUUAUGUAAAUUGAUGUUUCCUUUGCUUUCUCUUAUGUCUCCCACAGGCUCUAAUAUAUCCUCUCACUGUGGCAUCUAAAUCCACAACCACAGCACGUCACAAUGCAGCAAACAAAAUCUUAAAGAACAUGUGUGAGCAUAGCAACACUCUAGUACAGCAGGCGGUGAUGGUAAGUCUCCGGCUAAAGCGCUGGACAGUAAAUGAAGCCAAUGUUUAGGUCACAUAUGACGGUGCUUGUUUUUUAUUGGUUGUAGGUGAGUGAGGAAUUGAUCCGCGUGGCCAUUCUGUGGCAUGAAAUGUGGCAUGAAGGUCUGGAAGAAGCCUCACGGCUGUACUUUGGAGAAAGGAACGUAAAGGGAAUGUUUGCUGUGUUAGACCCUCUUCACGCCAUGAUGGAAAGAGGACCUCAAACUCUAAAGGAAACCUCAUUUAAUCAGGUAUAAAGCCAUGGUGGGAUUUAGUGACUCGUGUCCUGUCCUGUUAGACUUGUGGUAUUUAUGGUAGACCUUGGUAUAUGUGUCUGGCCUUUUUUGAACUUUGUCUGUUUAAUUGUUUUGUAUAUAAUUGUAUGGUUGUAUUGAGUAAUAAAGUAUUUAUUUUAUGUAGCUAUCUGAGUGUGUAUCAUGAUUUUUGUAUGAGUCAUUCUUUUCUCAUGUAGGCAUAUGGCCGAGACUUGAUGGAAGCUCAGGACUGGUGUAGAAAAUAUAUGAAGUCUGGUAACGUGAAGGACUUGACCCAAGCUUGGGAUCUUUAUUAUCACGUCUUCCGACGCAUCUCCAAACAGCUACCCCAGGUGAUAGGAAAGAAUUGAAUGUUGCAAUGUCUUUACAACAAAAUUAUCUUUUGCCAUAGUCUUUCUAACCCCCUUGAGUCUGUGUAUUACAGCUCACCUCUCUGGAGCUACAAUAUGUCUCCCCCAAACUGCUCAUGUGUCGAGACCUGGAGCUUGCUGUGCCAGGAACAUAUGAUCCCAAUCAACCAGUUAUACGUAUCCAGUCCAUUACCCCUUCUCUGCAGGUCAUCACUUCCAAGCAGAGGCCUCGCAAACUGACGUUAAUGGGUGUGUUUUUGUUUUAUUUAUUUUAUGACGCGUUUUGGCAAAAGUGAAACAGUGCCUUGUAAAUCUGAACAGAAACUGGGGAAAUACAUUCAGUAUUAUUGCCUCCAAAUUAAAAACCUAUCCUAAUUACCUUGACAGGAAGUAACGGACAUGAGUUCAUGUUCCUGCUGAAAGGCCACGAGGAUCUGCGGCAGGAUGAGCGGGUAAUGCAGUUGUUUGGAUUGGUAAACACUCUGCUAGCCAAUGACCCAGCUUCUCUGAGGAAAAACCUCAGGUAAAUAACAAUUACAUUGCUGUUUAUUUUUAUUGUGAAUUUGAAAUUGGUAAAAAAAAAAAAAAAAUGUGAAUUUAUAAAAUAGCUACAAUAAUAUUGAGAGGCUGUUAUUUUGUUUAUUUCUUGGGUUUUAAAUCGUAUAUAAAUGCUUAAUAUUGUCUCCACAAUACAAUCACAAAAUAGCAGCUACAAGAGGGUUGCAGGCUCUUUGAGACACAGACCCAGAUUUGUGUUUAUUCCUAAAAUGCAGACCCUAAAUGUAUUGUAAAAGAAACAGUAUCCCAGACAUACAUUGUAUUUCACAUCAGAAAAAUAAGGAGAUGAGGAAAAAUACUCAUCCGCCAAAAGAGGAGGCUAGUUCCAUCAAAACCAAUACCCCCUUUAUUUUUAUUUUUUUUGAGCAGUACAAAUGUAGAGCUGCAGAGAAAUAUAUAACGAGAAAAAAUAAAAUUUUAUUUAAGAUAAAAAAUGUGGAAAAAAAACCUUAUCGAAACCUAUCUAACUAUUAAUUUUUAUACAGCUUAGCAGUCCAGUGCUAUGUAUAUAGAUAGGUUUUGAUAAGGUUUCUUCACAUUUGUUAUCUUAAAAUUUUAUUAUAUUUUCUCUUGUUAUAUAUUUCUCUGCAGCUCUACAUUUGUACUGCCCAAAAAGAAGGGGGUAUUGGUUUUGAUGGAACUAGCCUCCUCUUUUGGUGGAGGAGUAUUUUUCUGUUUUGUCUACAAUUUAGGGUUAGGCCCUGUAAUACCCCUGUAACCCUCUCUGGUACCUCUUUGCCAGGGAUUUCCUGGUUAAGAGUGCUCAGUAUAUUCUGUAUUUCACAUCACCCCUUCACCAUAGUAAGUUACAAAAUGAAGUAUAUUUGGUACAGGAUCAUUUUCCUGGUUGCACAGUAAUGUAUGUUUUAAUGUGUGACGUAAAUAUAUCAAUAUUCAGUGUAAUCGGUAGUGCUUAUAAUGUGUCAAUUGAGAAGUAGAAAUGUUAAAUGUUGUCAGAGCAAUAAUGUCUUCCUUAUCUUAUUAACUUCACAUUAGACAGUGUCAUGAAAUGUAGGGAUUGUAAGUGUGUUUUACAUUCCUUUUAGUAUUCAGCGAUAUGCUGUCAUUCCUCUGUCCACCAACUCUGGGCUGAUUGGCUGGGUGCCUCACUGCGAUACAUUGCACGCACUGAUUCGGGACUAUCGUGAGAAGAAGAAAAUUCUGCUGAAUAUUGAGCAUCGGAUAAUGCUAAGGGUAAUAUACAGCUGAUGAAAUUGGUAUUUUGCUGAGCUUAUUUAAAGACAGUCAAACAAGCCUAAUGCCGACCUCUCUCACAGAUGGCACCAGACUAUGAUCACCUGACUCUGAUGCAGAAAGUCGAGGUGUUUGAGCACGCUGUGAACAACACUGCUGGAGAUGACUUGGCUAAACUACUCUGGCUAAAAAGCCCAAGCUCAGAGGUAAAGCAGCCAUUAUUAUCUGGAACCUCUUUUAGUGUAUGAAACCACAAACCGUGAAAUUAGGAACACUAGAGUGUUAGGAAUAUAAAGCAGUAAUUCCUAACUCCCUCUGUCUGGUGGACAGCCACUAGAGGCAUUGCUUAGCACUGCAAUAUAAACAUAGCAUUUCUCUGAAACUACAAUGGUUUACAUUGCAGGGCCAAGGAGACAGGGACACUGCAUCCAGACCCCUUCAAUGAGAUCAAAUGGUCCCUUUGCUCUCCAUGUAAAAAACUCAUUACAGUCACCCUAGGACAGACUUCCUUAUAUGAAAUAAUGUGUAAACUUUGUGUAUUAUUAAAGAGUCUGUUAUUUUGACCUUUUUUUCGUGUCUGGCAAUUAGUCUAUUUCGAGAUGCAUUAUUCCUUCUUCCCAAAACAAAUCCAGUCUGUUUUAUUUCCUGGAUAUCUGCAACAAGAAUGUGUGGUCACGUGACUGUUUAAAUGUAAUAAAAAAACCAAAAACUUUAAAUGUAUUUCCUUCCCAGGUGUGGUUUGACAGAAGAACCAAUUACACGCGUUCCCUGGCAGUAAUGUCCAUGGUGGGAUAUAUUUUGGGUCUCGGUGACAGGUAGGGCACAGAUUUGUUCUAAGAUUUUUCCAUUUCUGUAUGUAGAGUAAUUCUAGAGAAAAGUUCUAGUUUGGUUAUAAUGGUGGUGGGUCUAAUUUUUUACUCUUCAUACAUGAACCCCAAAUUACAUCUGGGCUAAGGGUUUGCUCAAGCAGUUUUUUUUUUUUUGUUUGUUUUUUUUGUAGACAUUUCUAAUCUCACUCUCCCCCUUUUUUUUAUUUCCCACAAAGACACCCGUCUAACUUGAUGCUGGACAGGCUGAGCGGGAAAAUCCUACACAUAGACUUUGGAGACUGUUUUGAGGUAAUAAUUGACUGAGAGGUUCUGAAGAUUAUUUGUCAUAAUUGUUCUUCUGAAAAUAGUAGUGUUUUUGUAUGUGUGUACAUUUUAAGGAGGAAAUGUUUUUUGCACCUUUUCAGAACCAUAUAAAAUCUGGUAAUGCAGUGAUCAGUUGUCAUUUGAAGAUAUCGUGCUGAUGUGUUGGGUGCCAGUAUUGACCUGGUCAUUAUAGGCCAUUUUCAUGACUGAGCAUUGCCAAUGCGAUAGUUCACACAGCUGGAUGGUCAGAGAUCAGCCAUUGCUGCUUUACAUCUCACACUUAAACCUCUUUGUACUCAACUCGCAAUUUCUGAUUUUCACAUAUUUGCAAACUACAUAUCCCAUGAUUCUUAGCAUGCAUUAAAACAGUUUGAACAUAAACCGUAAAUUGCUGAUUUAGACGAUAAAUCAGGCAAUCUGUGGCUAUGCUUGCAGACCUGUGUUUUUUGUUUUGUUUUUGUAUUUUUUUUGUCCGUUUUUGAGUGGUUUGACAAUUUAUGGAACCCUGCCCCCUCAGUUGGAGAUGACACGAUGAGGAAAUCCCACGUCCUCAUUAUACAAUUUAAUCGUUUCAAUUCCAAGCAACCACUGACUUUUUGGUGCUGCUAUAGCUUGAGUUAACCCAUGGUGUUUUGGCACAGCUUGCGUCGUCAUCAGCAUGCUUGAUGGUAUGACAUAAAAAAAUGGGACUGAAUCGAUAGUAUUCAAACUACAUAUCAAGCUGCAACAAUACUGUUAAUUUUAGUGGUUAUGGUGCUUUGAUUGUGAACCGCUUAUACAAUUAAUCUUCACUGCAUGUGCCCUGCACAAGGAUACUCUGCAUCAUACAGUUAGCCUGGAAUCGGUAGUGCCCUCUGCAAUCUUCCCCUUGGUGACCGUUUCUUGUAUGAAACAUAGACAGGGCUUAAUCUAAUUAGAUAUUUUCCGUUCCAACUGCUAGCAUCACUUGUACGAUUCCUUAUCCAAUGGGUGAAGUAGGUUCAAAAUAAAGCAGAUGCACAUAACAAAAGAACAAAAAAGCUGAAAAUGUUUUUUGUUUUUUUUUUUAUUCCCCACUUUUUAACCAAUGGUUAUUGAAGCUUCAUUGAAUUAGUAUAGUGUCUGGUUCCAAGGCACUGUCUUUCCAUUAAGUGUUUUUAAACCAUUUUCGAGCAGCCCCACUGAAAAUAUCCUUAGCCAUAACGAGUCUUACCCACACUCGUCACCUGUGAUAGGCUGAAAAUGGUCAGCCGACACUCCCAACCAACCACAUUUGCCCAUUAUUGAUCAAGUUAAUGCUUCCUCCCUAUUAGCAUGAGCACCUUGUUAAAGAUGUCCUAAGCCCCCAAUCCCCCCAAAAUAUCAUGCUUUAAUAAUAAGAAGGCUUGAGGUGUGGUUUCAUGCCACAUCGGCUGGAAUGCAUUAAAGUUGGUGAAUUACUUCCUAAGCUGCUAGUUCUUAAUGUCAGUUCUGUCUGGUUAUCUCAGUCAAAUCCAUUUUGUUACUUGUAUUACUGUCAAAGUUAUCAAGUCAUAUUUAGACUCUUGUUAAUGUUAAUUGUUUGCAAUUAUUUAAGUGUGUACAUUAAGCAUUCACUGAGGUGUUCCAUUGUUUAAUUGUACUUGCUAUUUCAGGUGGCUAUGACCAGAGAAAAGUUCCCCGAGAAGAUUCCGUUCCGUCUGACUCGAAUGUUGACUAAUGCAAUGGAGGUGAGUGGUCACUCACUGUGUGUGACUCUUUGUGAAUGCUGCAUGCGCAGAUCUUUAUAUCUCUGGUCCGUUGUGUUCUCAGGUCACUGGACUUGAUGGAAAUUACAGGAUCACGUGCCAUACUGUAAUGGAGGUGUUGCGGGAGCACAAGGAUAGCGUCAUGGCUGUCUUGGAAGCCUUUGUUUACGAUCCUCUGCUGAACUGGAGACUGAUGGACAGUGAGUAUAGCAGCCAGAUCCUGCCCAAUAGUAGCACAUGAUAGUGACCUUGAGUAGAUCAAGCACUGCGUUCCAUUUACCGGUCAAACACACUGGAAUCCAUUCCAAAGUGCAGAAACAAACGCCGCCUUGGUAUCUUAUGGACAAAAGAUGGCUGGCUGAAGGCAAUGGGAACUUAAACACAAUAGUAAAAGGCAUCCAAAUGGCCUUAGACUGGAUUGCAGUGAUUUACAGUGAAUGAGUUGGCCCACGUAGUGUAAUCAGAAAUUAGAUCUCCAUCCACUCAUUGAGUUGAAUAAUUCACUUUAUAAUCCUUUUAAAGGUUACAAUUUGUACAUGAAACCUUGUGUAGACUUGUGAUGCUGUCCUAAGUGAUGUAAGCAGUAGUCAUAUGGUAACUCACUGUUUAGUCAAUAGUUCUCUCAAUUAAGGCUCAAUUUCCAUGUUUUUAUUGUUUAUUACUUACAGCACAUCUCUUUUUAAUAAGAAAUAAUUAGGGAUGUGUUUGUAGCGGAGCUGCAAUAUUAAAUCCCAAGAUCUCUGCUGGUAUAGAAGGUAAUCCAAAGUAAAGCGCUGGAAAAGAAGGCAAUAUCCCAAAUCCCCCAGUAACCGGACGAAACACAGUUCAGGGAGUCAACGGACAAUUUUAUUCACGGCUCCAGGAGUCAACGGACAAUUUUAUUCACGGCUCCAGGAGUCAACUGACAAUUUUAUUCACGGCUGUUAGCCUAUGCAUGCUCUCUAUUCUAAAACACAUGAAUACAUUUUUACACCAGGUUAACACAGCUAUUUCCGACAAACUUUAAAUGUUCUGCAAUAUGACCUAAAGUGGCUAGGUUUGCCACAGUGUUUAUUAACAUUUCUGCCAAUUUGCUAACUAUUAUAAAAUGUAGUCCAUAUUCAUUUUGAAUUUAAUUGCUAAACAGAGAAUUGUGACGGAUAACGGAAUGUAAGCAUUUUAGCUACUUUACUAUUUUGGUGUUAAUGUUGCCAAUUUCUAUAUUUCUACAGUUCUCUGCUUAAUAAGAACAUCACUGUGUUAUGAAUAAUCUCCGUUGCCUUUAUGGAAGGCCUGGUGCAGUGUUUCUUAGCACUUGUACUUUUUUGAGGGUUGAACAUGACACUCAAUGCUGGAAGAGAUUCCCAUUUUCUUAAUGCGUUAAAAAUAUAAUAGAUACGUUGGAGGUUCCUGAUGCUGCGGAUCAAAAAGCAGGUAGCUGCAGCAUUGAGCCCUUCCCGAACAGAAAGAACGGCCUGAUCUUAUUCCACAAGCCCCUGUCCACCAUGAAUUUAGAGGAUAUGUACUGCAGCCUCCAGAAGCAAAUCCAUUCAUAUGAUGAAUGGAAUUGCUGAAUACGUUGUAUUGUGUAUGGGGCUGUGUUCAGAAUUUGCCAGAUUGUACAUGUGCACUGCCAAGACUCAGGCUUUCUUAGAGAGUCGAACAGGAAAGAUGUGGACAGCCAAAUGAGGAACUAUAUAUGUACUACAAAAGGAGCACACCUAUAGCUAAAUUUGUUUGUUUUUUUUGUGUGCAAAUUUCCGUGCAAGAAGACAGGACCAGGAGAACUCCUUGCACCAAAAUCGAAUUAAUGCGCAUGGGUUGCAUCGCACAGUCUCUUUAGAAAACAGACUCUUUAUGAAAAUGUAAUAGGAGACUGAGCCAUUCUGAAAUUUUGGGCACCUUGCUCUUUUAGCCUUUCUAAAUGUGAUUAGGCCAAGGAAUGCCAGGGUGAUAUGCUUUGUUACACUUAACAAAUGUUCUCAUUACUAAAUCACAGCCAUCCUUUUAAUUCUUUAGAUGCCAGAAAGGCGAGCAGUAAACCGUGGAGUAAAGCUCAUGCUGGCUUUAAAAUUCAAGGUUUUCGAACACCAAACAACCACAUAGAAGUCUCUCCCUGUUUUGCCUUUGUCAGUGUUUUGGAUUCCAACGAAAUAGGAAAUUGCUGUGAAAAUGAGACCCCCACAUUUCUAUUAGAAUUUCUGUAUCGUGCUAUGCUUCACAAACUACCCAUCAUUAGCAAUUACAGAUGGAGCUGCUACAUAAACAUGUCAUUUUUAUUCAAAUAAUAAUUUGCCAUUGCGGUCGGAUCCCUUGUAAGCUAAGCCACUUCCGUGCUGAAUCUCUUUUAAUUUUUAAUCGUUGAAAGCAGAAUCUCAUCAACCUCUCCAAUAAUAAUCUUUUUACAGCCAAUAUAAAGGGCAACAAACGCUCUCGUACACGGACAGACUCCUACUCAGCCGGACAGUCUGUGGGUGAGUUCAGCUUGGAACAUUCCUAGGUUCUCAGAGCCUGAAUAUCAUUAACCCUAAUUAUUUAACACUUGGAGAUCUGCUAACAUUAGUUUGGAAACAGAGCCUUUCAGUUCAAUCAGUAUUUAUGCACGUCAGUAGAAAAGUGGAAAGGGAAUUUGAAUGUAGCACAAUCUAUCUAAAGUGGGAGGUAGCACAGGUGAGGCAGAAGAAAGGACAAAUUAAUGCAUGUAGGGUACUGUCCAGUGAUGCUUGAUGCCCAGUUUAUGUACCAGCUGGUCUGUGGAUAGCAGGGGGGGGGAGGGGUAAUUUUCCAUAUAGCUUUCGUUUUUUGCGUGAAAUUAAAGGCAGCAUUUGGUCCCACAAUAAAUCAUCGGUCUCCCUACUAAACACGGAAAUCAAAAUGUUAAGACUUCAUAUUUGUCAAACUUAACAUCUGAGGCCAAUUCCUUCUUCUGAUCAGGUCUCUCUGUUUAGUUGACUAAGAGAAUUUCGUCAGCAUUUUUAGACUGUAACAACUCUCCCAAUAACACACAUGGUAAUAAUUAAAUGGAAAUUCUCUUUGCAGCUGUGCGUCCACAUUAUAUAAUGUCCCUGGGUGUGCGUUACCUGGAGUCAGCCGAACCGCGUGCAAAACAAACACAGACAUUAUGUCACUAAACUACAGCACACAAUCCAAUAAGAAUGUGAUAGAGAAUUAGUUUCUAAAAACAUCUUGGUAUAAAAAUAAUUUUAUUAGCAAGUAAAUCUGCCUAGGGCAUUGGGACCAUUGCUUCAGGGAAACUAAAACUGUACAUUUGCUAUAGUUUUAAGGAAUACAGAAUAUUUGAGCAUGCAAUUUGCUUAAAACACUAUGCAUGUGUAUAAAUUAGAAUGAUUAAAAAUGUGAUGCAUGCAUUCCAUCUUUGUAUUUAUAUGAAUAUACAUUAAUAAGUAAUCUUGGAAUGUGUCUGCAUUUAGUGCAUCGUAAAUGGAACCCAAAGAUUUUAAAGGCACAGGCCUCAAACAAAUGGUCUUUUUGUAUGUAUUCCAGCUCUGUGAGUUUACUGGGAUGUCACGUCAUUGUUUAACUACCAGCUCAAGCUUUAUAGGCUUUGUAAUUAGGAGAAUAGCAGGAAGAAUUUUCUAAAUAGAUUCAUUGCUUAACUUGGAAGUUUAAAAAGCAUGUUUCAGAAUUGUAAUACUUUUUCCAUAAUUUAAUUUGUUCACAAAGUUAAAAACAUCUGUUGUGUGUUGUGCAUUUGAUUCAUUUCAUGGAUGAUGUCAUGAUCACUUUUCCAUAAUAUACCAUGUGCAGGAGGGAUUUUCUGUAGUCCAUAUUGUAAUGUUUUUCAGUAUAAUAGCAGGUAGCUCUUGGUUGCUAUUUUAGACGACUUUAGAUGUAAUCUUAGUUUUGAUCAUGGUUUGAUUUAAUAGUGAUCUUUCUUUCCCAUUGCAGAAAUGUUGGAUACAGUGGAAUUAGGUGAAACUACGCACAAAAAACCUGGAGGAAGUACUGUACCAGAAUCUAUCCAUACGUUUAGUAAGUCUAUUUCACCAUUUGUACAAAACCUCCCCAUUUGAUUAGAACAUCUUGUACAAAACUGGUGUGACACCUCAUAGAUAAACCAUUUAGUCUAUAUCAUGCCUAUAUGAAUUGUCUUUGGUAAAGAGGUAGAAUGUAUUUCAAUGUCCAAGUGAAAUACAGGAAUUAUUCCCUGUCAUAUUUGGCUCCAUCCCAAAAGGCCAUGAUUUAUUUCACACAAGUCAUUCAAUUAGUGCAUGUGAUGUAUACUGCAGGUAAGUAUUUAUUCAUCUACACAUUUACAGGGAAUUCUUACUUCACAUUUCCACUAAGGGGACCUUGUUCUUUGUAUGUUUGUCUAUAAAACAUAUAUUUAGUGGAUGUUAGUGGAUCUUUGUUUUUGCUUUCGUAAUUAUACAAAUAUUUUGCAGUCAAGUUUGUUUUCAUUCAUCUUGUGUGGUUGAAGCAUAGCUUUUCCAUUGUGCUUAACAAAUAUCUUUUUUUGUUUGCAGUUGGUGAUGGUCUGGUACAGCCCGAAGCUUUAAAUAAAAAAGCUAUACAGAUUAUUAACAGGGUUCGGGACAAGCUAACAGGUAAAAUUAGCCUGUCUCCAAAUGUUUGCCAUUCUAAUAGCAAAAUUAUAGUAAAAAAUGCAGCUCUGUCUGUUAAAACCUGAUGGUUCAAAGCUCUAUUCCCGAUUAGAUUGACUGGGUUUGCUACAGCUUGAAUAAAACUCACUCAUAGCAUCCCCCACCCCAAGCAAGUGCCCAGAGCACCAGCCUUGCAAAGGCUUCUCAUUGAGCUGCAUUGGGACGUCUGUGAUUGGACAGACACACAAAGUCUGAGUGGGGUUAGAAGGAGGGAGCUUGCAAAGGCUGCAGACAAGAGAUCUGCAGCUUUUGCAGGUUGGUUUUUAGAUAUACCCCUGAUGGAAAUGCAUAAUAACAUGCAUGUUUUCAUUGGGUUUACAUCUAUAGAAUAACAUUUUAUUUAUUUCUUUUAUUUGGGCCGUAGAAAUACAAUUAACAAACAUUAGGGAUACAAAAACCUCUGGUCUUAAGACAUUCUGAUCACACCCUUUAAAGAUUAUUUUAUUAUGGUUUCAGUCCUUCUAGGGAACACAUUUAAAUAAUCAGUGGGAUUAUGUUUUCCCCCAAGAGAUGGGAACAGUGUUGUUCUAAUACAAUUGCAGAAUAUUGUUUAUUUUUGUUAUUUUGGAAAACUUCCUUCUGAGACAAAACCAUUACAUUAUGUAAUUUUAUCAGUUCAGCAUUGAUUUAAGACAGACUUUAGCUUUUCAACUUUAUAUUAUUAUUAUUACUAUUUUUUUAAAUAAUACAAAACCGGUUAUGACCACCUACCAAAAGACGGGGCUAUGACAAACCCUUUCUCUUUAUAUCAUUUUAUUUCAGGACGGGACUUUAACCAUGAAGAAACGCUAGAUGUCUCCACGCAGGUUGAGCUGCUGAUUAAACAAGCCACGUCCCACGAAAACCUCUGUCAGUGUUAUAUUGGAUGGUGAGUCCCCCAGUCUUGGAAAUAUCCCUACUCCAUUAUCAUAAAGUCAUGUGGUGCACUUUAACUUCAUCAAUACUGAACUCCAGUAUAUAGUUUAAAAAAAAAAAAAAUAUUUCUUUAAGCUCUAUUAUCAAUGUCUAGAUAAUAAGUUUCUGAUGUGUUUAAAGUGGACUUUUCACUCAAGCGACAAUGCCACCUCAGAGAAUUUUAAGACUGUAUUGCAUACAUUGUGCUAGCUAAAUUGGCAGCAUAGAUUGAAAAAUUCACCUUGCUGAAGUUUGUUGUUGUCUUUCAUUAUGUAUACGUGCCCACCAACCAGUGCUGAAGAUAUCACUGGGGGAAGAAAAAUAAAUAUGCGCAAACCCAGUGUGGUUGGGCAUGCUGUAUUUUCCACUCUGAAAUGAGGAAAAAUUUAACUUGGUGUGUCUUUUUUCUUUUUUUAGGUGUCCUUUUUGGUAG